GUCUCCCUUUUGUCCAAUCAGGUGGACAGCCUGAACGCCAGGAAAGAAGCAGAUGAUAUGGCAGCUUUGAGAGCGACCAGGUGGAACUUGUUUUGUUCUUAUAGAUAAAUCCGAUAUUAUGAAGACACAGUGACCCUAAGACUGCAGCUGCGCGACAUGAUAUACUUAAUACUUAUUUCCGCUUUCUCCGGAGCGGUCGUGACGUUGCUGUUACAGUUCUUGCUGAUAUACCGUAGGAGCCCUGAGCCCGUAGGCAGGACGGUGCAGUAUGCCAAAGUAGUGCCUGAUAACGCGCUAAAGGAUUACUUUAAUACCCAACCUGCCGAACCAGGCCAGCAGCAGCAGGACGGCUCAGCAUCCGCUGCAUCCAAACAGCCAGAGACCGCCUCAGUACGGCCGCAGGACGGCUCUGCCAGCGGCGGCAGCCCCAAACAACAGCCGCCACCGCCUUCCCACGGCGACCCUGGAGAGUCCGCCAAGCCGGAGACGUGUCAUUUCCUAAAUGCUAUAUUUCUCUUCUUAUUCAGAGAGCUCAGAGACACCCCUGUCGUCCGACACUGGCUCACCAAGAAGAUCAAGGUAGAAUUUGAGGAGCUGCUGCAGACCAAGACCGCAGGUCGGCUUCUGGAGGGACUGAGUCUCAGGGACAUCUCCCUAGGUAAUUCACUGCCAGUCUUUAAGACUGUCAAACUUAUGAAGCCGGUGACUCUGAACGAGGACGGGAUGCCUGAGGAGCUGAACUUUGAAGUGGACAUUGAGUACAAUGGCGGCUUCCACCUGGCUAUUGACGUAGAGCUGGUGUUCGGGAAGUCAGCCUACCUGUUUGUGAAGAUGAGGCGCGUGGUGGGGAGACUACGGCUGCAGUUCACGCGCAUGCCUUUCUCCCAUUGGUCUUUCUCUUUCCUCGAGGACCCUCUGGUGGAUUUUGAGGCGAAGUCCCAGUUCGAAGGAAGGCCUCUUCCUCAGCUCACCUCCAUCAUAGUAAACCAGCUGAAGCGGGUCAUCAAGAAGAAACACACCUUACCGAACUACAAAAUCAGGUAAGUUACGAAGAGCCCCCCUAGACUACCAAACACUUACACAGUAACGAGGUAACCCGAUAAACCACAUAGAUGACACCUUUCUCUGUCCUGAUUUGACUUAAAAGCACAGCUUUUUAAUAAAACACUCACAAAAUAAAAACAUUUUAAACAUUUGAGAUUAUAAAAAAGGACAUGACGGAAGGUCACCAUUCCUCAGAAAAAAACUCAUGCGCUUUUAUUUUAGGGUGUUUCGUGCAAAGUCGACAGCUGGAAUUAGCCAAACAAGAAAAACUAUACAUUUAUAUUUAUAAAAAUAUAAAAAAAUAAAAAUGAAAUGUAAAUGUGAGUCAUCAUAGAUAGAUAGAUAGAUAGAUAGAUAGAUAGAGAACUUUAUUAAUCCCCGAGGGGAAAUUCGGUUGUUGUAGUAGCCGAUACAAGCAAUACAAGAGAAAUACAAAAAAUAGAUAAAAUAUACAAGACUAUACAAGAUAAUGAAUGAAUAUGAGUACUUAAAUAGUAUGUGCUAAGAUGAAUGAAUCUAAGUGUUGAUGUGCAAAGGAGAAAUGUGCAAAAGUGAUAAAAAUAUUGUAUGAUACUUAUAUGUGCUUAAUAUAACUUAAUUACAACCUAAGCAUGUGUACCCGUAUUUAUAACAACAAUGUAGGAAUGGCAGGCUAGUCCAUGUAAGUGACUGUGGCUCUAGCAGGGGUGGAUGAGUUAAAGAGUCUUAUUGCAGUAGGUAGGAAUGACUUCCUGUAUCUUUCCUUAGAGCAGCGGGGUUGAAUGAGUCUGUUGCUGAAGCUGCUCUUCAACCUGUCCAGUGUGUUGUAGAGGGGGUGGGAGGGAUUGUCCAUGAUUGCCAGCAGCUUUGCCAGCAUCCUGUCUUCCACCACCUCUUCCAGGGUGACAAGUUUAGAGCCCACAACAGACUCUGCCCUUCAUGGAGCCUUUCUAAUUUUAAUGGAUGAGAUUUACCCCUGAGCAGCCACCAAGCUUCUGUCUCUUUGUGCAGAUGAUGGCUCCCUAGUUUCCAUUGUAUUGAUGUUGUGAACCAGUAAUGUCUAUCCAACAUAAUGGCCCAUUAGAACCUGGCUCUGCUGAUGUUUCUCACAUUAUGUCCUGUCCAACUGAAAUCUAGAAUUGGAUAUCUGAAAAUGUUCUACAGCCGAAUAACUUCAAAUCUAAAAUUAAUGUCAGUACUCCCCUGUACCCUUACUUCUAGCAGUCAUUGCUGCCCUUCACUGGCUCCCUGUUAGUCUGGGGUCCCUCCAGACCUCCUAAAUCGUGACUGGGUAUGAGGGGUGACCAAGCAGGUGCAGUUUCUCUGCACAGAUGUGGCGCCCACUACAGACAGGCAAACUCUGGAUUCUCUUUAAAAUUUUGCACAUAUAACUCGUCUCUCUCUAUCAUCUGUCUUUCUCCUGAUUAUCUCUGUGUUAAAUAUGUUUUUUUCUGUAGCCUUAAUUUUUUUUCUGAGGUUAUUACUGAGAUUACCAAGGGUGCAAACUUUUCCCACGUGUGCUCAAACUCAUCCAAACAAAGCACUACCUUCUACAGCUGAUGUUUAGUGCGCACUUAUUAUUAAACAAACACAUGUCCACAUUAACCCCACAGCCACAAGAAAACAACAUAAGUGAAGAAAGAAAAGAAAAGUAAAACCAAACUAGUGCCCUGCAGGGCACUGAUAGGCCAGAGCAGUGUCAAUGCACUCCACGGCAGCCAGCGACCUCUGUGAUGGCUGGUACUUCACUUCACUUCACUUUAUUGAUCUGUCCCUUGGAAGGCAAUUUGUUUUGCAGCAGACAAUCAUACAUCAAGAAAAAAAAACCCCAUACAAAUAUAAAUACAUGAAGGUGUACAAGUAGGUGUACAAGUGAGCAGCAGAUUGGGUCGGAUAAUUUAAAGUGCACCGCCCGCAAGGGCAAAAAAGGAAAGAAAAAGGAGGAGAAACAAGGAAAACCAUACUCCUUAAACAAAGAACAGCCCACAGGGCGUAAAAACACAGGAAAACAGGCCGCUGGUGGAGCAACUGAAAUCUGGUUACCUCCUCCUCUCCGCGGCGUUUAGAGCCCCGAUGGAGAGCGGCACGAAGGAGAAUUUGUAUCUGUUUUUAGCAGCUGGGGGAACAGCUAGUCGGAGACCAGAAGGAAGAAACUUGUAUUCGUGGUGGAGAGGAUGAGUGUUAUCUGUUCGGAUGGAUUUUGCUUUCUUAAGCACCUGCUCUUUAAAGAUCACAUCCAGACUUCUAAAUUUCACCCCAGCUACUUUAGAGGCAACACGAACGAUACUCCCAAGGGAGUUCUUGUUCUUGAUAGCAAGGUUACCGUACCAACAGAUAACACAAAAGGAAAUGACAGAUUCAAUGAACGCACUAUAAAACAUUUUCAUCAGACUCUUGUCUACCUGGAAUUUGGCAAGCUUCCUCAGACAGAAGAGGCGUUGCUGGCCUUUUUUACAAAGCAUCUCACAGUUCACGUCGAAUUUUAGCAUAUUAUCGAUCGUAGUGCCAAGGUAUUUGUAAUUGGUCACCAGCUUAACUGGUUGAUUGUUGAUGACACUGCACAAGGAAGCUGGAGAUGAACGUCUAAAAUCAAUACAAAUCUCCUGGGUUUUAGAUACGUUAAUUUGUAAGAAGGCUUCCGCGCACCAGGAUAUAAAAUCAUUAAGAACCGGUCCAUGACUGACUUCAUCGUUGCCAAGCAGGCUGACGAUGACCGAAUCAUCGGCGUAUUUGAUGAUGAAUCUGUCUGUAUGAUGGCUAAAACAAUCAUUUGUGUACAGAAUACAGAUAAGACACAACCUUGAGGAGAGUCAGUGGAGGAUGUUAGUAGGCUGGACAAUGUACCAUUCACACGUACUUGUUGAGUUCUUUUUGUGAGAAAAUCAAAAAUCCAGCCUACGAGACACACAUCCAGACCAAAGGAAUAAAAAAGUUUGUCGGCUAAAACAUGAGGCUGUAUCGUAUUAAAAGCUGAGGAGAAGUCAACGAAGAGCAGUCUAGCAUGGUUCUUACUACCUUCAAGGUGCUUAUAUACGAGAUUUAAUAAGGUAGCUGUGGCAUCCUGUACACCUCUGUUGGCUCUGUAAGCGAAUUGCAGAGGGUCCAGUAGAUGUUCAGUUUUCCUUAAAAUUUCUGACUUGACUAGCUUUUCGAAUUGUUUCAUCACCAUGGAGGUUAAAGCCACUGGCCGGAAAUCAUUGAGUGUGGUGUGGUUGUUUGUUUUGGCAACAGGAACCACCACAGACUGCUUCCAAGAAGAUGGCACCUUCUGCUGGUAAAGAGACACAUUAAAAAUAAAAUUAAAAAUAGGGCCAAGCUGCUCAGCGCAAGUUUUUAACAGGCGACCACCGAUAUGAUCAGGGCCAGGGCUUUUUCUCGGUUUACAUUUCUUAAAACAAUUGAUGACAUCGACCUCGUUGAAAAAGGAGUACUGAGGGAGACCAGACAUGAGGCGAUUCUUUAAUUCUUUGUGUUUGUCACUAAAAUCACAUGCGUCAAAUCUAACAUAAAAGUCAUUCAGGCUCUGAGCCAGCUCAGAGUCAGAAUUAAAGCCAUUGAGCUGAACUUUUUUCCUGCGACAUUCUUUGGUCCCAGUGAUCAUUCUCAUACUGUCCCAGGCAGAGCCUACUUUUUUUUGUUUUUAGCUGGAACUCAAUUUUCUCUUUUAUAGCGCUUUUUGCAAGCCCUAAUCUCACUUUUAAUUUCUUUUUGAAGGUUAGACAGAGUGACUUUGUUCCCUUCUCUGAAGGCUUUUUUCUUCCUAUACAGGAGCUCUUUAAGUGACUUUGAAACCCACGGCUUAUUGUUUGGAUAACUUUUCACAACUUUUUCUGGUAAUACAGUGUUUUCACAGUAUGAAAUCCAGCUGCUCACCACAUCAGUUAAUUCAUUUAUGUCAGCAGAGGAUUCCUUAAACAUGUCCCAGUCUGUAGCAUCAAGGCAGCCCUGCAGAGUGAGGCAGGCAUCGUCAUCCCAGACUUUCACUCUGGGGUUCUGCACUUUACCUCUCUGCAACACAGUGCGGUAGACAGGGAUCAGGUGGAUGCAGUUGUGAUCAGAGGAGCCCAGAGGUGGAAGUGGGAUGGACUUGUAUGCUCCUUUGAUGUUACAAUAACAGAGGUCGAGAGUUUUGUCGUGUCUGGUAGGGCACGCGUAGAAAUUCAUCGUCACAAAAAAUAGAGGAUAAAAGGGGUAAAAGAAAUAAGAGAGUACCAGGUCAUGUCAGUCCUCACAAAAGGUACCAGAUACGCGGGUGCUAAGAUCCAGAGUCUUUGAGGAAGGCGGCUAACAGCCCGCAGGUUGUUGCUAGCAUUUAGCUAACAAGCUAACAAGAAUUUGUUUGUAGCAAGUAAGCCUGGCAGCUUCCCCGGGGCUGGAAUUGCAAGUGUCAGCUUGCUGCACGCGUUUUGGUUCGGAACAUGUACCCGAGAGAGUGCUGUUCACAUAAGCGUCCCACACAGCUACUGCUCACGUUGAAAAACACACGCUAAAAACACACUAAGACUGUAAAAACACAUUAAAAGGACUCAAGACAAACAAACUCCCUUCGGUCUGCUGCCGGUCGCUGCACAAGCUCUCUCGGAGCUCCUGCGCCUCUCUCGGAGCUUGUGACUGCCUCCCUUUGAAUGUUUUGUAUCAUUAAUUGUGGAAAAAUAUCAAAACUUAAAAUGUUGCAUGGCUACACCUUUUGACCUACGUAAUUUAUUUUAUAUGAUCUUCCUCAGGGUCUCUCUUACAGACUGGGGGACAAAUAACAUCAAAACUGUAAAUGGUGUGCUUUGGAGGAGGCCAUCUGUAGACCUGCAAAAAGCCCUACUUGUGUUUGAGGGGGCAGUGUUCCCAAAGUUAGCCUCCUCGAAUUAAGUUGUACAGCACUUUUAAAGUAGAUUAUUGUAGGGUUGGGGCAAUUCGUCGACGCAAAAAACAUGCAUCGACACGUACCAUGAUGGCGUAAGCAAUGGCUACUUCAGGUAACGGUGGAGGCAUGGAUGGCAAACUAGCUCCACCUAAUGGGGUCGAUUGAAGAACCUACUUUAGCAUGAUCUAUGAGUAGCUCCUCUCAAUCAAUGCAUGAUUCUUCCUGGCUUCCUCGUUCACAUGACCAUGAUCGCGCUGCUUUCAUUCAAGGAGAUAUGCAGUGACCUGUCAAUCAUAUUUAACCACAGCUGGUUUAGCAAACGCCACAGUGGACGCAGCAUCAUAUGCCCUGCAUACCAUAUCUAAUUCAUUCACUCUAAACAGUUAGCUCGGAGUUGAAACAUCAGUUUUGUGCUUUUAUUUGUCCUAUGACUUGCGAUAGCUUGCUAAUGCUAGUACUCGGCACACAUGAGCUCAGCUGCACAUGUAUACUUAUACACAUGAGUCAGAGGUAGAGCCAUGUAAAAAAUAAAUACUCAUUUUUUAAGUGUGGCGUCUUUUAUUUAACUGUGGUGGUGUGCCACAAUCAAGUGCAUAUAGGGGAAACCCUGUUAUCUAGUGCCUUGUCUUACUCAGGAGUGUAAACAAACACUGUUGACAACAUUAUGCUGACCAUGGCCCACAAUGCAUUGCGAGAUAAUGUGCCUUUUUGGUUGGUUGAAUUUUAUUUAUUGUUACUUGACAGUCAUUGUAACUAUGAGUAAGGUGAGGAUGCACCUGAUAAGGGAUCAGACUGGUGCACCCAAAUAAAAGGGGGAUUUUAAAAACACUGCGGGGUCUAAAAACAGUCCUUGGUUUCGGUUGUCUGUAUGAAAUGAUGGUUUUGAUGGUGUGAGUGUCGUGUUUUUCUAUUGAGAGUGAUGGGGGUGUUGCUGUUGAGGUGUGUGAGGUGAGAGUGGAUGCAGAGGGGUGGGGGGUGUGUGUGUGCAUGUGUUGACAGUUUGUCAGGAGGUGGCUGUGGUACAGGAGCGGAGGGUAAGGUCCAUAUUUACAGAUAAAAGCCACGAUCCCUCCCGGUUCGAGUGCAGACCGUCUCCCUUAAAGAGGUCCGGUCUGUUUAAAAACGCUGUAAAAUUGUCCACAAAUGGGAUGCUCCUCCCAAGGCAGUAGCCCUUCAGCCACAGGUGCAACUGACGAAUACGGCUGCUAAUUACAUCCCCGCGAUGAGGUGAUGGUAGCGGGCCGGAGAUUACCACACGCUUACUGGUGUGCAGCAGGCGAUCCACCAGGGAGGAAAAACCCUUUUUGAGGCAGCACCAGCGUGGUGGCCGAGCCAUGUUCCUCGCUAAGCUGCAGAGCGGAGGACUCCACCUCCCUAACGUUGGCACCCGUGAGGCAGAAGGUCUGGCCACCAUGCACCUUCACGUGUCGGACUAUGGAGGUCCCGACCACCAGCGCGGAGGGGGCGCGCCAGUCCUGGGUGCGUGUUACCUGUUGGCUGGUGGUACAGGGGUGGCGGGGAGCCGCAGUAGCGGGCACUGCUCUUCCACGGAGGUGGCAGGAUGGGGCCUGCGGUUUGUGUGGUGCUGUGGGUUGCCCAUUGCGCUCGCCUUUCCGCCGAUCGCAGCCGCGGUCGGUCUGGAGCUAGUUGCCCUGGUUGUUGCAGCGGCCAUAGCUGACCGGGACCUUGGAGAGAGGUCAGGCUGGUCUCGCGGGUGCGGGGCCCGGCCCCCAGCCCCCGGGCUGGUGAGUACCACGUCCAGCUGGGUGGAUGGAAGGGGACCAGGCACCCACGGGAGGAAAGUCACGCAGGCUUCAGGAUAUCAAACCUGUUCUUCAGCGGCAGGUCCUAAGGUGGAGUAGGAGGUGAGCGAGCUGCGGUGCCCCUGAUCACCAUUGACCAGGGCUCCCUUGGCCUGAUUGGCGUUGAUGUAGCCGGAGUUACUGCUGCGUCCUCCUCGGUGGAGCGCAGCGGCUCGGUGGAGUGGCGACAGGAGGUGGAGGAUGCUGAUGUUUUGGGCCUGGCUCCCUGGAGGUGCCAAUGAGAGUUGGUUUGUGCAUCCGCCGGGGUCCCGGUGGUGACAGAGCCGGUCCAUGGCAGGGUGGUGUUGUUGGUGAUGCCCGCCAAGCUCCGGUCUUCUGCGCCGUAGGCCCUGAGAUGUGCUAUAACUUUAGUUUGCAUUGUAGCCACGCUGGAAAUAUCCAUUAGGGUCCUAUUUUUCUCCUUUCCUCAGUCCUGUAAUGCUCUCCCUUAAUUUAGAGACGGUGGGGAGGCAGAACUCACACACCGCCAUCAUCGUAAAAAGUUUUAAAAUUGCGGGCUCGCUAGUGUGAUGGAUCACACGGCUUCCGGAUUUUCCCUCUGGAUUUUGGCGAUCCACAAGCUCGAUGGUUAAAAACUAGUGCUGUGUUUUUAAAAAAGGACCUGAUUAAAAGCUGGGGUGGGUGGGUUGGUGUCUAAAAGGGAGUUAAAGUAGUAAAAAAUAUUUGAAACAAGCGAUUUUAGUCGGAGCUGAGACAGUCUGUGCCAUCAAACCCCUCUCUAAGACAAUUUCCUCCUUGUUUGUUGAAGAGUGCCAAAGCAUCUGCUUCAGCCUCUCCUCCCUCUGUGCGUGAAAGAGGAAGGGCAGGGGCGCAGGAAACUGCAGAGCACUCAGGGUCAGCCGCUUGGAGCAAGAAUUACAGCAUGAGCUACGUAUAUCGGUAUAUGCGAUAUGGUCAAAUUUAGGGCUGCAACAAUUAGUCGACGUAAUCGAUUACGUCGACACGACAAAUUCAUCGACACGAAAACGAAGCGUCGACGCGUCGUGUUAGUGUUGUUAAGAAUCACAUGCCGGCGCCUCAUGCUCAUCUAUAACUGCAGUGCACUACAGGAUGUGCUGGGGGCAGUAGUGCUCGCUGUUUACAUCCCGCGAGCGAACACAGAAGAAGAGUGCACACAUAAUGGCAGAACAAACUGAAAAAGACGCUCCAAAACUCCGACCCAAAACUUCAAAAGUUUGGGAACAUUUUACGGAGAACAAACCAAAAAAACACGUUGAUCAAAGCUCAGCUUUCCUACCAUGGCAGCACCACGGCGAUGCAUGAGCACCUGAAAUGCCGACACCCCGGAAAAAGGUGUUUAUAAAUAAAGAAGAUAGUGAUUAAUUGGACGACUAGUCAGACGACUAGUCGACAAAAAAUAAUCGUUAGUUGCAGCACUAGUCCAAUUCCAUAUCUCAUUUAAAAAUAUAUCAACAUAUUUCUUAAAUAUCGAUAUAUCGCUCAAUCCUAGAGCCCAGUAUACCUGUAACGGAUAUUGACUGGACCCAAUUGCAGCACAAACAAGCAGGUUCGCUCAAACAACAGUCUUUAUUUGACACUAAAUCAAAUGAAGCAGCAGAGUAUAACAGUUGGGUAUGGCAGGAUUCGUACCCGGGUCUUCUGGAUGCAAGGCGAGCAGAUUAGCGGAGGACCACAGGGCAGGCAAGAAAUAUGGGACUCGUGAGCAGGGAAUUGUCCACAGUCUCAAUUUGCUCUACGAGUGUGGUGAAAGGGAAAACGCUCAAACUCACAGCUGGAGGAAGAUUUCUGGGAGAGUGGUUCAGGUGUGGACUGGGUGAGGAUCCAGAGCUUGCAAUGGAGCUGGCAGAACCGACGUCUGCAGAGGCGGUGAGUUGGCGAGGUGAAGCUGUCGAGAAGGGGGAUCUUGACAGAGCAGGAACAGGCUGAGUGCCACCCAGCCGCAGGCAGACGAAUAGCAGGAAACAGGCAGGCAGAGCUCGUAGUCAGGGACAGAAUACAGGUGGCGUGAAGCAAAGGUCAGGGGCAGAUCAGGUCGAUACCAGGUAAGGAGUCCGGGGAUGAACGCUGGAGAGUCAGGCAUGAGAGCGAAGACAAUCUGGCAAAGAGUGAGGGGAAAGAAGCUGCAUACUGGCCUGAUUGGAGAUGAUGAGCAGGUGAGAGCAGCAGGUGGAAGCAGUUAGCUGAUGAGGGGUGUGGCUAGGCCUGUCACGAUAACAAAUUUUGCUGGACGAUAAUUGUGCUACAAAUUAUUGCCGAUAAACGAUAUUAUUGACACCGUUUUUUAAAUUAUAGAUAAUGAUAAUAUAUGGCAUAAUAAUGCGAGUACACCAUGUCAAAAGCAAUAAACUUUAAUUGCUCAAGAUUAAGAACUUUGAACUAGGAUGAACAAAUAUAAUAAACAAACAAGACAACCAAAAAACAAUGAAAAUAAAAUGGACCCACAUUCUGUUUUAUCAAAAACUGCAUUCAAAUAAAAACCACAAUCACAACUACAAACAAUAAAAAAAUAGACCUUGUCUCCGGUACGGAACAAAAAAUUCACUCCACACAUAACUAUUAAAACAAUAAAUAAAGUGGAGUCUCGAGUCUGUAAACAAAAUUGCACUAAAUAAUUAGCUUUGGGGGCUAUUCCUCAACAGGUCAACAAUCGAUUGUGCUUGAGAUGCGCAUGCAUGAUUGUCGUAUUCCCCUUCUUUGUCACCAAAACUUUCGAACAUAUGCGACAUAUCGUCCGUGUUCGUAGGCUCAGCUUUCAUUUUAUUUGAAACUGAAAUGUUCCCACACUGGGGCUGUUGCAUUGGGCUUAGACACCAAAACUGUCGUUUCAUCAUUCAUUGCGUUUGCUCCGCACUGUGUCAGUAAGUCUGUGUGUGUGUGUCUGUGUGCGCCAGCUCCCCCCCCCCCCCCCCCAACCGUGACAAAGAGACUGAAUGACUGACAGGAGGGUUCACUCACUGCGAGCAGAGCAGUAGUAGUGGAGCAGACAAAUGCAUAAUAUAGCCCGAAUCGUUCACUUUGUUAUAGAAUUUACUGGUACAAUUCUACACCGCCAUAAUUCAAAAUAUUCUGUCUUUAUCUAUUACCACAUGGUACAGCAACACACCAAAGCACACCUUAAACAGACUGGGCAGGGUGAUAAAAAGGGCCUCCAAAAUUAUUAACUGUGAACUCCCCACACUGGACUCCAUCCACAAACACCACACCAUCACAAGGGCAUACAAAAUAAUUGAUGACCCACCGCACCCAGCUCACCAUCUUUUCCAGCUCCUCCCCUCGGGUAGAAGGUUUGGAUCUCUGGGCGGUUCAACAAAGCGCUACAGUAACUCCUUCUUCCCCCUUGCCAUACGACUGGUAAACUCCUCUGGCAGACGUGUGUGAAGUCUGUGUUUUAUGUCCCGUGGUACCCCGUUUCACAUGUUAUGUUAUGUCAUGUCACUGUGAACUGUUUAAUGUCUGUUUAAUUUAACGUGGUGUAUUGUUGCAGCUACCACCUGCACUGUGAAAAAAAUUCCACCGGCCUAGCCGUGUGGCGAUUAAAGAAACUUGGAACAAGCAUGAAAUUUGGUACAUAUACUCUUCAAACCCCACUCUUUUCAAAAAUAACAUUAGCCACGCAAAAUUCCAAGAUGGUGGCCCCAAAAUCCAAGAUGUCCGCCCCAAAAAUGUGGUUUUUCCUUUAUAACUCAAAAGGACUUGAUUUAAAGCCCCAUACAUUGAAGUUGAAUAUAAAGUUGGGUAUUGCGGACAUUUUGAUACCUAGUACAUUUCUGUGUCCAUUACGGUUAUUGAGAUACAGCAUAUAGAUAUUUGUACAGAAUUGGGAGAGUGAGAAAUUUGUAACCCUGAUUGUUGUUACGUGCAUAUGGUUGUAUGAAAAUAUCAUUUCCAUUAUCCGUUAUUUUCAUGAGGGUUAUAAUAUUAAAUUUGAAAAACAAGAUGGUGUCCAAGAUGGCUGCCAUUGUCUUGAAGUAAUCCGAUCUUAGUGACUAUGAAACAUUAACUUUUGGCAUGCACAUAUUUUUGGUCUAUGCAUCCAAUGGGGCCAUUGCAGUACAGAAUUUAGAUGUUUAUACAUUACAAGCUUGCAGAUGUAAUAGAGUGAAUAUCGGCACACAACCAGGGCACACUGGUGAUAUCACUGCUCUGUAACUCAGCAUGACCUCCAGGGGUUCUUUCAGCAUGAGAACCAGUCCUUCCCUGUUGCAUUGAGCAAGGGUGGAAAAUUGUACACUUGCCAGAAGUCUCAACUGACCCCUAUCCUUGAGAAUUAUGUCCCACCAGUUGACAAGGAACCUGAGGCAGACGUUAAUAAUAAUAAUAAUAAUACAUUUUAUUUAAAAGCGCCUUUCUGAACACUCAAGGACACUGUACAGGGCAUAAAAACACAGUUAGAGACAUAAUUAAAAUAAAUAAAAACAACAUACAAGUGUGAAAGUGGACAGUUUAAGUGAGGCCUUGAAAGUGUACAGAAGGAUUUUGUAGUUGAUUCUGGACCUGAAGGGGAGCCAGUGAAGCUGCUGAAGGACAGGGGUGAUGUGGUGAAAGGAGGGGGUUCUGGUGAUGAUGCGGGCUGCAGAGUUUUGGACAAGUUGAAGUUCCCAUCUACGUUCUCAUUGUAGAUGGGUCUAAAUUCUGUACUUAGCUUAGAUGGGAUCAGGAAAAAUUAGGGAAUUUUGUAAACUUCAGAAUUUUAGUAUAGUGUUAGGUAUGGGUAUAAGGUUUUUAAAAAACACAGCAAACAAGUUGAGUGCAUCCCCUAGUGGUCGGUUUGCAUGGUAUCCAAUGUUAGAUAGUUAAGUAUAUGGUUGAAACCCAAAACAAGUGAUAGACGAGAUUUUAUUUAAAAAAGUCCUAAAAAAAAAAAGGGGGGGGGGGGGGACGACGACAGCCUCCACGUGGCCUCCCCCGUAAGUAGCCAGAGAGUAGUUGCACUUUAAGCGAAACAAAUGUCUUCGAAAUGUCCAACCCCCCACCCCCAAACCACUAGGGGGCGCACCCAUAUUGUUUGUGGUGGUUUUUUAAAACCUUAUACACAUACCUAACACCAUAACAAAAAUCAGAAAAUUGUCACAAAAUGCCUAAUUUUUAACAUUUUAUGACAAGUUUCAUCCUUCUGAAUUCAUGAUUCAUCUCUGCUGAAUUCAUGAUUACUUUAAGGCAAUGGCAGCCAUCUUGGACACCAUCUUGGUUUUUGAAUUUAAUGUUAUAACCCUCAUGCAAAUAACAGAUAAUGGAAAUGAUAUUUUCAUAUAACCAUAUGCACGUAACAACAAUCGGUGUUACAAAUUUCUCACUCUCCCAAUUCUGUACAAGUAUCUAUAUGCUGUAUCUCAAGAACCGUAAUGGAUACAGAGAUGUUCUAGGUACCAAAAUGUCCGCAAUACCCAACUUUAUAUUCAACUUCAAUAUAUGUAUGGGGCUUAAAAUCAAGUCAUUUUGAGUUAUAAAGGAAAAACCACAUUUUGGGGCGGACAUCUUGGAUUUUGGGGCCGCCAUCUUGGAAUUUUGCGUGGCUAACGUUAUUUUUGAAAAGAGUGGGGUUUGAAGAGUAUAUGUACCUUGCUUGUAUAACAAAGUGAACGAUUAUUUCCUUAUCUGCUCAGCUAUAGAGGCGCAGAGCAGACUGUUACAAUACCGACUUAACAUCACCCAAAGUGCUAGGGCAGCCUAAAAAGUCCCAAUGAAGUCCAUAUUAGACGACCAGUAACUUAUUCAUAAUGAUUACUAUGUAAAUGAGCAUUUAACAACAAUCUAAUGCUAUAUAAAAACAGCUACAAAAAACAAGUUGGCAAGCUAACAUACCUCUGAUGAAGUGGUUGCUGCAGACACGGGGAUUGGCAGACUCUGCUCCUCCCAGCUGCAGACAUGUGUAGGCACUCCAUAAAAUCUGCUUUCCUUUUCAUAGUUCAAACAAUUCGAGCCGCUGUAAACCACACAAAAUAUUAGCAUUCUCUCAGAAAAAUCUUUAGUAAAUAAACAGUAAAUAAACACUUCCUUCCCUCCAUCUGAAUUUCGCGCUCUCGCAAUGCUACAUUGUAAUGUCACGUGAAACUCUAGCUUUGAGCAACUCUAUAGCCCUAUAGCUUUGAGCAACACAAAUCUUUCAGCCCUUUUCAGCCUUAACAAUGAAUUUGUAUAGGAAAGUUAUUAAAAUGUUCUUACUCAUACUGUUUUUUCUUUUUCUAGCAGGUCUGCAUGGCUUUUCAGUGCUCAGCAAUUCCAUACAUUUUCUGCAAGGAAAUGCAAUUUGUCUAGCCAUUUGAAUAAUAUUUUGUUCUGAAUGCACAAUAAAGUUAAUGCUUUCUGUUUUCAACAAGAAAAUCUUGUGGGUGUGAACUUCAGCUUGUUUUUGGAUCAUUGAGCCUGUUAAGGCUCAAUGAUCAAUGCUGAGGUAUAAAUUAUAAAUCUAAUUAAAUUUUUUUGGUAUCUUUGUUUCCAGAUACAAGCCCUUCUUCCUGUUUCAAGUACAGCCUCUUCUGGGUCCCACUUGUGAUCUGGACCUGACGGUCCAGGACAGUAGGCUGGUUGAAGGGCGACUGAAAGUCACCCUGAUUGAAUGUAGCAGGUGAGACAUUUGGAUUCGUCCAUUAUUCUCUAAUUCAGGUGAUGUAUCAGAUAAAGAUGUAUUUACAGACACCAGCAUACUGAAGUUUUCAGGGUUGUUGUUGGACCAGUUUGGGGAACACAGUGACAAAACAAUAAAGACGAUGGUUCUGUUGACCUGAAUGACCCUUUGCGAAACAGCUGAAAUUUCAGGUUGUUAAAAAAAUCUGAAGUUAGUUUUUUGAUCAAACUGGAAAUACACCAAACUGGGAUGAGGCAUCAAACAUAAUCACACAGUUUGUAUGAGGUUGGUCACUUUUUAUAGAAAUCCAGUUUGAAGGACUGUUGAAUGUGCUAAUGUUUGAAUAUUUUGAGAGCUGUGCCAGAAUGACCUGUCUUUAGCGGCUUUUAAUCUACUUUUAUCCAUUUUUAAACAACUUUUAGGCAAAAUUCUGAAGAGUUUGCAGGCUUUUAAGUUGAACUUCAACCGCGUGUGGGCUUUUACGUUGAAUUUUCAUUGUGUGUCAGUCUUUCUCAACUGCCAACUUGCGAUGGACACUGGCAUAGCAAUAUUGUUUUUAGCACUACAUCGUGUAAGAGCUAGCAAAACCUGCCCCGUGUAGUGAUUUUGAACUCAAAAUAAAUGUCCUAAAAUAAUAGAAUUAAAUUAUGACAUUUAUGCACUCGUUGAAGGGGCACCACCCACCUUUCUGGUGGGAAAAAGACAAACAAAGUUCAAUUGAAUAAUCAAACGUUGACUCAGUCUAAAACAGAUUUAAAUCAAUCUCACAUCUGAGGCCGGAAUUCUCAUUUCAGGGACUUCACUUCUGGAUAUUGACCACUAAGAGACGACAACUUAAAAUUAAAUGGACAAUUUAUUGACAAAUGCUAGGUGAUAACAUAAAUUCAGUAAAUGGCGAUCAAAAAAUGAGAAAUUAAGAGAACAUCUAGUGAAUAAAUGAAUGGUUUGAACUGAAACUGAGACUGGAGGUUAAUAAUAGUGAGUGGAUAAAGAAAAAUUUUAACCUACGUUAACAGAGUUGCGAGGAUAAAUUUGGAAGAGGAAUUUAGAGAAACUAAACUAUAAUUAAAAUUAUAAGCUCUGAACGCUUGACAGCGUCACCGGUUCUUCCAGGUGUGUUUGCCUACUUAUUGAUGAUGGUUCUCAAUCUUGGAGCGGAUCACUGAAGGCCCAGGCUACAGAUGGUCUUGGCAGGGUGGCUAGCAGCCGGCCGAACGGUGUCUCUGUCGUCACACCCAAAUGCACGCCAAAUGCGCCCCGUGGGUCCCACAGCGCUCUCCUUCUGGAAUCUUAUGGCAAACGCAGCUCAGCAGAUGCAGGUCGCUCCUCCGAGCGUUCAGGAUUAGCUUUACUGCAGAUCAAUUCGCAAUAAUAACUUAACAAAUAAUUUCGCUGGCCAGCCGAUAUUCUCAGGUGUCACUUUAGCGAACUAAACAAAUUGAAAGACUAAGACUUAGGUACUCUAUGCACGCAGCUGAUUAAUAAUGUUUUAAAGGAACUUGGGUAUGGUUUCAUUCAAGUUUCUAGAAAAGUCGGAACUUAAGGCGAAUAGAAAAAAAACGGUAAAGGUCACAAGACGAUGGACUGAGACAAAAACACACAAGACCAAAAGACGAUAAGAGCAAAGAUGGUAAGAGACCAAUAAGAGUCAGCUCAGCGCUUUUAACCCAUUUGAUGUGGGGCAUGAACCAAAGGAGGGGGAGCUCGUGCGCCCAUUCAUUGUUCACAGCGGGGGCUGAUCAGACCAGCAAGGGGAUGGAUUUUAACUUGCGGGAUUAAUAAGCGAGUUAGACCUAAUUUACUCACUCACUAUGAUUAACGCUGUUUAUCAAAUCAAAUAUGGUAUAGUUUCGCUUUAUAGUUUCUUAUGAGCAGAUGCAUCAAACCAUAACAUUAAAUGGAAGGUAAACUUUAAUCGCCUGUUUUCCUGGUAGUCUAUAACCUGAGGAUUAAGAAGCACUUUGAAAGUUAGAGAGGGAUGAAAACCAGUUCAUCUUUCUAACAGAAACACCAUCACGCAUAAGAAACACAUAUGUGAUAACACUUAAUUGGAAUAUAACCUUGUCAAUCUGUACUUAGUAAAUGAUUAAGAUAUAUAUUCUGAUGAGGUAGACAGGCAUAGCGUUAAAACGAUCAAAACAUUCUUAACUCAUGUAUAAAAGAGUUUUCAGUUACUACUUCUAAUAUUGCUAACCUACUUUGGGAAAACCAUUCACUAAGCUACAAAGUAUACAACACGCAACAUAAUUAAUACAAAGGAAUGACCAAAAAUCAUAUUCGGAAGACACCACUAGGGGAAGCUCUUGGUCCAGAGAGAACCUGGAAUAGAUUUGUGAAGUUAGCAGUUUGGCUCAUAAACAUGCUAAACAAAUGGGACGAAGACUGUUUUCAGUGCCGAUGUGGUGUACAGAUGGAAAAUCCUGGUGAAGUGUUCAUUAAACCUGCAAUUGAAUCAUUUGCAGUUAUUCUCUUUAUUCUGCACCAAAAGAGAGUCACAGGAAACACAGCCACUCUGAAGAGUUAUGGCUGUGGUCUGUUUCACAAUUGAAUGCUUUUGAUGCAUUCUUAAGUUGAGUUCUCAUGAUCUUCUAAGGUACCUUUAAGGUUAAGGUGUCAAAUUUGAGAGUCUCCAGCCAAGAGCAGAGGGGUGAAUGUUUAUCCAGUCCGGGGGUCCUGCUGGAGAUUAGCAACUUUGUCUCUUUGAAAAGAUUGACUGUCUGUCUUUUGGGGGAUCACCUUUUGGUUAGUUUCCCACAGACAGGAGGUUGUAAAAGACCAUGGUUUGGUGUGUAAAGUCACCCCCCAUCUUCUUUUAGUGACCAGAGUCACUGCAUUCCUUUGAGGGUGAAUUAAAGAUGAGAGAGCAGAAACCAGUCGUCUGCUAUUUUGGGGCUCCAGGCAAACAGUCAUGUGGGGGCCCCUGCAUCUACCAAUCUAAUGUACCUUAUAUACAUAUUCUCUGGACAUUACAACCUCUCAUAGUCUUAAAGCAUGGAUAUGUGCAAAAAGAUAACAUUUGUUAUUCCAGGGUUAAAUACAGAUUUAUUUUAAACAAGAAAAUUUUUUUUGAGGGUCAGGGAAAGGGCAGUGUUACCUGCAAAGUGAGAAAAGCAUAAAAAAACAAUUUGAUCAGUUUUGACAACAUACUACAAUGACUGUUAACCUAAUAUGUCAUCAUUUACAUUAGGUUUCCAGUAGGUCACAGCAGGGGUUGGACCAGCCAUUGUUGUCUAUUUUGGAUCAGCUGAAAAAAGAAAAUAGCAUAUAAAACAACAAGAUGAAUUCUGGUGACAAAUGCUGCACUGACUGUUAAUCUAAUAUGUCAUCAUUUACCUUUUCAGCUUUUUUUCUCCUUCUCCCUCAAUUUGUCCUAAUCUCUGAGGUUUUCUCCUUCUCCCUCAGUUUGUACUCAUCUGUCUGAUUUUUCCUGCUUCUCCCUCAGUUUGUGCUCUGUUUGUCCUCAUCUCUGAGUUUUUCUCUCUCAGUUGGUCUUCAUCUCUUCUCAAUUUGGGCACAGGUCACUGAUAUUCUCCUUUAUAGAUGUGAUUUAGCAUCUCUGAUGGUAUUGAGAUGACUGUGGGGAAAGACUGAACUGCUCCCUCUACCUCCAGCCUCAGAUCCUGAGCUUCAACAUCUUCUGUUGCCUGCUCCAAUUUGUGGCAGCAUUCCCCUAGCCUCCCUGCCUCCUUUGUGUUUUUCAUCAUGUCCUUGUUUUACAGAAAUCCAUACAGCUGGAAAAUGUUUCCAUAUGGGAAAACCUUUCUUUGACAGUGACCAAGGCUGUAUCAACAAGACGAAAAAAAAAAACUUGUUAUUUGAAGGUCUCUUCUACUGUACCCUGUGUUUCCUCUCCUCCUUCAUAUUCAAACUGUCCUUUCACUCUUCUCUUUCGGACCUCUGGCCAGCUCAUUUCUACCUUUAUCUGCUGUGCAAUUUCCCUGGCAUCUGUUUUUACCAAGUUGAAUGCCAUUUCUCGGAAUUCCCAUAAGAAGCUGGUAACUGCAGUGAUUUCUCUUCUAAAUGGCACUGUGUGGCUCUGCAGAAGCUUGCUUACUUUGUUUAUCUGGUACAAAACAUUGUACCAGACAAUGGUGCUUACCAGAAAAGGCCAUGUCUGUAUCUUCUUGAAGAUCUCUCUGGCUGUCAAGGCAACUUCUGCAUCCUGCUUUUCCUUGGCAUUGUCCUCUAGCGCAGUCAACGCCUUGGGGAUGUCAGGCAACUGACAAACAGCUUUGACAGCGCCGAUUCAACAUUCCCACCUCGACGUAGACAGCGCCUUCAGGGUGAAGGUCUUCACAUGGUCCUUGAGGAUGGUGCAGUGGUGUACUGAGGAGCUGAAGAGAGAGUAGAGAUGCUGCAACAGACCAAAGAAAUGGACUUAUGCAACAGAUGACUUGGCUGCGUCACGACAAAGUUCAGUGUGUGACUUCCACAGGGAACACAUAAGGCCUUGCUCUUGAGAUCUAGCACUCUCUUCUGGAUCCUCUGGUUCCUACUCUGCAUAUUACUACCAUUGUCAUAUGACAGGCCACAACAGUUAGCAACGUCCAAACCUAAUUUUUCUAGGUGCUCCAAAAGUCUCUCCAGCGUUUGCCUGUGGUAUCAUGGGCCAGUAGAAAUCCAACAAAAUGUUCGUGAACUGAUAUGCCUUUUUUUAAUGACAAUUUGCUAUUAGCAGCACAACCGAGAGCUGUUUGUUAGGACUCAAAUCAGGUGUGCAGUCCACUCCAUAAUAUUUUGCUUAUUUUACUCUGUCAACAAUGGCAUCUGUUGUGCACUUGGCCACAAGUGAGGUUACUUCAUUUUGGAUCCGACUACUCAGGUACAUGUCUAAGGCUUCAUUAGCUUGGAUUUGUCUGAGAUGCUCAUGCAUCUCAGGGUCAAACUGAGCCAUUAACUGAACCUGACCCAAGAAAUUUCCAUUGCCUGGUUCAUAAAGUUUGUCAGAGUGGCCAUGGAGAGGAAAGUUUCUCUCUGACACAAAGUUGAUGAUUGCCACUAACCUGGAUAAAAAUCUCCCUCCAGUGUUUUGCUUUAACUUCAGUUAUGUCCUGAUACUUAUGAUCUUUUGUUGUUUUUGUCUCAAGCUGAUGUAAGAGCUGCUGCCAGCUAUCACCAUUUUUCUGUGCUCUUCAGACCUUUCAUGGUUGAUUUAAUGCAUUGCAAGGUUUUUCCAGUCCUUAAAUCCCUCCUCACUCAGUUGUAUUUGUUUUCGGAAAAGGCUGCAACAGAAGCAAAUAACAUGGUCUGCAUUUUCACUGUAAGGUAACCAAAAUCUGUUCACCCUCUUGCCAUUUUCAUUAAUAUGUCAUAAUUUGCCUUUGUGAAUCUGCGUCCCUUCUCAUUUUGUGGAAAAUCUUUGUCUUUAACUUGGACUGGCCCCAUUUUCACUAUUGGGCAGUGAUCUCUAUCAGUGAGUGGCCUGGGCCAGAGUGCUGGGUCAUCUACAAUAUGUGUCUCGCUGGUUGCAAACAAAGAGCCUUCGUUACGAGUGACAGACGGCUUUUGCCAUGUAAAUAUUGCACAGCGGGGAUGCACUUUAAAUACUAUUGACAAAUGAUUAAUAGCCCUUAGCACUUUUAUUGCAUUUUGCACUUCACAAGCAAAAUUUGCACAUUACAUUUGCACAUUGCGUAUUUGCACAGGUCAUAAUGAACAUUGUGGAGUGAGGAAUUAUUAGCCGAUGUUGUGAAAGUAACCCAUUAUUUGUUUGUGGUUGUUUGGCUGGCUCCGGAGCGCUGCUCUGCCUGUAAGAGAGGAGAGUGUGGGAACGUUGCGAUACGGGCUAUCAACAUUAAUUAUUGGAAAACCAAGUAUUCUAGAAUAUGUGUACAGGUAAUGUAGGUGUGCAUCAUUGUAUGGAAAGUGUGUGCGAGUGCUAAAGGGCUUGGGUGAAUUGAUGUGAUCACCUACCUUUUUCGAGUUGUGCCUGCUCCAGGGUGUUCGGGUCUAAAGAGUCCGGUGGCAAACGGAUACCCAGUUAAAUUUUCCAAGGUGAAACCAAUGCAGAAAACUUGUAGAGGGGAGUUCAGGUUUUUGAUCUAAAAUUGUAUUCUCCAUAAGUGUAAAGGUAGAGUAUGGGAAACUUUUAAAAGAGAUUUGUACUUUAUAGGAAGGAUAAGGGUAAAUGGUGAAUGUUAAAUGGUGUUCAGGUUGUUAUGGAGCAGAUGUUAUCUUUGAGAGGCACCUGCAUGUGGAUCGGUCUGGGGAGGGCAAUCAGCCACAGAGUAUUCAAGGCGUCCGUUAACAUCUGUCUGUAAAGUGGUCAGAACUCCUGCCUGUAACCUGUUCCCGGUCUUAUAAUAAAACUUUAAAUGUUUUGUGCACCCCAGCAACUGCCUGACCUCUUUUCAUUUAUGGAUACUGCAACAUCCAGCCACUCACAAGGGUGUUUACUGUUAACUUUACUUGUCUUUACUGUUCCGUUGUUAUUGGGGAGGGAGGGAGAGGGAGGAGUGCUGUCACUCACUGUAACUUGUGUAUUAAAUUCUCUGUCUGUUUUGGAUCGCUGCUGGCUUCGCAAGAGCCACUUGGUUUGACAGGACGACUGUCAUUGCUGAUAAGAGGAGCCUCAUGUGCAGCGUUACUGGCGGUGAGAGCAAAUAGUGUCGGAUUCUCCUGCUACGUGGUUGCCAACGGUCCUGCCUCUGCAGACUCCACUGCCAUGGUUCCAGUAAAAAAAUUAGAUAACUCUGGCAGCUUUGAAAUGAACUGCUACCUUUGGUCUCUCUUUUUCUUUUUGUGUGACCCACCUUUGUAUGUCCGCUUCAUUUCGACUCCUCUCUUUUACCUUUUUUUUUUUUGUUGUUGUUUGUUUGGGAUUUUAUGCGCCCUAAUAAUUUCUGCAUACAUACAGCGUGAUACGAAACAUGCAAUAGUCCAUGUAGUGUUGACUGAAGGGGGUCAACGGUUGGUAAAAACACAGUCAAAACAUGAGUAAUUGAUCAAAUUAGACAUCCUGAUGCUGCUAUUGUGAAGAGAUAUUGAUUAAAAAAAAAGUAAUGUGGGGCCAAAAUAUAAGGAAGGCAUUUUUGGGGCCCCAACGGCCUUAUAUGGGGCCUGGGGCUCCAGGCAAAUGCCUGAUUGGCCUAAAUGGUGACAGCUGCCUUCGCUUGACCCAGAAAAUCUCAGAGCCUGAAGAACAGAUUUCAAGCCUCAACCAGAGCAGGGAUGAGGAGCAGAUCAUGGGCUCCCUUGUUGCCUUUGGCCCCACAACAGUCAUGUCCACUGCUGCUGUGCUGGACUCUACUUUUCUGUGUGUGGCUGAAGCCUGAAUAGUCCUGUUUGCCUGAAUCUACUGCCACUUUUCCAGCUUGAAAACAAAGUUUCCGUUCUGGCCAAGGAUUUUUCCCCUCUUGCAGGCCACGGUAUGUCCUGGUCAUUCGCUGGGGCUGAUGCUCCGCUACCCUCACCUCCUCCUCCUCAUCAUUCAAAUGAUGCGCUUGAACUGAGAGGUUGCUGAGAGUGUGGUGUCUCCGUAUUAUCUGUAAUUUUUGUAAUUUUUUUGCUAGAUUUUUUCAUAUUUUUGUUUUCAUUUUGUUGGCUGCUGAUGGAUACUUCUGCUGGGUGAAGAGUUUACUCAAGAGAAGAGCUCCUGUCAUUGAGGAAAAGCAAAUCUGGACAACAAAAUACAAUUCCAGAGGACAUCAGGAGGUGUUAUUGUAGUUGCUGUGCUGGUGCAAAGGUGAAGGCAAAGCUAAAUGAUAGGAGAUUGCAAUAUAAACCCUUUCUUCCAUCAAUCCUGAUGGGAAAUGUCAACUCUCUGCCCAAUACAAGCGAUGAGCUGGAUAUAUUGGUGAAGACUGAGAAAGCAUACCAUGAGUGCAGUUUCCUGUGUUUUACUGAAACCUGGUUGAAUCAAAACAACUAGGACUCCAGUGUGGCUCUACCUGGCUUCACUCUCAUAAGGUCAGACAGAGAUGCUCAAGCUAGUGGCAAGAAGAAAGGAGGAGGUCUGGCUUUAUUUGUCAACCAGAGAUGGUUUAACCCUUUACACAUAACUGUCAAGGAGAAGUUUUUGAACUGCAAGCAGUUGCUCUUUGGCCAUAUUGUGUUCCAAGAGAAUUUGUCACACCCACUUCCACUGCUACUCCACCUUCCUCUCCGCAACAAAUCUCCACUACAACUUCUCCCUUUCCUUCUCCAUCUCAUUCGAAUGUCUCAACCACUUCAACUCCCUUCUUCCUAGAACACCAGUCCUUGUCUGUCACAGAAACAGCAGUGAGGUUGGAGCUUGGAAGACUUUGCCCUGAGAAGGCAGCUGGUCCAGAUGGUGUGUGUCUAAGGCUGCUUAGAGACUGUGCUGCAGAACUGUGUCAACCUCUCCACAGGAUCUUCAACCUGAGUCUAGAGCUGGGGCGGGUACCUGUUCUGUGGAAAACAUCCUGCAUUGUGCGAGUACCAAAAACAAAAUGUCCAGCUGAACAUCAUUGACUACAGACCAGUGGCCCUCACUUGACACAUCAUGAAAACCCUGGAGCGCCUUCUGAGGUCUGAGGUCAAACACAAACUGGAUUCCCUGCAGUUUGCAUAAAAAGAACACAUUGGAGUGCAUGAUGCUGUCCUCUACAUGCGUCACCGUGCCCUGUCGCAUCUGGAGGAACCUGGGGUUUAUGUGAGGAUCAUGUUCUUCGACAUUUUUAAGUGCAUUCAACACCAUCCAACCCACCAUACUCAAAGACAAGCUCACAGAGAUGGGAGUGGAUCCUGCCUGUGUUUCCUGGAUCACAGAUAACCUGAAUGGAAGAACACAGUUUGUCAGGCUGGGGAACUGUGUUUCUGGGACAUUAAUGAGCAGUACAGGGGCUGCUUACACUGUAUACGUCAGACUUCAAAUACAGCACGGAGUCCUGCCACAUCCAGAAAUACUCAGAUGGCACCACUAUUGUGGCAUGUAUCAGAAAUGGACAAGGCUCCUCUCUCUUCUCUGCAGGAGAGAAAGAUUCAGAAGAUCUUUUGUACCCACAGCCAUCAGACUUUAGAUCUCUCGGGUAAAUAGUAGAUAACUUUUAGAGACAUAUUAUGUGAGACAACAGACAAUUGAGUUUCCCUUCGGGGAUUAAUAAAGUUCUUCAUAUUCUUAUUCCUGUAAUGGCUGUGCACAAGCGCCUGCCCUCCCUGGCUAACAGCCAAACUCAAAGCCAAGCCUCACUGCUUCCAGGCUGCAUGAAAUUCACCCCCUGCCCAGGUACCAGCUGUUUAAUGCUGGCUCAUGAACCUGAAACGGCCGGCCUUGUUCAGAAUGUCGUCUCUCCACCGCCCAGCUGGAGUCAGAUCGCUGCUCACCCUGCUUGCUCUCCAGUCCACAACUACAAUCACCCCUCUCCAGCAUCUCUGAUAAUUGGAGACUCCAUAAGAGGAAAAUAAAAUCAAAAUCGUCCCUAAUUUUUUGUUUCGCAGGCACAAAGGUUUUGAAUUUGGUCUAAUAAACAUCCUCAUGCCACGAACAUCAUUAUCCAUGAUGUCACCAAUGACACCUCCAAGCAUCAGUCUGAGGCACUGCUGCCUCAGACUAAGCGUAAUUUUCAUUUGUCUUUUUAAAGUUCUUAAAAACUGCAAAAAAUCAGUUUUUUAUCUCUGAUCUGAUUCCCUCCCUCAACUGAGGGAUAGGUCGUUUUAGCAGGUCUCAGUUCCUGGCUUCAAUCAGCAUGCUCCCCCAAAGACUUUGUUUUUAUUGAUAAUUCUAACCUAUUCUGGCCGCGUGCAUUGUCUUUUUUAACAGGGAUGGUGUCCACUUCAGCCCUGUUGGUGUCCGUGCUCUAGCUGCAAACAUUUUCCAUGCCAUAUCUACCUCCAAACGUGCAUGACAAAUUAUCAAUGGAGCACACCUGAACUGAAUAAACCCUGUAGCUCUACCUACUGGUGUAUGACCCUAACUGUUGCUACUGUGGCCAGACUCUGUCAUAUUACACCAGUAGAGCAGUGCCUUGUAAACUCCCCCUCAUCCCAGAUUGAACCAUCCCAUGUUCAACAUUUCACUUUCCGGUAAUCAUCAGCAGAGUGUGACGUAUGCAGAAAACCACCUGUACUCCUACCACUUACUUCAGUAAUCUCAGAUCUCUUCCUAAAGCUCAUUCACCACAACACCAGGCAGUUAACCAGCCUCCACUCACCAUAUAUGGCCCUUUUAAACAUCUGCUCUCUGUUGAACAAGUCUUUUAUUGUCAAUGACCUGAUUUUAGAUAAUAAACUUGACUGCUUAUUUUUAACCGAAACAUUGCUGGGUGCGAAUGCACCAGUUGUUCUCACUUAGGCCUCCCCACAUUUCUGUUUGGAGUAGUAGAGGAGGAGGUGGCACAGCAGCUAUAACUUCAGUCUGGCCACCAAACCUGUUUUAUUUGAUUAGUAUGCAACUUUUUAGUAUAGUGCAAUUAUUUUUAGCAUGGAUUUUAUUCAACACGUCACACAGCCAACUCACAACACAGGACACACCCUGGACUUGGUUAUCACCAAUGGCCUGUCCACCAGUGUGUCCUCUGCUGUUGACUUUGCUGUCUCUGACCACUACUGAGUGUUUUUUAACAUCACCAGUUUUAUCCAGUGGGAGACCUAUGAGAACUGUUAGGAUGCGCCAUCUGACCCCUGAAGUGUCUGCAAAUUUUAUUGAUGUUUUAGAAAAAGAUCCUCCAAUUGUUUUGCCUGCCCCCUGUGAUUUUAUUUCUGACAAUUUUAACAGUAGACUACAGACAGCCCUCGAACUGGUUCCUCCACUUAAAACAAAAAAAUAUCCAACCCAAACCCAUACUUCCAUGGAGAAAUGAGAAGCUCAAAAAAUUUGAAGAGGCUGUGCAGAACAGCAGAAUGUAGGGGGAGGAAAAACAAAACAACAAUAAAUAAUCAAUUAUUCAGUCACCAGCAAAAAAUAAACAAUGAUGCCAUAAGAAAUGCAAGAAACAAUAACUUCCUGAUUUAGUAAGCGUCAUUCAAUUCCACUGACUCCCUCUGUGAGGAAUUUACAGACCACCUAUUGGGGAAGAUGAACAUAAUCAGAUGUAACAUUUUAUCAAGGUAAACUACUGUUUUUAACCUGUCUGAGUGUUUGUCUUUACCUGAGGAAACACUGGACAGUUUUGUCCUGGUUAAUGCUGAGAUGCUGGAUAAAGUUUUCUUCUCAGCCCACCACAUGUGUUUGAGAUCCUAUCUCUACCUCAUUUUUAAGUCUUUAUAUGAGUCUUUUAGAGACAAGCAUUUAAACAUGAUGAAUUGUUCUCUUCAGAUGGGUCUUUCCCAUUGCCUUUAAAUUGGCAGUGGUGAGGCUCUUGCUGAAGAUCAGCAAUUUUAACAACCUUGAACAAUUAUGGACUAGUGUCGAACUUACCUUAUGUAAGUAAAAUUUUUGAAAAACUUGUUUUUAUCCAACUUAAAGAAUUUUCAGACAAUCAUAAUACCCUUGAAAAGUUUUAGUCUGGUUUUAGGGUGAACCACAGCAUCGAGACCUUCAGUACAGUAGACCACACACUUUUAACUAGCCUAAAACACCUUGGCCUCUCUGUGGUCUGUUCACAGAUGGUUCAUCUGCUACCUCACAGACAGGACAUUCAUGGUAAGUGUAGACACGUGCUCCUCCAAAGUCCAUAAAAUCACUGUCUGUUGUGAGGGAACAGAUCAUCAAAGAAGCCCAUAAAAGUGAUUUCUGUCAAUCCAGGUAGAUGAGAAAAUGGACAUUAGCACCCAAAACCAACUUCUAUUUGUGCUUCUCUGCAUUGAUGGCAGAAACUUACCGUUUCUAAUAUCAGGAGCAGGGACAUAAUGUUAGUGAAAGCUAACAAAGUCAAAGUAAAAAUAUUUACGACAAGGCUAUUUUAUGGCCUGCCAACAUUAAAAAAAACAGCCAAUAUCACUGUAAAUAUAAGUCUGACAGCUCGUUGGCUAGGUCUUUACAGAGAUGGCUCAGACCAGUAGCCUCAGCAGCUCAGACUGCACCGAUUACCUGAACAAACUUGCCCUCAGCACUGCUGAGAAAUUACCAGACCCAUAUAAUAUUCCAAGUGAGGAAUGGAUUGCAGAUAUGUCCAAAUGGCCUGCUAUAGUAUGGCUUGACAUAUAUAAUUAUCUAAUUGAGAAGCCUAGUGUGUGCACAAAGGACAGUUUACACAUGUACAAUUAUGUACUUUGUAGCCUUGUCCAAAAUUUUUAAUGUUAUGACACAAGUUCAUGGUUUUGCGCUUUAAGAGCAGGUGUCCUGCUCAGCCAGAAGCAGGGAGUAAAGGCAAAACCUUAUGAUGCCUGCACCUUCAGGACCCCAAUCCGCUCUUUUAAUGGCCAGGAGCCACAAUUUUCUUCUUCGCUUGGCAAAAGGAUGAGAACCCCUCAGGAUGUUAAACAGUUUCUAUCCAUCCUUUUGCUGAUUCGUGCAGUUUACAGCACAACAGCUCCUUGGCAUUUUCUUUCUUGGUUGACUCCGCUAAUAAACAAAUGAGAAAUGUCCCGCUUUCUGCCCCCUGGCUGCACGUGCAUACCUGCGAGGAUGUUGCACAAAACUCGUCUAUACUAGUCCUUAAAACAUUAGACACACCCAACAUUUAAUAGUGCCUUGUUUUUCCUAAAUAUUUGAAUAUUUUGAAAUAGAAAAGCAGUGUUGGUGUGUGGUGGUGCGCGAUUUGGGCAAGUGUGUGGGGGGUUGUGUUUUGAUUGACUUAGAGAGUGUGCGGUUGGGGGGUGGGGGGGUGAUUAAUCUGCUGUGUAAUUGCAGACAACAACUUGAUAAUGCUAGUACUUGGCGCAUGUGCAGUGCCCUUGUGUGACACAUUUACUGAUACAUACUGAGUCAGAGAUAGUGCCACAUAAAAACCCAAAUUUUUAUGGUGUGGCGGCUUUUAUUUUGGCGUGGUGGUGUGCCACAAUCAAAAAAUGUAGGGGAAACCCUGGAAUAGGAAAUUCAGACCCAUCAUCACUACCAUCGUGUAGAUGUGGGGAAAAAAAUAAGAACAGGCAUUUUCAGUGAUGUUUAGUUGCCUUUGUUUUUAUUAUGAUCCCCUGUUUACAUAUUUCACUUUCAUUUACUAUGAACAGCUGCCAUCUAGUGGCCAUUAAUAUCUAUAAAACAUUGAUUGGUUUCUUCUUUGUCACAACAGAUAUAUAAAGUAGUCUCUCUCUCUCUCUAUCUCUCUCUCUCUCUCUCUCUCUCUCUCUCUCUCUCUCUCUCUCUCUCUCUCUCUCUCUCUCUCUCUGUCUAUUUGUUUAGGUUUGUGAUACCAUCAUGGGAAACUCAAAGAAUCAUUUUGCUUUCACAGAUUAUCUUAUCAGUGCCACCUUGUUGCAGGCCAACAGGUUUGGGGAGUACCACAGCUCAUUCCCUGAAGCUGCACUGAUCUCCACUUAGAAGGCAUAUCCAAAUCUGAAUGGAAGUAAGCUGAGAAUGAAGCCAAGUCUGAUGUACAGCAUGAAUCAAUUAAAGUCCUAUUAGGGUGCUGUGGGCCUUUUUAAGUUAUUUGUGGAUAAUCAUGUGACAAGGCAUUUUCAGAUACUGUUACACUGCUUAAAAUCCAUCCAGUUCAUUAGACAUUAUCCCAAGUCAUCUUUGUAAAGAAGUAAUUGUCUCCAUUUGCCUGUCCCAACUUUCCAUAAUCAAUUCUUCUUUAACAACCUGCUUUGUCCCAUCCUAUUUUAAACAUGCAGCUGUUCAGCCACUUCUGAAAAAGUCAAAUCUGGACCCCUCACAACCUGAAAACUACAGACCUAUGUAUAUUUCUAUUCUAGGUUGCCUUUUAUUUCUAAGGUCUUAGAAAAAGUGAUGGCUCAGCAGCUCACAUUUGUUCUCGUCGAACAUGAUGCUUUGGACAAAUUCCAACAUGGCUUCCAUCAGAAGUAUUCAACAGAGACUGCUUUUCUCAGGGUAACAAAUGAUCUGUUGAUGAAGGCUGAUACUGGGGAGUGUUCAGUGCUGGUCUCACAGGAUCUCAGCACAGCCUUUGAUACUGUAGGAUGUGUGUUAAUCCAGUGGCUCAGGCAGUGAGUGGGUGUCUGUGGAACAGCAUUAGACUGGUUUUCCUCCUACUUGUCUGGUAGAUCUUUUUCAGUUGCAUCUGGUAAAUAUGUCUCUGCAAUUAGGACCCUGUCUUGUGGAGUCCCUCAGGGUUGUGUCCUGGGGCCACUGUUGUUUUCUCUUUACAUAAUUCCACUGAGUUAUCUUAGAAAGAAUUUUGAAGGUGUAUCUUAUCAUUUAUAUGCAGAUGACAUUCAGCUGUACAUGUCCUUUAAACCUAAUAAUGUCUCCAAGCUGUCCAUUUUAACUGAUUGUGUGAACUUAAGGUAUGGAUGGCAGAUAACUUUCUCCAGUUAAAUGCUGACAAAAUAGAGGUUAUUGUCUCAGCACCUGAGCAUGUUGUGCCAAAUGUGAUGAAAAGUCUUAAUGUCCUAUCCUCUGCUGUUAAACCCUCACUCUGAAACCUGGGUGUCCAAAUGGUACAGGCCCAAAGUCUGGAGAAGAAUGUAAAUAGAAUGGUUCACUCAUCUUUUUAUCAUUUGAGAAAUAUAUCCAAGCUCUGACCCAUAGUAUACAGUCUGAGUCUUGUCUGGAUUACUGUCAUUCUUUGUUCACCUGUUUAAAUACCACUUCUUUGGACUGCCUGCAAGUGGUUCAAAAUGCUGCCGCUAAAUUCCUGACAAGAUCUUUCAAAUGGUCUCAUGCCACACCCAUCCUCAAAAGUCUUUACACUGGCUUCCUAUUCAAUUCAGAAUCCAAUUUGAAUUACUUAUUUUUGUGUACAGAGCUUUGCACAGACAAGUCCCAGUGUAUACCAGAGACCUGCUGAAGCCAUAGUACUCCAGCAGGACUCUUGAGAUCCUCUGAUCAGGGUUUGCUGGUUGUCCCUCAGACCAGGCUCUGAACUAAAGGAGACUGUGCAUUUGAGUAGUUUGCUCUGGGACUUCUGAACUUUCUUCCUCAUGAACUAAGAACUGUGAACGCUGUGGAUACCGUCAAAAGGCGGUUGAAAACCCAUUUGUUUCAACUUGCUUGUAUGACCAGGACUUUGGCUGCUAGUAUGCUAUUUAUGUCUUGUCAUCUUAUCUGUUUUAAUCGAUGACUGUGAAGCACUUGGUGACAACAGUUCUUAAACAGUACUAUACAAAUGAAGUUUAUUAUUAUUAAGUUUAUUAUAAAAAUUAUAACCAUCGCACCCAUGUCCACUGAGAGGCUGACCCCCAAUUUCCACCGCUUCCAAGAACGGCUGUGAAAGAAGUUUAUGUGCCGAUCGCAACUGAUCGUUUCCAUUCAAGUUAAUGUGUCAAUUUCCACCGGCUUCUUUCCCUUCCACUGUGGUUCAGCAGACUCCGUAGCUGUAGCCAGUAGCCAGUGUUCUAUUUUUUCCGGACACUGCAGCAUGCCGCAUAAAUUCAGCACAGAUUAGCCUGUGUUGGAAAGGAAGUCGGGCACACACACAAAAUAAAACAUCAGGCUUCUUUUCAAAAUAAAACAUUAUGUUUCAGGCAGAUCGUAUUUCACACCGUGCAAACUGGCUGGGACAAACAAGUGAAAGGUUUACAGUCAGCAUUUCACCUUGUUGACACCAUGGAUGAGGAGAUGCUGAUUCUAGAAGUCUAGAAGUGGAUUUCCUCCUCUGGAAGGACACAAUCUACUGCUCAUAUGGUUUUGUGGCUGUCUUUAUAGAGACAACUCGUUAUUGUGUAAUUGCAUGUGGAUCCACGGGUUCUUGUGAGUUCGAGCGAUUGCUGCUGUACGAAAUCCGCCACAAAAUUCGCCCCACAAACGCAUCCAGUAGGAAUUGGCAGAUGGUGAAAAUUGCUGCCAUUCUGGAUGUGGUGAAAAUUGGGGGUGAGAGGUGUUUUUCGACACUUAAGAGGGUCAAAACCUUUCUCAGGAACACCAUGACUAAGGACAGGCUGAAUGCCUUAGCCACCCUAUCCACGGAGUAAAGGCUUGUGACUGAGAUGAUAAACUUUAAUCAGAAAUUUGCAAGCCUGAAGGACAGGAGAGCUAAUUUUCUUUACACAUUGUGGACACUGCUGUCUGUUCUCUCUCUUGAUUGUAUUAUUGUAAGAAGUUCCAGAAUAUCCAAUGUCUCUCUUGACUGUAUUGAUAGUUCAGCAAUAUCUAAUGUAUGUCUUUGUAUUUAAAUUUCACUGGCAUUAGGAUGUAACAUGUAGUCUAUUUUCAUUAAAGUAGCCUACUUUUUAAAUCUAUUCUGCCCUGAAACACUUCAUUUUAGAUCAACAGUAUCCAAGGUUUCUUUCUAGUUAUAUUGAUGUCUUAAUAAUGGUGCAGUCUAACUGGUUUUGUUCUGAUGGUGAGGUGCUAUUUCACCCAUCAUGUGCAACUGCCCCUAUAAUAAUAAUAAUAAUAAUAAUAAUAAUAAUAAUAAUAAUAAUAAUAAUGCAUUUUAUUUAAGAAUAAGAAUAACUUUAUUUAUCCCUAAAGGAAAAUUCAAUUGUCAAAACGUCACCUACUAUUUAUAGAAGAAUUGUAAAGUCUGGUGUCUGUUGGUACAAAAGAUCUGAAUCUUUCUGUCCUGCAGCGCAGAGGGAGGAGCCGUCCACCACCAUUGGUCCUUUGGUCCAUCAAGGUGUUAUGAAGUGGGUGAUCUAUACUCUUUAGAAUAGUCUCCACCUUCCUUAGUGUAGAUCUCUCCACCACAUCCUCCAGUGAGUCGAACUUGAAUCCUACCACAGAGCCAGCCUUUUUCACCAGUUUGUUCAGAUGUCUUGCAUCUUUGUGUUUGAUGCUUCCUCCCCAGCAGACUGCAGCGUAGAACAGAACACUUGCCACCACAGACUGAUAAAACAUCUGCAGCAUCUUACUACAGAUGUCUAUUGAUUGUAGUCUUCUCAGGCAAAAGAGGCAGCUCUGCCCCUUUUUGUAGAUUAAGUCUAUAUUCUCAGACCAGUCCAACUUAUUAUACAGGCGUACGCCUAGGUAUUUAUUUGAUGUCAUCACUUCGAUGUUGACUCCGCAGGUGUUCACUGGCUGAAGACGGGGUUUGGAUUUGCAGAAGUCUAUAAUCAUCUCCUUUGUCUUUGAGGUGUUGAGGAGGAGGCAGUUUUUGUGACUCCAGUCACUGAAGGCUCCUAUCAGAUCUCUGUAUUCAGCUUCAUGUUCAUUUCUGAUACAUGCUACAAUAGCGGUGCCAUCUGAGUAUUUCUGGAUGUGGCAGGACUCCGUGCUGUAUUUGAGUCUGAUGUAUACAUUGUGAACAGCACUGGAGCCAGGACUUGUGGAGCCCCUGUACUGCUCAUUUAUGUCCCAGAAACACAGGCUGUGUCUCAAUUCAGGGACUGCAUAUGGCCAAGCGCCCUCAAGCACACUUAGCUGAGCGCACUACCGUUAUGUCGACUUGAAGACCCUGGGUGAGAUAGUCCGGUUUUUGUGAAUUGGGACGGUCUACCCUUCGGAGGACUUACUGGUUGAGUCGCCAAAUGUCCCCGCCCUCAGGCUCGCAUCACGACUGACUUGAAGAAAAGCCACAGAGCGCAGCAGUUAUUUUUUAAUUGUGCGACCUUGGACAGACACAAAACAAUAGAUACAAGCACAUAUCAUUUCCACAAAAUUCAUCCAAUGAUUGCAUGUUUUGUAUGAAGGAGAAUGAGGGCCAUAUUGAGAAUUUUUUAAAAGACUUUGAGAUUAAAGUCGAGAAUUUACAAGAAUAAAGUCAUUAAUUUAUGAGAAUAAAGUCUUAGGGUUACCUGUUAUUUCAAAGGAGAAUUGUUAAAAUUAGGGCCAUGAAGCAUUUGAAGGAACUGUGCUUCAAUAUAGGUUUCACAAACAAGGAGAUACUUCAUCCUUUGGCACAUCAGCAUUACAUUGUCAUAAGUACAAGGACUUAAAAAAGAAUAUAUGAGAAAUGCGUCUUUUCCACACAAAAAAAAGGUGGACUUGCUGCUUUUGUGGAGGCAAAAAUGGAUAUGCUGUGGAUAAAUCCGUCAAUGCAGCCGUAAUUAGCCGUUAAAACAUACACUCACCGGCCACUUUAUUAGGUACACCUGUCCAACUGCUCGUUAACACUUAAUUUCUAAUCAGCCAAUCACAUGGCGGCAACUUAGUGCAUUUAGGCAUGUAGACAUGGUCAAGACAAUCUCCUGCAGUUCAAACCGAGCAUCAGUAUGGGGAAGAAAGGUGAUUUGAGUGACUUUGAACGUGGCAUGGUUGUUGGUGCCAGAAGGGCUGGUCGGAGUAUUUCAGAAACUGCUGAUCUACUGGGAUUUUCACGCACAACCAUCUCUAGGGUUUACAGAGACUGGUCCGAAAAAGAAAAAAUAUCCAGUGAGCGGCAGUUCUGUGGGCGGAAAUGCCUUGUUGAUGCCAGAGGUCAGAGGAGAAUGGCCAGACUGGUUCGAGCUGAUAGAAAGGCAACAGUGACUCAAAUAACCACCCGUUACAACCAAGGUAGGCAGAAGAGCAUCUCUGAACGCACAGUACGUCGAACUUUGAGGCAGAUGGGCUACAGCAGCAGAAGACCACGCCGGGUGCCACUCCUUUCAGCUAAGAACAGGAAACUUAGGCUACAAUUUGCACAAGCUCAUCGAAAUUGGACAAUAGAAGAUUGGAAAAACGUUGCCUGGUCUGAUGAGUCUUGAUUUCUGCUGCGACAUUCGGAUGGUAAGGUCAAAAUUUGGCGUCAACAACAUGAAAGCAUGGAUCCAUCCUGCCUUGUAUCAACGGUUCAGGCUGGUGGUGGUGGUGUCAUGGUGUGGGGAAUAUUUUCUUGGCACUCUUUGGGCCCCUUGGUACCAAUUGAGCAUCGUUGCAACGCCACAGCCUACCUGAGUAUUGUUGCUGACCAUGUCCAUCCCUUUAUGACCACAAUGUACCCAACUUCUGAUGGCUACUUUCAGCAGGAUAAUGCGCCAUGUCAUAAAGCUGGAAUCAUCUCAGACUGGUUUCUUGAACAUGACAAUGAGUUCACUGUACUCAAAUGGCCUCCACAGUCACCAGAUCUCAAUCCAAUAGAGCAUCUUUGGGAUGUGGUGGAACGGGAGAUUCGCAUCAUGGAUGUGCAGCCGACAAAUCUGCGGCAACUGUGUGAUGCCAUCAUGUCAAUAUGGACCAAGCUCUCUGAGGAAUGCUUCCAGCACCUUGUUGAAUCUAUGCCACGAAGAAUUGAGGCAGUUCUGAAGGCAAAAGGGGGUCCAACCCGUUACUAGCAUGGUGUACCUCAUAAAGUGGCCGGUGAGUGUAUAGCUUUAGUUUAUGAUAGUUUAUCCAUAUACCAUAAUAAGGUGUUGGUGUCUCUGCAGGUGUAGGUUACCGCUGGUGUCAGAGAUGUUGUGCUCGUCGGAGCUCAACUUCUUCUGGAUCACAAAUGUUGAUCAUCACGACUUUAUUCUCCUAAAUUUACAACAUUAAACUCUUCAAAAAAAAAAAAAAAGAUGUGGCCCUGAUACUCUGUUGUUUUGGCAGCCGUCUUAUUUCUAAUGUUUUUGAUCAUUUGAGCAGAUCAGUUCUUUUCUAAAGAGUAUAAUGUUUGGUUUGCAGAUUUAGGUGAGUUCAGAAAUCAUGCGCUCAUGCAGCCUGAGCUGACUGUCUGCUGUUUUUGUAUUUCUUUUAUUAUCUUUGAAGACGCGCUGCGUCUCCAUGCGAGUCUGGCCUCUCACCCGAAAUGCGCAGCUGUGCAGCGGCAUGCAAAGAAUUCUGGGAUACCAAGGCCACCCCGCCCCUUUUUAAGGCCUUGAAAAAGGGGUGGGGGUAGGGUGGUUUUGGGUCCGCAUUUGAAGCGCGCUCAGAAUUAGCCAAAUGGGACACUGUUAGCGCCACAUGAUGACGUCACGCACACUUGAAAUGCGUCGUUCGACGGUGCAGUCUCUGAAUUGAGACAGCCACAGUUUCCUAGCCUGACAAACUGUGUUCUAUUUCAUCCCUUCUGACCGCCAGAGGCGGUGCUUUAAGCACUGAAUGAUUCCCCUCGCGCAUGUGCAGUUCGAGCAUUUGUACCAAAAUAGUCACGUGUGACCCCGGGAUGAACCAGAAGAGGUUAUUUCUUCCGCUGGUCACCAAGGGUCCCUUUUUCUUUCUCGUGCGCAGUUUGCAAACUUGCGAUGAGUGGCAUUUUUCUAACAAACCUACCUUAAUCUGUGUGUGAAGUCGCUCGUAGUCCCGUGGCCAUAGGUUGGGGUAGCGAAAAUCGCCUUCCAAGGACUGUGACUUCCUUUGAGUUGUUUCUUUAUCUCUACUGUUUAUCUCCGACUGAGCGGACCUUCACCAACUUCGUCAAAUGCUGUGGCGUUCGCCCGGUAAGGAAGGGUCAUCGUCCCCCUCUCCUCCGGACAAGGUAGGUUGCUGUUGCAAUAAGCUUGUUGAGCGGACUUGCGUUGUUUUACAAAUCACAACCUAUGCUGGUAGAGGCCGUAUGCGCACCGCCUCCCCCCUGCAUAUGGUUGCGUACCGUUAACGUAAGCAUAACACUUCGGUUACUUGCUGUAGCUAAAGGUCUGCUCAUUUCGUUCUUUUUGUUGUCAAAAGAAAAAACCAAGGCCAAAGCUAGUUCUCCUCGUGCUGGUACGCGUUGUCCCCAUCCGGCGUCAGCCGACGCUAUCGUUUGUUUUAGUCGGAAACUGUCACCUUCUGUGACGCAGCACUAGAGGCAUUUGGCCUUAUGUCGCGAGAGCUUGGAAGGACAAUGUCCUACCUGGUACAGGCUCGACGCCAGAUCUGGCUCUCCCAGUCGGGCUUGACUGAGGCAUCCAGGAAAACGCUCUGAGCUCUCCCUGUCGAGCCAGGAGCUGUUUUUGGCCCAUGUGCUCAAGAGGCGCUGGAGCAAACGAUCCAGGCUGGGCAGACCAGGCAGCAGCUGCUGAGCAUGCGCUGCAUGCCACCCCCCAGCCGCCUCUGGAGUCCGGCUCCCACUAGCUCUGAGUAGGGGUCAGCGACCUCAGCGGCCUACGCAGAGGCAGACCCGGGACUCUCAGGUCUCCGGCCGCCUGCCUUCUAGGCAGUUACAAGCCCCGGACCCUGGUGGACCCUCCCACCCCCUGGGCCCCUAGGGGCCGGGAGGCAGACGCUGAGCCCGGGGGGGCGGCCGUCAGAUACUUUACACAGCAGCAGCUCAGACGCUGGGCUGCUCAAGCUUCAGACCAAGCUGCAGUUCCGACGCCGGCCCCCCACAGCCAGCCGGGUCAAGAUUACCAUCAUUGCCUACCCAGCAAAAGCCCUCGCUCUUGACCAGGAGCUAUCCGCCCUCCUGGCCAAGGGUGCCAUCGAGGCAGUGGACCCGCUGCUGCAUCCCACGGGGUUCUACUCUGCAUACUUCCUUGUCAUGAAAAAGACCCACUGCCGCUCCUCACCUCUGUUGUGGCCGUCGUGCCGCUGGGCCUCCUGGCGCCACGGCCCCUGCAAAGGUGGCUGAACAGUUUCCACCUAGACCCAGAACGACACAGGCACAGGAAGAUUGUCGUGUCACUGCCCGGUGCCCGCAAUCCUGGAGUUCCUGCAAGGUCUCCUCGAUAAGGGCCGGACCCCUUCUACGUUAAGAGUGUACGUGGCAGCAAUAUCCCCCCAGCACACUGGGGUCAAUAACUGCACAGUGGGGAGCCACCGUCUGGUGUCCCUCUUUCUCAGGGGGGCUCAGAGAUUAAAUCCUCCGGGAGCCCCAAGAGCACCAGCAUGGGACCUCAAUCUUGUACUGGACUCCCUAUGCAAGGCUCCUUUUGAGCCCUUGUCACGCACGGAAUUGAAGUGGUUGUCCUGCAAGACAGCCUUUCUCAUAGCCAUCACCUCGGCAAAUCGCGUCCGUGAGUUGCAUGCCCUGUCAAUGAGCGAUUUGUGUCUGAGGUGGAACCCAGACGGAUCAGGUGUCACUCUGUGGCCCAACACGGCCUUCCUACCAAAGGUACUGUUGACGGCACACCUGAACCAGCCUAUUAGGCUGGCCCAGUUUAGCCCUCCACCGGAAGAGAGGACAGACAAGCUGGAGCUGUUGUGCCCAGUGUGGGCCCUCAGGGCCUAUAUCGGAGCCACUGCACGUAUUCGCCGGUUGGAUCAGCUAUUCAUAUGUUAUGGUGGCCCAAAUAAAGGCAGCGUUCUUUCAAAGCAGCGCCUGUCCCACUGGGUCGUAGACACGAUCAGCCACGCCUAUUAGGCUAGUAACCAUCCCACGCCAUCCAGGAUGCCACUCAACGUGUGUCUCCACUUCAUGGGCUGCCCUUAGAGGAGUUCCCCUCGAGGAGAUCUGCUCCGCUGCCUCGUGGGCGUCAUCAGGCACCUUCUCAAGAUUCUAUAGGGUGAACGUGGCCACUCCCCACCCAUUGGGUGUGGUUCUGCUGCCAGAGUCCUCCGAUUCUGCCCUCUGAGGUUUGUAAUUGGGGUUCCUCGUGACUUUGCUGGUGUAAGUCAUUCAGUGCUUAAAGCACCGCCUCUGGCCGUCAGAAGGGAUGAAAUACAACGAAAGUUACAUAUGUAACCAAGGUUCUAUGAAUCCAGAAUGACCGCCAGAGCGCUCCGUCACUCAGAACCCUCGUGUUCUCACGAGAAAGUUCUGUAGGAACUGAACCCUUGGUGACCAGCGGAAGAAAUAACCUCUUCCGGUUCAUCCCAGGGUCAUGUGUGACUAUUUUGGUACAAAUGCUCGAACUGCGCAUGCGCGAAGGGAAUCAUUCAGUGCUUUAAGCACCGCCUCUGGCGGUCUUUCGGGAUUCAUAGAACCUUAGUUACAUACGUAACUUUCGUUCUUCCAUUCAGGUUAUCUGUGAUCCAGGAAACACAGGCAGGAUCCACUCCCAUCUCUGUGAGCUUGUCUUUGAGUAUGGUAGGUUGGAUGGUGUUGAAUGCACUUGAAAAAUGUUGAAGAACAUGAUCCUCACAUAAACCCCAGGUUCCUCCAGAUGUGACAGGGCAUGGUGACGCAUGUAGAGGACAGCAUCAUGCACUACAAUGUGUUCUUUUUAUGCAAACUGCAGGGAAUCCGGUUUGUGUUUGACCUCAGACCUCAGAAGGCGCUCCAGGGUUUUCAUGAUGUGUCAAGUGAGGGCCACUGGUCUGUAGUCAAUGAUGUUCAGCUGGACAUUUUGUUUUUGGUACUCGCACAAUGCAGGAUGUUUUCCACAGAACAGGUACCCGCCCCAGCUCUAGACUCAGGUUGAAGAUCCUGUGGAGAGGUUGACACAGUUCUGCAGCACAGUCUCUAAGCAGCCUUAGACACACACCAUCUGGACCAGCUGCCUUCUCAGGGCAAAGUCUUCCAAGCUCCAACCUCACUGCUGUUUCUGUGACAGACAAGGACUGGUGUUCUAGGAAGGAGGUAGUUGAAGCGGUUGAGACAUUCGAAUGAGAUGGAGAAGGAAGGGGAGAAGUUGUAGUGGAGAUUUGUUGCGGAGAGGAAGGUGGAGUAGCAGUGGAAGUGGGUGUGACAGCAGUGUCAAAUCUGUUGAAGAACAGGUUGAGUUCAUCGGCUCUUUCCACAUCACCCACCACUGGCUGUCUUUUCUUUUUAUUGCUGUGUCCAGAGAUGGUACUGAUUCCUCUCCACACCACAGAUGUUGCUGUGUUGUAGAUUCUUCUCUAUCUUCUUUUUGUACUCAAGCUUUGCCAUCUUCAGUCUCCUCUUCAAAUCUUGUUGCACUUGUUUGAGUCGUUCUUUGUCACCAUCUCUUAAAGCUCUAUUUUUCUGGUUAAGGAUUGCUUUUAUGUCACUUGUCACCCAGGGUUUGUUGUUGGGGAAACAACGAACAGUCUUUGGGGGUAUAACUGUGUCUCUACAGAAGUUGACAUAGUCAGUAAAGCAGUCAACCUGUUUGUCAGUGUUCAUACUAUCCACAUCUGUUUCCAGCAGCACAUUCCAGUCUGUUGAUUUAAAACAGUCCCUUAGAGCUUCACUAGCUUAAGGUGUCCAUCUUCUGAUUUUGACUUUGGUCACAGGCUGCCUCAGUACACAAGGUUUGUAACAGGUUUGCAGAUAGACCAAGUUAUGAUCUGACUUGCCCAGUGGUGGUAAGGCAGUGGCUCUGUAGGCUUCUUUGACGUUGGCAUACAGCAGAUCCAGGGUUUUGUUUUCUCUGGUAGGACAGUUCACAAACUGUGUGAAUCCAUUCAGGUAAGAGGAGAGGAUGACAUGGUUGAAGUCUCCUGAUAUUAUUGUUAGUGCCUCCAGGUGUUAAGUCUGGAGCUUGGCAACACUAUUAUGCAAAGAUCGCAUGGAAUUUCUUCAGUUGAUUUGGGUGGGAUGUAAACAACUAUUGUUAUGAUAUGACUGAAUUCUCUUGGAACAUAAUAUGACCGAAGAACAACUGCCAACAGUUCAAUAUCUGAACAACACAACUUCUCCUUGACAGUUAUGUGUGAAGGGUUACACCAUCUCUGGUUGACAAAUAAAGCCAGGCCUCCUCCUUUCUUCUAACUUGAGCACCUCUGUCUGACCUUAUGAGAGUGAAGCCAGGUAGAUUCACACUGGAGUCUGAGUUGUUUUGAUUCAACUCGGUUUCAGUAAAAACACAGGAGACUGCACUCAAGGUAUUCUUUCUCAGUCUUCACUAAUAUCCCCAGCUCAUCGCUUUGGUUGGAUAGAGAGUUGAUGUUUCCUAUGAAGAUUGAUAGAAGAAAGAGUUUAUAUCCCUUCCUCCUAGCAUUCAGCUUUGCCUAGACCUUUCCACCUGUACGGCAACCAAGGUAACACCUCCUGAUGUCCUUUGGGAUUGGAUGUUGUUGUUCAGCUUUGUCUCAAUGAAAGGAGCUCUUCUCUCGAGUAAACUGUGAGAGCUUUUUCUGCUGGAUGGAAUGACGGUCUACAUCAGACAGACUUUAAACAGCUCAUUUAAGGUCAAAUGAAAACUUUUUUUCAAACUAUUAUUCAAACUUUGGAUAAAAAUGUGACAGCCGUAUAGUUUAUACUUUAGUCAGGGGUUCUCACUGGCACCAGCCAUAAGCCAAACAUCUGAUUAGACAUUUAAGUAAUUUUCAAUUAUUUGUCACUAUCAAUUGAUCAGUUCUUCAAAGUUCAGUUGAAUGCAGAAAUUAAAAUAAGAAUAUCCAAUUGAAUCAGCCCCUGAUCUAAAUUCUUUACUGAUUAAGAUAUCCAAAUAUAUAUAAUCUUAAUUUUAUUAUACUAUCAGAUAUUCAAGUUCUGUGAUUUCUGCUGUUAGUGUCUUAACCUCAUGAUGCUCACAGUCCAUUAAACAGGACUACUUACACACUGUCUAAGCAGACUGUCCUGUCUGAGACAAACACAUUCCAUCUCUGCCCAAAUCUGACAUGUUUGAAUUUUAAUUGGCCAGAGUCAAGUUAAUUAGCAAAAAUCUGCCUUAAUAAAGAGGCUUAUCCUUAGUUGCCUUGGAGAGGAAGGCUGGUUUUGUGUUCUCUGACAUCUGUGUGUUUGUUGAACUACUCCGUUGUGGCUGUGUGUAUUUGAUAGACCACAGAUUACUCUAUACAUAAUUCAUCUUUUGCCUAUAUGAUGUCCUGAGAGGUAGUAUCGUAGGCUGUGUCUGAAAUGGCAUACUACUCCUACUACUCCUACUAACCCCGCCUCUUAAUUGAGUAGGCAGUGCGUUCACACUGUACAGUAUGCGAAUUUUGUGUAUGCGAGAAAUGCCCGGAUGUAUACUCAAUCGGCUUGGAUUUCUGAGUGUGGAAUGGAGCUUGCUUCACGUACUGCUUCUGCCCCACAAUGCAUUGCGCACCUCAGCUGGUAAUAUGGCCCUCUUUCCCGAGGCUGAAAAGAAAUAGAUGGCAUGUGAUUGCAAUAAUAAUUAUAUAUAUAUGAAUAGAUAAACAAUAUUUAGUCAGUAUACAUUACACAAUUUUUAUCAUUUGAUCAUAUUUUGAUCUUUUUACCAGAUUUAUUUGUAUUUUAAAUUAGGAUUAUAGGUAAUGUUUUUAACUAUUCGUAUGAAUUGACUUUAUUUAUUUAAGUGUCUAUUAAAGAUGUAUUCAUUACAUCAAGUUUGAGCAUCUUCUCAUCUCUGAAUGCAUCAUCAAAGUGGUCACUCAUAUUAAGAACAGACCUCUGAUUAAUAAAAAUUAUUAUUGGUAGAGAGCACAUGGUUCAGAAUAUACAAACAGGGGAGUUUCCAGUUGACAAUGUAUGUGAGCUUUACUAAUUCUUACUUGUGGUUGAAAAUCUGAUGGUUUCUGAAAUUAUCAUUGUACAUGAAAGAAUGUAGUCGGGAAAUGAUGUAUUUGCCAAGGAAUAACCGAACAAGGUCAUAAUAUUUAUGUUGUGUGUUGGUCAUUUUGCAGCCCUCUGCUGCUCAUCACACGCCUAGCAGGUGGUGUAUAGCAUUAUCACCAUGGAUACACAGAUGUUUGUGUGAUUUUUUUCAUCCACUGCCGCCUGGUUUGUGUCGUGUAGAUGGUGAUUAUGAAAACACUUCGCAAUAAUUUGGAAACGUGAAGGGGGAGCUGCUGCUGCCCGGUGUUUACGGUAAAUAGACGCAAACACCCACCAAGCGGACGCUUCGGUCUCGCUUCGAGACAAAUUUACAAACAGCCACUAUUUCAAACAACUGGGCUCAUAUUCGUGAUGUAAACACUUACUUUCUCGCUAGAAAAAAUCUUAUUAUUGAAUGAAUUUAUAUAAUUUGUCCGGAAUGCAGUCGUUCUGUGUAGCUUGUGGUAGGACUAUUUAAAUUUUCCCAGCGCUGCGUCCGGCCGGCACGAAAUGCAUUCUGGGGUAUUUAGUAUGCAUCUGUAUGUAAACGCUCGGGCAGCCGCGGCAUACUCAGAUCAUCUUUGAGUAGUCAGUAUGCAGUAGGUACUGCUUGAGUAGGUAAGUAGAUAGUAGGCAGUAUGCCAUUUCGGACACAGCCAUAGAGGGGAGAUACACUCACCGGCCACUUUAUGAGGUACACCAUGCUAGUAACGGGUUGGACCCCCUUUUGCCUUCAGAACUGCCUCAAUUCUUCGUGGCAUAGAUUCAACAAGGUGCUGGAAGCAUUCCUCAGAGAGCUUGGUCCAUAUUGACAUGAUGGCAUCACACAGUUGCCGCAGAUUUGUCGGCUGCACAUCCAUGAUGCGAAUCUCCCGUUCCACCACAUCCCAAAGAUGCUCUAUUGGAUUGAGAUCUGGUGACUGUGGAGGCCAUUUGAGUACAGUGAACUCAUUGUCAUGUUCAAGAAACCAGUCUGAGAUGAUUCCAGCUUUAUGACAUGGCGCAUUAUCCUGCUGAAAGUAGCCAUCAGAAGUUGGGUACAUUGUGGUCAUAAAGGGAUGGACAUGGUCAGCAACAAUACUCAGGUAGGCUGUGGCGUUGCAACGAUGCUCAAUUGGUACCAAGGGGCCCAAAGAGUGCCAAGAAAAUAUUCCCCACACCAUGACACCACCACCACCAGCCUGAACCGUUGAUACAAGGCAGGAUGGAUCCAUGCUUUCAUGUUGUUGACGCCAAAUUUUGACCCUUACCAUCCGAAUGUCGCAGCAGAAAUCGAGACUCAUCAGACCAGGCAACGUUUUUCCAAUCUUCUAUUGUCCAAUUUCGAUGAGCUUGUGCAAAUUGUAGCCUCAGUUUCCUGUUCUUAGCUGAAAGGAGUGGCACCCGGCGUGGUCUUCUGCUGCUGUAGCCCAUCUGCCUCAAAGUUCGACGUACUGUGCGUUCAGAGAUGCUCUUCUGCCUACCUUGGUUGUAACGGGUGGUUAUUUGAGUCACUGUUGCCUUUCUAUCAGCUCGAACCAGUCUGGCCAUUCUCCUCUGACCUCUGGCAUCAACAAGGCAUUUCCGCCCACAGAACUGCCGCUCACUGGAUAUUUUUUCUUUUUCGGACCAUUCUCUGUAAACCCUAGAGAUGGUUGUGCGUGAAAAUCCCAGUAGAUCAGCAGUUUCUGAAAUACUCCGACCAGCCCUUCUGGCACCAACAACCGUGCCACGUUCAAAGUCACUCAAAUCACCUUUCUUCCCCAUACUGAUGCUCGGUUUGAACUGCAGGAGAUUGUCUUGACCAUGUCUACAUGCCUAAAUGCACUAAGUUGCCGCCAUGUGAUUGGCUGAUUAGAAAUUAAGUGUUAACGAGCAGUUGGACAGGUGUACCUAAUAAAGUGGCCGGUGAGUGUAUGUUUUAACGGCUAAUUACGGCUGCAUUGACGGAUUUAUCCACAGCAUAUCCAUUUUUGCCUCCACAAAAGCAGCAAGUCCACCUUUUUUUUUGUGUGGAAAAGACGCAACAUCUCUGUCUUCUUCCCCUGCACCCACACCUCCUGAAACUCAAGGUGAAAAGCUCCCUACCUCUCAAGACAUCACACCUAUUAUAAUCAUAAAGUCUCCCUUCCUUCCUGAUCAUCAUCCUCUAUCAAGGUGUCAGGUUCAAGUUUGAACGCUGCUGUCUGUAUCAGUGAUUGUGGUGUGUCAUGUUGGAGUGUCAAUUCAUCAAUCAAACUUUGUACAGUGCCAUUUCUCAACAAGAGUUAUUCCAAGACUCUUAACAAAAAAGACCAGACUCCCUUUACAGAGACCUGGGGCCUUAUGUAUCAAUGCUGGCGGCGCCAGAAAACCUUGCGUACGCCAAAAUCGGCGCACACGUCCAGAUUUAUCAUCGCGAAACGAGCGUCGGUUCCAGCGCUAAUCAACGCAAAGUGAGGAGGUGGUGUAGAAGUUGGCGUUGAGCCGAUACUUGCGUUGACGGCACUUUGGCGACGCUGUGUGGCGGUGUUUGGUGACUCACUAUGUGACAAGCGUGCACCACAUCCCUGUGGCCGAGCAGCACGUCACCCCACAUGACGAACCAGCAGCAGACGGAGGGAUGCGAGCUGAUCCCUGCCGGGCCACCGUCCUCACGCGGGAGAAUCUCAUCGCCACAGUGUGAAUGGGUAAGAAGUGAAUACACAGUUCAAUGAGCCAAAUUAAUUUAUUUUCGCCACCAGACGCUCGAGGACAUUUACAAGCCGGUCCAGCCGCUCGUUGAUCCCCGCGAUCCCCCAGAUGAUUUCUUCCUGCAAUUGCAGGACCGCCUCCGUGAGGACCCUUCCACUGUGUCCGGGUGGUCCAGCGGAAGCGCCGCGGCUGGUGGACGCUCCACCGCUUGUCGGCGCGCUGGUGCUGAUGCUGAUGCUGAUGCUGGUGCUGGGGCCGGGGUGGCCCGAAUGCCGCUGGUCCUGGCUGACGACUCCGAGCCGGCGGACGGGCUGCCGGGGGCCGGGGUUCCGCAAGCCGGCAACACGGCCGACACAUUGAUUUCUGUGACACAAUAAAAAUAUUGGUUCAUUUCAAUUCCUGCUUCUGUGUAUCUGUAGCAUUUACAUCUCUCUCCAUGGUCUCAUAGGUAAUGUAAUCCAGUAUUUAGAGAUCAGUUAUGUACAUAACAGUUGUUAAUUGCAUAAAAAGUUAUCGAAAAAUGUUAAGGGUGAAGUAUAAAUCACGUCUAAAAAUAGACUGAAUCCCGACGUUGAAAUGAAGUAUAAACUUAGACUAGACGUCUAAUAUACGUCUUUUGUUCAGUGGGAUGGCAAAGCAUGUGGACAUUUGUGUGACACGCCACUUACCCUGUAAUAAUAAUCGCCACCACCUGCUGCUCAAACGGCGUGAGGGUCUCCUCCCCCGGACCCCCACCUGUCUGGCCGGUACUCCUCCGCAGGGCAGCUGUACGCCGCUUGACCUCCACCUUGAGGUCCGACCACUUUUUUUUAAUCUACGCGAGGGUGCGUGUCUCGGAACCCACCGCGUUCACCCUCUCGCAAACUUUCUCCCACUCCAAGCGUUUUCGUUUUGCACUGAAGCCACUAGACAGGCUGCCAAACAAAACAUGCUGUCGCUCCUCCACCUCCGCCACCAGCACCUCCACCUCGCACGCCGUAAAUUUAGUUUUUCUUGUCAUUUUGUCUGCGUGCGAGGACAAGGAGACUCAAUUUAAAUAAAUCUGCAUAUUUAUAGAAGGGCGUAACGGGGGCGGGCCCAGUCACUCCGACAUCUGCGCUCAGUUCCACGCUGAUUGGGAUUUAUCAAGGAAACACACUUGGCUUUCGGCGCCCGCACACAUUGGUAUACGGAUUUUUUUCAGCGUGACGGACCUUGCGUGCGCUCGUUUCUGGUAUGAGUCCCACACAAGUGUUGAUACAUAAGGCCCCAGAAGACUGGGUCAGACUGAGCCUCGUCCUGUAAGAUCAGACCCACUCCCAUCCACUAAUCUUGAACCUUAUGAGUGAAACACUUUACAGCAGGCAUGUCCAAACUAUUCCACAAAGGGCCGUGUGGCUGCAGGUUUUUCUUCCAACCAAUCAAUCAGCUGACCAAUCAGCUGUCUGCAGACUGAGAUCAGCUGAUGAAAUGAAUGAAGUCUGGUGUGCUGCAGCUUGGUUGGAAGAAAAACCUGCAGCCACACACUUUGUGGAACAGUUUGGACAUGCCUGCUUUACAGCAUUUGGCAGAGCGCAGAGACAACAGGCUGUCACUCCACCUCGCCUUUCGGAGAUCGGGACAGUCAGGGUCUGAGGCCGUAGGAUGGAUCCUGAUGCUGGCAUGAAAGGUUGGGCUCCCAGCGCACCCUGCCCACAGCUCAACCCCGAAGCGGCAGCUGCAGCCAGCCUGGUCUGAGGUUGUGAACGCAGCCUGAGGACAAUCACAGUGGGGAGAGCUCCUUGAUUUAUGAUUUAUUAUUAUCAUUAUUAUUAUUAUUUUUUUUUAAAUAUAUUAUUAUAUUAUUAUAUAUUAUAGUUUGUUAUUUUUAUACGUAAUAAUAAUAAUAAUAAUAAUAAUAAUAAUAAUUAUUAUUAUUAUUAUUGUUAAGGGUUUCCCAGGGGUGUGGCCUAUAGAAUAAAAAAAUAAGAUGAAAGGACGAAAACUCAAAAAAUGGAAAAUCAAUUACUCAUUUACAUUUUUUAUUUUUUGGACCCAUUUGUAUUGUUGCAUCAUUCUUGUUACUUUGCUUUCUUUCUUUGUCCAUUCAUUCUCAAACACUCAGUAUUACUAUUUUUAGUACUUUUUUGAUAUGACUCUGAAAACAAAUGAAUGCACAAGAUGUACUUUUUCAACACCUUCAAAUUUUUUAAGUAAUUGUUCAAGUGCUUGUCUUGUCUUCACUGUCUGUAGACUUACUAGUAAGUGGUCCUUCACUUGUCAUGUUCUGUCUUGCAUCACUUAAUGAAACAAAACAAAACGAAAAAAUACAGGGGUACAUACAGUAUAUUUGAAGAGGACAACAACCAGGUCUUGAUUUUAAUUUUGUCAGUCACUCUGUUCACCUGGAAAACCUGGAAUUCUUAGAGUUUAUUUUUAGGUGUUCUUUAAGUCAGACUGGUGAGGUUGACGAACUGAUCUUUAAUAUUUGAUAUACUGAUCUUAUCUGAACAGCAGAGGGCAGCAGUGGUUCAAUAUAUGUUUCUGCAGGAGUUCAGAAUAUGUUGAUGCAUGUUUUGUUCGUGGAUCACAGUCCACAGUCAGGUGUGAUGCACUGCUUCCAGUUCAUCUCUAUCCUCUCUCUAAUAGAAUACCAUUACACUGUGAAUCAGAGAGGGGCUGGAACUGGCAAUGUUAUUAAACUGAAAAGAAUCUGAACAGGUCAGCAGGAUGAACUGAGGUGUGGGGAGACUUGGAGGACCUCAGCAGCAGGACUCAUGCUCUUGUUAAUGUUUUGAAAAAAGCAGAUACAUAUACAGUGGAAAAUUAUACCUUUUAAACUGCAGGUCAAAUUGAUAUAAAAAAAGAUAAAAAAACACAUCUAAAUAAUUUGCAUUUUCACCAUUUUAUCAAUUUAUUAGCCAAAGCAUGAACAUCAGAGAAAUCGGAGAAGGCAAAAAGGUGGUGACUGAAGGCUGAGCUCCUGCAGGUCAGUAUCUAAAAGGGGAGAGUUAAGGUUAGGAUCUAAAAGUGGAGGGUAAGGGUUAGGAUCUAAAUGAUAUGAAACGUCAAAGAGGUCCCACAGCCUCCAGAACCUGUGGGACUAAAUGUAAAAGACAGACAUGGUAGUAAACACAAACAGAUGGUAUCUUUGUGCUUUUUAAAGGUCGUAAUUCAAACUCACAGUCUUUCUAAUUUUGUGUGUUCACAGACUUUUUAUACUGGGCUCCUAUGACAGAGGAACCUAUGUCCACUGCACCCUAGAGCUAAGCAGCAACAAGUGGAAAGAGAAAACUCGCAGCUCCAUCAAACAGGUAUGACACCCUCCUUUCUCUUACCUCAGCUCUGAUCUCUGCUGCAUGCCGCUUUUAAUCUAGUUUAAAAUAAUAAAUCUGACCUUCAGUCAACAAACUUUUUUUUCUUGAGGAUGGACCCAGAAAAGCUGGACACCUCGUUCUUUACCAUUUACUUAACAAUGUUAUUUCAGAAAACUACAGCACCAUCUAAAACGACAAUAUUCUGUCAAAAUCAGCUUCUUUUUCAGAUUACUGCUGAAGUAAGUCAGAGUGAAGCCAAUUAUCUCACCAUUUAUAGUCAAACUAGAUAUGUGUGUGUAUAUGUAUAUCUAUAUGUAUAUCUAUAUCUAUAUCUAUAUAAUAUAUAUAUAUAUAUAGAUAAAUAUGUGUAUUUAUAUGUGUGUAUAUGUGUAUAUAUGUGUGUGUAUGUGUGUAUAUAUAUAUGUGUGUGUAUGUGUAUAUACUGUAUAUGUGUGUGUGUGUAUGUGUAUAUAUAUGUGUGUGUGUGUACGUGUAUAUAUAUGUGUGUAUAUAUAUCACCGGCCACUUUAUUAGGUACACCAUGCUAGUAACGGGUUGGACCCCCUUUUGCCUUCAGAACUGCCUCAAUUCUUCGUGGCAUAGAUUCAACAAGGUGCUGGAAGCAUUCCUCAGAGAGCUUGGUCCAUAUUGACAUGAUGGCAUCACACAGUUGCCGCAGAUUUGUCGGCUGCACAUCCAUGAUGCGAAUCUCCCGUUCCACCACAUCCCAAAGAUGCUCUAUUGGAUUGAGAUCUGGUGACUGUGGAGGCCAUUUGAGUACAGUGAACUCUUUGUCAUGUUCAAGAAACCAGUCUGAGAUGAUUCCAGCUUUAUGACAUGGCACAUUAUCCUGCUGAAAGUAGCCAUCAGAAGUUGGGUACAUUGUGAUCAUAAAGGGAUGGACAUGGUCAGCAACAAUACUCAGGUAGGCUGUGGCGUUGCAACGAUGCUCAAUUGGUACCAAGGGGCCCAAAGAGUGCCAAGAAAAUAUUCCCCACACCAUGACACCACCACCACCAGCCUGAACCGUUGAUACAAGGCAGGAUGGAUCCAUGCUUUCAUGUUGUUGACGCCAAAUUCUGACCCUACCAUCCGAAUGUCGCAGCAGAAAUCGAGACUCAUCAGACCAGGCAACGUUUUUCCAAUCUUCUAUUGUCCAAUUUCGAUGAGCUUGUGCAAAUUGUAGCCUCAGUUUCCUGUUCUUAGCUGAAAGGAGUGGCACCCGGCGUGGUCUUCUGCUGCUGUAGCCCAUCUGCCUCAAAGUUUGAUGUAUUGUGCGUUCAGAGAUGCUCUUCUGCCUACCUUGGUUGUAACGGGUGGUUAUUUGAGUCACUGUUGCCUUUCUAUCAGCUCGAACCAGUCUGGCCAUUCUCCUCUGACCUCUGGCAUCAACAAGGCAUUUCCGCCCACAGAACUGCCGCUCACUGGAUAUUUUUUCUUUUUCGGACCAUUCUCUGUAAACCCUAGAGAUGGUUGUGCGUGAAAAUCCCAGUAGAUCAGCAGUUUCUGAAAUACUCAGACCAGCCCUUCUGGCACCAACAACCAUGCCACGUUCAAAGUCACUCAAAUCACCUUUCUUCCCCAUACUGAUGCUCGGUUUGAACUGCAGGAGAUUGUCUUGACCAUGUCUACAUGCCUAAAUGCACUAAGUUGCCGCCAUGUGAUUGGCUGAUUAGAAAUUAAGUGUUAACGAGCAGUUGGACAGGUGUACCUAAUAAAGUGGCCGGUGAGUGUAUAUCAUAUGUAUUUGUAUAUAUGUAUAUGUGUGUAUAAAUGUGUAUAUGUGUGUAUAUAUAUAUGUGUAUAUGUGUGUAUAUAUAUAUGUAUAUAUAUAUGUGUAUAUGUGUGUAUAUAUAUAUGUGUAUAUGUGUGUAUAUGUGUGUAUAUAUAUACAUAUAUGUGUGUGUGUGUGUGUAGAUAUAUAUGUGUGUGUGUAUAUAUAAACAUACAUGUAUGUUUAUAUGUAUGUAUGUUUUUAUAUAUUUUUGUAUGUAUGUUUUAUAUAUAUUUGUAUGUAUGUAUGUAUAUAUAUUUAUAUGUAUGUAUGUAUGUAUAUAUACGUAUGUGUAUGUAUGUAUAUACAUAUAUUGUCCUAUAAAUACAUGUCCUGUCCUGAUGAGUCAUGUAAUACUUUUGUGAUUAAUAUCACAUUUCAGUUUCAGGCAUAAUUAUGAAUACAGUAUGUUUAAGCAGAGCCACUUCCUUUCCGUACACAUGUGCACAAUUGACACCAGGGUUUCUUAGUUCAUCAUAUAUUUUUUUAUAUAUAAGCCUCUACUUAUUUGUUUGUAGAGUCUGAGUUUCACUUUAGUCGGUGAGAUAAGAGGCUUCAUUCUGACUGUAGCAGGGGUUUCCAACCCAACAUAAUGACUGCCUCCAUUCCAUUAAUAACAAUGUUAAACCAGUACAAACCAUGAAAUUCUGCAUGGACUUGCCGCUGAAAUUGAGCUUUGCAAGGUUCUUAGACACAAAACUGCGAAAGCUUUUUCAAUGGUCAGCACCAAUAUAAGCAGCUGGACACUUUGUCUUAUUGGCACAUUAAUACAGGCUAAUUUUCAUUUUCUUUGCCCUGAUGAGAUUGUCCUGUUGUUGACAUUUUAGCAGUACAGAUGAAGUUCAGACCCUCCAGGAAACCUUUUGUAAUUGUUGCAAUUCAGAGAUAUUACAGCUAUCACAGCAGGCUUGUUUCAAUGUGACAAAUGAGCAUUUUGGAGGGAAAUGUCAACCUUAAUUACCAGCUCUGCCCCGAGCAAUGCCUGAGGCUGUUUUGCUCACACACUUCCGGAUGAUGUGCAGAGGCUCCAGUAUUAUUUGUAUUCUGCUGAAUAGUAGUUGUCUCGAAUUGUGCCCUCACAUCAUGUUUAAUGAUUUGGUGGAUAACCUCUUCAAAGCAGGUGUUAGUGAAAUAUCAGGUCUUUCCCUUUGUGCAAACCUGAUGAUCUUCUGCUUUCUCUAAGACCAAAACAGCAAUUCUUUCUGAAUCUUUGUAAAACAGGUGCCCAGGAUCUAUUUAAAGACCUGAUUUUUUUAUAGUUAUUCUUGCAUUUGAUAUGAGUAGAGUUAUCACAAAGAGUGUGUCAUAUGAGGUCAAAUCAUAUCAUUCUAGUCUAAAAUUUUAAUUUGAAAUGCUGUAUCACUAUUUCAUCAUGCAAAGGCGCUAGUGCCUUAGUUUCACUUAACGGACUCUAUAUUUUAGAAAUAUUAUUAUAUUUUUCAGUGGGAAAAUGUGCUCAAGCAUCAUAUUGUAUCACAAAGUGUUGUGUCAUGUUGUUUCAUAUUGUAUCUCAAAGUAGUGUACCAUUUUGUUUUGCAAACGUACUGUAUUGUAAAGUAUCGUAAAGUAUCCUAUUGUACAGAAUCGUAUAACAUUUCGUAUCCUGUCAUACCUUGGGUUGGCUUGUAACCACUGUCCUUGAUACAUGACAGGACAGUUUAUUGCCUGUGUUAUAUUGCCAAAGAAUCAGGCUGUAGACCAGAAACCCUAGUUCUCGCACCCUCCAGCUCUGCAGUGGUAUACAGCCUUCCUUGAGAAGUGAGCAGAUCGUGGUCAGUUGAGGAUGUAGUUUGAAAUCCACUCCAAUCCAGUAAUGAAUAUGUGAGUUGUUCCCUCCCCACCACUCAGCACAGCCCUCUCCAAGUGAAAUCUCUUCAAAGCACUUGUCCCUUUUUUGUUAAUGUACACACAGAAAUGCAGAUCCAUGGUGGCAUUUGAGUUAUCAGACUUCUUCCAGUCUGCAUGUCCUCAGCAGGACUCCGUAGUACAGAUUAAAGGCUAUACCAGUUGGAAAAGGUCAGUCCACCGUCUUUCUCACUCUGCCUCCAGAUAUAAGCUUACUUUAUAAAAAUGGCAGCUUGCAUGCUAUAUGUAAAUUAGGGAUGCACUGAAAUAAACAAUUCUUGGCCAAAACCAAAAAUGAGAAAAUCAAGGCUGAACACCAAAACACCGAAAGGAAUUAUUAUGCAAAUUAUUAGUACCAUUGCAGUUAUGGCUAUUACUGUGUACUGACCUCACUAAGAUCAAGGCGUUGCAAUUGCAUAGAUUAAUUUGUAAUGAAAAGAAAUGUUUUUUCAUUUCAAAGUCAUGGCUGCACUAUUUGACUCAAAAAUAAAAAUCAAAAGCAAUAUUCCAAAAUGCAUUUUCAUUUUCUUCUUCAAGACUGCUCAUUUUGUGACUUAAUUAAAAAGAAAAACCAAACUCAGAAAUGCUUUUUCGUUUUCGUGCUCGCCCAGCAAAAAGUGUCUCAUAAUUCAAUCUGAGUUCGCAAUCUCAAGUGGCGCAGGAAAGUGAUGUCACGGACCCAACUCGUUCUGGCCCCUUCUGGCUCAUAGGGGGCAGUGAAUCAGUGUAUCAUUGAAUGAAAUCAAACCACGGAUGGCGACUAUCUGUUUCAGCGGACUAACGGACUUUAUACUCCUCAUUGUUCUCAUCACUGAUCGAUGGAUUUGGGAUAUUUUGCAAAUAAAGGGCCAUAAACACAGUGAGAAACAGACAAAAUGGUUAUAGAGAUAUAGAGAUUUGCGUAUUUAAACUGUACAGUUAGCUGUCAUGGUAGAGAACAUUAUAUUUUCGGGGCAGCAAAUAUUCCGAAUCAGAGGGCUGUUGUUUUCGGCAUAUCUGAAAAGCCUGAAUUAAAUCAUUAAAGGUACACGCUUUAGAAUCAGUCCAACGGUAAGGAAAACUUGGAUUAUUCCGCCUUGUUAUGUAUCUUCAACCGCGAUCCCAUCAGGGGGGCAUUCUACGGACGGGGUACAGUCUAUGGCACAACACCUGACGUGACUCCGUGUCCUCUCUCCAUCCUGCUGCUGAUGCGGUGGCACGGCUGAUCAGAUGAUUUGUUUUAAUGAUCAGAUGAGUUAUUUACUUCAAGCCUACAUAUGAAUAUUAUAUUUUAUAUAAACUAUACAUCAAUUGAAUUUACAAAAAAUGUACUAUAUCGUGAUGUGUAUUGUAUCAGGAUUUAAAAUGAGCUAUAUCGAGAUAUGACCAAAAUCUCAUAUCGUGAAGCCUUACCUGGGAUGCGUCUUUUUCCCCCCGGUAAGUCACGAAAUCGCAUUGGGCUUGAUGUGUAUAGUCAGGUGCGUCAAAAUUCAUCUCCGAAUAUUUCGUGAUUUCGCGCCCUAUAUUAGUGUCGGCCCCGGUGUGUAAAGACCUUAAGAAUGAUUGCAGUCAUAGGCAUCAAAUUCUGCUUAAAAACUAUGACAUGAUGCACAAAUGCCCUUUUUUAAUUACUGACACAGAUUAAAGGAAAAAACAAGGUUAUUAGUAACUCUGUAAACAACACUGUAAAAUGUUUGAAUGGAUUGUAAAAGUACAGCAGUGAGACCAACGUUAGAGUGGUUAUUUUAGUUUCAUAUUUACUAAGUUAGGUUUUGCCUGUGCGUGUUUUAUUAAUUUAUUUAUUUUUCAUGGUGGGUUGAGGUAAAGUGUGUCCGUGUGUGUAUGGCUGUGUUGUUUGUGUACGUAUUGGGGGCUCUGUCAAGCGUGUUUACACAUCUGCCUGUAGACUCGAUCGCCGGCCCUGAGUGCUGAUGCUUCCUGACAGCCUGUCCGACCAAACAGAGGAUGAGUGUGCGUGCACACAUUUCAGUAUCACUAGUUGUAGUUGAUGGGUUUAGCUCUAUGCCAAAAUAAGGUUGUUUUUUCACCGGGUGUUGUUUGUCUCCAUGUUACAUCAGUGUAUCGGUUAUUUUUUACUAAGAUCAUCCUCGUCAAAAGAUAUCAGGCUAUCAGCAGAUAAUGUAGCACUGGACUGAUUCAUACAUUGAUACUGUGAAGUAGGGUCAGACGUUAUCCAUCUUGAUACCAUCACACUGUCUCCAUAUUUUACUGCAGUAUACAGUAUUACUGUGACUAAUUAAAAAAUUAUGACUUAAGGCUGAGACAGCAUCACCAAACUGUUGACUUGUGCCUAUACCGUUCAGAAACUGAAAACCAAACACUUUCAAUGUAACAAUAACAACAUAAUGUGCACAAUAUCAACAACUUAUUAUUAGAAACAGCUUAAAAAGUGCACAACAGUCAAACAAUUAUAUUAACAUAACCAUCCAGAACAGCUUUUGUGCCGAAUGGGCCGCACACACAUCAAUUGAAUUAAAUCACAGCCUAAGCAACUUUGAAUAACAAAAAAGAAUAGUUUAUAAAAACGUGCAAAUACAACAGUGAAACAAUUAAAUUGACCUGACCAUCCAGAACAAUUUUUGUGCAGAAUGCUUCUUUCCACAGUGUGAAAAGAGACCAUUUCCUUCGUCAAGUAUAUUGUCACUGUAUCAGUGCAGGUUUCCCUUUUGUACUUUGUUUGUACUUUUCCUGAAGGCCCCCAUUAUUGUCAGCUGUGUAUUGGUGGCGGUUAGGCCUGUCGCGAUAAUCAAUAAAUCGCCUUAUCGCUCGAUAAAUAAAAACGAGGUCGAUAACUUUGCCAGCCUCGAUAAUUGACGUGCGUUUGUUUUCCUCCUCUCUCGCUACCAAACACGCUGGAUGAGAGAAGAGGUCUCACUCUGCGCAUUGUUCUCGGCACCUGGGGGCGUUGGCUCUAUAGCGGAAUGAACGGAGUUAGUGAACCCUCCUGUCAGUCAUUCAGUGUCUUUGUCACGAUGGGGCUGGCGCGCACAGGCACACAGACACAGACUUUUUGGAUACAGUGCUGCAAGUGAGCGUCGUGAGUGAAAAGCAAGCUAACAGAAUGAACACGACAGCUUUGGUGUCUAAACCGAACGCAACAGCCCAAGUGUGGGAAUAUUUCGGCUUUAAACCAGUUUUGUUUUCGUCAACCACAAAACUCCACGUGUGUGUGUGUGCGCGCGCGUGCACGUACGUGUGUGUCUGUGUGUUGGAGGAGCACAGCAGGAUGAUGAGAGCUGUCAGAGCGGACUGAAGCUGCUCCUAUAUGUUUAGCGUUUAACUGACUGAGUUUUGCAACUCUGUUCGUCAUUUUCGUCUCGUCACGUCAACGCACUUUCGUCUCGUCACAUUUUAGUCAUCUCCGACUUAUGUUUAGCUCGUCAACGUUACGUCUUCGUCAUGGGAGAAAAGGGAAAUAUUUUAGUCAACGAAAACAACCAGUGUUGUUCUUGUGUGGAAAUUAAAGUUUAUCACUUUUGACAUGGUGUACUUGCAUUAUUAUGCCAUAUAAUAUCAUUAUCUAUAAUUUAAAAAAUGGUGUCAAUAAUAUCGUUUAUCGGCGAUAAUGUGUAGCACAAUUAUUGUCCAGCAAAAUUUGUUAUCGUGACAGGCCUAGUGGCGGUGGACUUAGUUGUUGUUGGUCCUGCAUCGGUAUCAGCGGGAGGCGUUAAAACUGCUGCACUGAGUGAACUCGGGGCCAAAUGCAUCCUCGAAGCAGCAAGUUGGUGGUUGAUUCGGAGAUUCGUCAUUAGGUCAGAAGAGUUUCCAUCUCACAUGGUUACCUUUUUAAUUACUACUAUUUUCUUCUAUGUAUUACUAUAUUUCUUAAAAAAAAAACUAUUUUGCUUGCUCUGUCUCACUUCACUCUCUUGCUCCACUUUUCUCCCUCGCCCUGGUAACGUUCAAGAUUACCAUAAUACAUACCAUACAUCAUAUAUUGACUCAGCUGUUUGUCAGCGUUGGAAAUUUUCAGAUUGAGCGCACCACACCUGUGUCUGAGAUGCUGCAGCUUAGUUUUCCUCCCCAUGCAGCAAAGGAUAGUUCAUAAAUUUCCUCCUACCUGUUUUUACCCAAUAUUCACCUUCACAUCCUGGGUUUAAUGUGUGUAAAUGCCAGAAGUGAGUUUGAUGAUGUUUCACUGUCCAAGCUGGAUGCCGUCGUCGUCAUUGUUGCCUUCCGCUUAUCUGGGUCCGGGUCGGCAGGGGGCAGCAGCUUCAGGAGGGAAACCCAGACGGCCCUAAACCCCAGCCACUUCCUCCAGCUCCUCCAGGGGAAUUCCCAGGCGCUCCCAGGCCAGGCGAGAGAUAAAAUCCCUCCACCUGGUCCUGGGCCGGCCACGAGGUCUCCUCCCGGUGGGACAUGUCCGGAACAUAUCCAACGGGAGGCGUCCUGAAGGCAUCCUAACCAGAUGCCUGAGCCACCUCAGCUGACUCCUCUUGACAUGGAGGGACAGCGAUUCUACUCUGAGCGCCUCUCGAGUGUCCGAGCUCCUUGCCCUGUCUCUAAGGCUGAGCCCAGCCACCGUGUGAAGGAAACCCAUUUUAGCCACUUGUAUCCGCGAUCUUCAUCUUUAGGUCAUUACCCAAAGUUUAUGACCAUAGGCGAGGGUAGGCAUAUAGAUCGACCGGUAAACCGAGAGUCUCGCCUUACGGCUCAGCUCUUUCUUCAUCAGGACAGAUCGGUUAAGUGUCCGCAUCACUGCUGACGCCGCUCUGUUCCACCUGUCGAUCUCCCGCUCCAUCCUAUCCUCACUCGUGAACAAGAUCCCAAGAUGCUUGAACUCUUCCACUUGAGGCAGAACCUCCCCUCCGACCCGUAGAAGGCAAUCUACCUUUUUCCGACUGAGGACCAUGGCCAUGGACUUAGAGGUGCUGAAUUGCAUCCCAGCCGCUUGACACUCUGCUGCGAACUGCCCCAGCAAGAGCUGAAGGUCACUGCUCGAUGAAGCUAGAAGAACCACAUCAUCCGCAAAAAGCAGCAACGCGAUCCUCUGCCUGCCGAGCUGGACACCCUCCACCCCCUGGCUGCGCCGAGAAAUUCUGUCCAUGAAGGUUAUGAACAGAAGCUGUGACAAAGGGCAGCCCUGGUGGGGUCCAAUUCUCACUGGAAACGAGUCCAACUUACAACCGGCUACACGGACCAAGCUUGUGCUCCUUUGGUAAAGGGAUUGGACGGCCCUUCCAUCCCGUACUUCCAGAGCCCAUCCCACAGGAUUCCCCUAGGGACACAGUCGUAGGCCUUCUCCAAGUUCACAAAAUACAUGUGGACUGGUUGGGCAAAUUCCCAUCUCCCCUCAAGAACCCGAGCGAGGGUGAAGAGUUGAUCUGUAGUUCCACGACAGGGACGAAAACCGCAUUGUUCCUCCUCGAUCUGGGGUUCAACCAUCAAUUGGACCCUCUUUUCCAGCAACAUGGCAUAAGCUUUCCUGGGGAGGCUGAGGAGUGUGAUCCCCCUAUAAUUGGAACACACCCUCUGGUCCCCCUUCUUAAAGAUAGGGACCACAACCCCGGUCUGUCACUACAAUGGCACUGCCCCCCUAUUUCCAUGCAGUGUUGUAGAGGCAUGUCAGCCAGGACAACCCCACCACAUCCGGAGCCUUCAGAUACCCUGGGUGGAUCUCAUCCACUCCUGGAACUCCGUUGCCACGGAGUUGUUUUACUACCCCGGCGACUUCUACCCCAAUGAUUGGAUGAUCCACCUUCAGGUCCUCUAACUCUGUUUCCCCUUGGGAAUGCAUGAUGGUAGGAUUGAGGAGCUUCUCAAAGUAUUCCUUCCACCACCAGAGAAUUGCCCCAGGUGAGGUCAGCAGCUCCCCGCCUCAAUCUAGAAUGGUGUGGAAGUUGCCGUCUGGCGCCCCUGAGGCGCCGGACAGUUUGCCAGAACCUUUUUGGAGCCGACCGAAAGUCUUCUUCCAUGACCUCACCAAACUCCUCCCACGCGAGUUUUUGCUUCUGCAACUGCCCCAGUUGCAGACCGCUUAGCCAACUGGUACCAUUCAGCUGUUCCCGGAGACCCACAGAUCAACCAUGACCUGUUGGCCUUCUUCCUCAGCCAGACGGCUCCCCUCACCUCUGGUAUCCACCAUCGGGUACAGGGAUUACCGCCACGACCGGCACCAGCGACCUUGCAUCCGUAGCUCGCAAGAGCUGCUUUGACAAUGGCAGAGUGGAACAAAGCCCAUUUGGAUUCAGUGUUUCCCACUGCCCUCAGGACGCAGUUGAAGCUCUGUUGGAGGUGAGAGUUGAAAGCCAACCUGACGGGUUCUUCUACCAGGCGUUCCCAACAGACCCUUACUAUAGGUUUGGGCCUGCCAGGUCUACACGGUGGCUUCCCCCACCACCUGACCCAACUCACCACCAGGUAGUGAUCAGUUGACAGCUCUGCACCUCUCUUCACCUGAGUUACCAAAACAGCAGAUCAGAUGAUACGACUACAAAGUCGAUCAUUGAUCUACGGCGUUGGCCAUCAUGGUGCCACCGAUAAACAACCUUAUGUUCACACAUGGUGUUAGUUAUGGACAAACUGCAACUUGCAUUGAAGUCCAACAAUUGAACACCACUCGAGUUCAGAUAGGGCGGGCAGUUCCUCCCAUUCACGCCCUUCAAGGUCUUGCUGUCAUUGCCCACGUGAGCGUUGAAGUCUUCCAGCAGAACAGUGGAGUCCCCAGUCGGGGCGCUGUCCAGUGUCCAUUCUAGGGUCUCCAAAAAGGGUGGGUACCCUGAAAUAUUAUUUGGCGCAUAUGCACAGACUACAGUCAGGACCCGUUCCCUGACCCAAAGGCGCAGUAAAGCAACCCAUUCGUCUAGCUGAGGAAACCCCAGUGUACCAGUGGCAAGCUUUUUGGCAAGCAAAAAUCCCACCCUUGCUCUCCACCUCUCACCCUGAGCAACUCCAGCGUGGAAGAGUGUCCAACCCUUCUCAAGGACUUGGGUUCCAGAGCCAGUGCUAUGUGUAGAGGUGACACCGACUAUAUCUAGUCGGUAGCGCUUAACCUUCUUUACAAGCUCCAGCACCUUCCCCGCCAGAGAGGAGACAUCCCAUGUUCCAAAAGCCAGUUUCCAUAAUUGAGAAUCAGACCGCCAAGGCUCCCGCCUUGGUCCACCACCCAAUCACUGAAGCACUGUACCGUUUAUGUUCCUCCUGCGGGUGAUUGGUCCACCAGAGGUGCUGCCCAUGUGGUCUGUUCAGGCUGAGCCCAGCUGGGCCUUAUGGGUGCAGGCCUGGCCACCAGGCGCUCACCAACUAGCCUAACCUCGUGCCUGGCUCCAUGGAAGGGCCCCAGUGUCCCUCCGGGCCAGGUACACUGGUUCCCUUUGUUCUUUUUGAUGAGGGUCUUCUGAACCGUUCUUAGUCUGACCCUUAGCCUAGGACCAAUCUGCCUUGGGAGACCCUUCCAGGGGCAAAAUGCCCUGGACAGCAUAACUCCUAGGUUCAUUAGAGCACUCAAACCACUCCACCAUGGUAAGGUGGCGGUGAAGGAGGAGCAAGUUGGAUGCUAUAUUGUGUUAAUGUAUUGUUCACCGUGAAUAUGGCUAAUGCUAUCUCAUGCUAUCGAUCUUCAGCUAAUAAAUUAAUUCUUACCAUGGCUGCCAUGAGCCUCGUGUGAGAUAAUUUGUGUACAAUAUAUGAGUCAUAUAUCAUAUGAUUCAUUGGUCCUUUAUAUUCAUUUAUACUAUAGAGUGUUAUCUUAUGUACUGAUUGUUGCUAUGUAUCUUUAUCUGCAGAACCACAGUCUAAUUAAUCCACUAAACUGGACAUCUGUAUCUGUGUCUUUUAACGGGGACACACAUCAUACACUUUGCCGCUCUAAACCCAGCUAAAUCCUGGAGAAAGCCCCUCUCCUUUUUAAUGCCGACUAUCAAAACAGCACAUUGACCAUGUUUUAUACUUAUAUUGAGGUAAAUCAAUUUUAAAUAUAUAUCGUUACUGUUUUAUCGCCCAGCUCUAUGCAGGCCCUGUCUGAUUAAACUGGUAUAGAACAAUCAGAGCCAUGUUUACCCAGCACAGGUAUAUGAAUAUAAACUGAAACUGGAAAGAUGAUCGCAGACUUCAUCAAUGUUAGUCACCUUCAGCAGAUUCAUCUCAUAUUUGCUUGCAGACACUGUGCUCAUGUGUUCAACUGGAAAUAGUUUUAGCAACCACCUAAGCAACCACAAAGUAUUAGCUUUGAAAAAUCCCUGUUUGUCCUGGGGAAUGCCAGUGUGUCCGCCCAACUGGGAAUCCAAGUCAGUUUAAUUGACACGUCUGAGAAACGAGAACAGAACCACCUUUACCACCUGAGUUUGAUAAGUUUGCACUGCCGUCUUUGGUCUUCAGCUUUGGUGGACAAAGGCGCAUUCGUGUAAUUAGAAAGGAGCUAUUGUAAAGUUGCGCUGAAGGAUUUUAUUGUAGUUUACUUUCAGUUUUCUUAAUAAAAAGUCAAAUAAAGCAGCUUUUUUUUUUUUCUGAGGUUGAUAUCAGAUAUUUUGUUCUUCAGUCAUUUGUGCUAAAUGAUGAAGAGUGUGGCCGUAGCUGCCUCCUUCACCUUACCAUCAUUACAAGUUCCCAUCCUAGUUUGUAUUUCUUAGCCUCUCAAUCUGUAGUCAAUAUUCAGUACACACACACACACACACACACACACACACACACACACACACACACACACACACACACACACACACACAGAGAGAGCCCCAGUCAGGCUUGGACGUACAAACAGGCAAUUUAAUGCUAGUGAUAUAAGCAUCUCUGACGCAAGCCUCACAAACGCACACACACACACACACACACACACACAUACACACACACCUCCUCAUCACUGGGUUGUUUGAUGUUCCACGUGGUGUAUCUUUGUGUCUUUGAUCUGCCCCAGACACCUGAUGAAAGACAGGUGGGUGAUGAGGAGGCACACACACAUACACACACUUAUGCACAAACAAAUGCUUACACUCACCCACACCCACUGAACAACAAUGAGUCAUCUAAGCCACAGGUUUCAGUCCAUUCAGGGUUUUGAGUGGUCAGGGUGGAUCCUGGUUUAUGUGGUGGUAUUUUGAUACUAGCUGGGAAGGAUGGAGCUGCUAGUCUCAGCACCAAAGGGCGUUGAGUGAAGAGCAAGAUAUAACCUCUUACAAAUUUUAGGAAUAGCUGCAGUGAAAUGUGUCACAGUGCAGCUGUUAAAACCUGAUCCCUACACUAGGCCUGAUCCACAUAGUCAGUUUGUGGACUGAACAGGUCUAAGAAAUGUGUCAGAUAGAAAAAUGAACAUACUCCCUGAAACUCCGCUAAAGAAAAAUCUCUAUGAAAAGAUAAUUUUCAUUCACUGCAUUAAUAUUGAAGCACACUAGUAUUUGCAUGCACCCCAGUAUAAAGUACCCCCCUAUGCAGUAUAUAUAAAUCUGCUCAGCUGCUCCUCAUCUCUAAGUCCUGGUUUCAGACCAUGCUGGUGCAGGAUUUAUUUUAAUCAUAAACUUAAAAGAUUGUAAAGUUCAGAUAAUAAAAGUUUGUAUAUCAGCUAUUUCCCGAAACCCUGUUGUAAAAGAACCAAUAGUUGAUCACCUUUGAAAUUGUGUAAGGCGGCCCAUCAUCUCUGUGCUGUUUUCCUAUAAUUGAGUUCUUGUUAGUGAUAGAUAAGUCAUCUAUCUCCACCCUGCCAUGCUGAUUUAAAUGACCUGUUGUAAUUCUGCAGGACAACAGCUGACUGGACUGAUGGGCAGAUUAAAACCAUGAGAGGUUGGUCGCACAAGCUGCUUGUUCCUAAUGGUUUCUUCUAUGAAUCAAUUCAUCUGAGAGGAAACUUGAUAGACCAGCCGCUACGUGCAUGACAGACAGAAACACAGCUGAAUUACAGUCUGGUGGCUAUUUUCAUUGAGAGUGUUUUUUUCCCCCUCUGCUCCUAUAGGUGUGUUCUCUCAUUAGAAAGAAAAUGACUUGUGACAUGGUGUGUACUAUAAGUGGUCUGAAAGGCUGAGCUGAUAUGAAACCAAGAAAGUCAUUCCCUCUGUUGGUGUCCCUGUAUCCAAGAUUCAGAUAAACCUGUUACUGACCUGUAUGGCUGUAAGGCUUAGUGGCUGCAUGUGUCCCCAACAUUGAUAGAUAAAUAAAUAUAACAUAAUUUAUCCUGAAGGAAAUUCAGUCUCUCAGCUGCACAAUCUAAAUCAAUCAUCAUCAAAUAAAUUAAUUCAUAAAAUAGUGCAAAGAGUGUAGAAAAAUAGUAACCAAUUUGAGUAAAAGGUAAUUAAUAGUAAAGAAUAAAAAAGAGAAGACGUUUCGCCUUUUAUCCAAGAAGCCUUCUCAGUUCUAAUUAUUGCUUGUGUGAGGAGCAGAUAUUUAUCUUACUGGAGAAGGGGACAGACAACAACUGGGAGGAGUUGGAAAGAAUGGGUUGUAGAAACCCAUCUCCGUGUGUUCCCCCCUGAGGGUCGUUAACCUGAAAGGGUCAUUAACGACCCCUGUCAUGUGACCACAUGGCUCAUGCCACCUGAGUCAUGUGGUCCCAGGUGUGAAUGUUUGUGGAGCUUCCUGGGAGAGAGCUGAGAACUGCAUUGUAAGUGCCAGAGAGAUUGUCCCUGAGUCCACCCCCUCUGUUCAGAUAAGGUUUCUCCAGUCUGGCUUCUUUAACUCCUCUUUCAAACCACAUGUCUUCUCUAGCCAACACCUGUACAUUGCUGUCCUUGAAAGAGGACCUGUGUCGUUUAAAUGAAGGUGGACAGCUGAGUCCUGACCUGAUGAAGUGGCUCUCCUGUGUUGAGCCAUGCAAUUGUGAAGUGGAUGUUUGGUUUACCCAAUGCACUCGUCCGAGCAUUCCUCGCUGCACUGGACAGCAUACACCACAUUACUCUGUUUAAGUCUCGGUGUUUUGUCCUCGGGAUGGACUAGCUUCUGCCUUAGUGUGUUGCCAGGCUUGAAAUGAACAGGAAUAUGGUGGUUGCCAAAGAUCCUCUUGAGUUUCUCAGACAGGCCUGCAACGUAAGGGAUUACAGUGCUCUUGCGUCUCUCCUCCCUUUCGUGUUCAGUGUUAUUUCUCUUUCUGUUCUUUACAAAGGCCCACUAAGGGUAUCCACAGGUUGUCAGGGCAUUUUUGAUGUGCUUCUGUUCCUUUUCCUUACCUUCUUUCUCCGUGGGAAUGUUCUCAGCCCGGUGGUUGAGUGUUCUGAUAACACCCAGUUUGUGCUUCAGAGGAUGGUGGGAAUCAAAAAGUAAAUAUUUAUCCGUGUGUGUGUGUGUGUUUCCUGUACACUUCAAUGUUGAGAUACCCAUGUCCUUCUAAGUGUACAGCACAGUCCAAAAAGGCCAACACAUUGUCCUCGACAUCUUCACGGGUGAACUUAAUGUUGCUGUCCACUGUGUUGAUAUGGUCUGUGAAGGCCUCUACUUCAUGCGUUUUGAUCUUAACCCAGGUGUCAUCCACAUAUCUGAACCAGUGGCUAGAUGCUGCUCCUUUGAAGGAGGUUAGGGCCUUCCUCUCUACCUCUUCCAUGUACAGGUUGGCCACUAUUGGAGAUACCGGGGAGCCCAUAGCGCUAGUGAUGUCACAUCAUAGGAAACCAUGGUUUCAUCUCGGUCCAGCCCGAUGUCCUUGAUUUUCUCGGCAUUUUCACGAGUAUUCCGUCAACAGAGGCCGUCCAAGCAGUAAGACAACGCCUCUUACAGGACAGCACACUGGAGGUCAGCACCAACUUUACCCCCUACCACAAUCGCUCCUUAUUGGACAUCUGCCUCAGCACUAAGCCUGGGUGAUUAUAUGAUCGUGAUCGAUGAUCGCGAUAAAUUUUUUAAGCUCGAUCACGGUGAUCAGCUAUGGGCAUUCAUACUCGCAUGGCAGAAAUGCGCGUCGAAACAGCCAACCAGAGUCGAGCUUUUUCUGCUCACUUCUGUAAGUUGUCGCAGAAGUAAACAGAAGAGGCACACAGAAUGGCAGAGCGUGGGGGAAAACGUAGAGCAGAGGGUAGUGAAGAAGAUGUAAGCCAGGGGCUGGAUUCACCCCCCGAGGAUGCCAUUGUUGAAAAAAAAAAAAAGUUGCUCAACGUCGGUUGUGUGGCCGUGGUUUGGAUAUCUCCCUAGUGACAUCGAACAAAUAAAGCCGGUGUGUAAGGUAUGUCGGCGAUUGGUGCCUUCAAAAAACGGCAACACGACGAAUCUGUUCAAUCAUCUAAAGAAGUACCAUCCAAGUGAUUAUAGAGAAAGCAUGUUAAUGCGAGAGUCUGCACAGCCUGCCACUUCUGCUAGCACAAGUAGCAUUAGCAGCUUAGCGUCAACAAGUGGUGCAGCCACCAGACCGCAGCAAAAAUCCAUCGUGUCGUCUUUUGCGGCCAUCACACCGUACAAGCAUAAUUCCAGGAGGAGACAAGCAAUUACAAACGCGAUCGCUUUUUGUCUGGCAAAAGACAUGAUGCCUUUAAACACAGUGGAGAAGGAUGGAUUUAAGCAUUAGAUCAAAGUGCUGGACCCGAGAUACGAAAUCCCCGGCAGAAAAUACUUUUCUCAUACUGCACUGCCACAGCUGUAUGACGAAUGCCAAGGAAAACUGGAGAGUGAGCUCAAAGAAGUGUUGUACUUCGCAACUACCAGUGACCUAUGGUCAAGUUGCACAUCUGAGCCAUAUCUGAGUCUCACAAUACACUACAUCGACAAGGAGUGGGCUCUUAAAAGCACAUGCUUGCAGACUGUGUAUUUUCCACAUGACCACAUUGCUGAAAAUAUCAGUCAGGGACUAGAGGACGCACUUGAGUCAUGGGGCCUUAGUGAGGACCGACAGGUGUGCAUCACAACGGAUAGUGGGGCAAACAUUGUGAAAGCUGUUGCUCUCAAAGGCUGGACUCGGCUGCAGUGUUUUGGUCACCGGCUGCACUCAGCUAUAGGUAAGUAAAUGACAAGAAAUUUGUUCCAUGUUAUGUUUAGUUUAGCUUUAAAAAUAACAUAUAUUGGUUACAUAUUUUAUUUUUUUACUUUUUUUUCCUGACACUAUAUCUGUCUGAAAUAUAUUAAGAAUUUGUGAUUAAUUUUUAUGUUUUUUACUUUUCUUCAGAGGGAAGCAUGAAGGACAAGAGGAUUGAGAGAGCCAUCAGUGUGUCCAAGAAAGUGGUCAGUGCUUUUUCUUACUCAUGGAAAAAGAAAAGGGCACUUGCAGCUGCCCAAGAUGAACUCAAACUCCCAAAGCAUCGGUUGAUAACAGAAUCCCCUACCAGGUGGGGUUCCCGCUAUGCCAUGAUAGCAAGAGUACUGGAGCAGGAGAAGGCCAUUGCAAAGGUUUUAUCAGAUGAUCGUAAAAACAGGCACCUGAUUCCCUCAUGGCAGGACAUUGAUGUCUUGGAGUCUGUCCACAGGGCCCUGAAUCCACUUGUUGACUUUACUGACGCCCUUUCUGCAGAAGCGUAUGUCAGUGUCUCUUGUGUGAAACCUGUCCUUUAACUCUUCAACGAAGAUGUCUUAAAGCCAGAAGACACUGACACAGACCUUACCAAGACCAUCAAGAGUUCAGUCACCAGCUACUUGAAUGAAAAAUUUGAUGAUGCUGCCACUGAUGACCUCCUGUGCAUGGCAACUCUUGUAGAUCCUCGCUUCAAGAUCCACUCCAUUCAGGCUGAAAAAGCAGAGGCUGUGAAAGCCAACGCUGUCUCUCAAAUGUUGGAUGAACGUCGUAAGCCAUCAUGGUCUAAGCCUUCUACCUCUGCAGAAGCUUCAACUUCAGCUACACCAGUGAAAGUACAGAAGAAGACACUUGGCAGCUUUUUUAAGAAGCCCUUCUCCGUCUCUUCUUCUGGUCAGACAGACCAGCAGGCUGUUGAGGCAGAACUUAACAGUUACCUGCAAGCGCCAAAUGCAGACAGUGAAACCAAUCCGUUGGUGUGGUGGAAGACCCACUCCACAACAUAUCCUAGACAUAGCCUCUUGGCAAGGCAGUACCUCUGUAUUCCUGCCACCAGCUCACCCUCAAAGAGGGCUUUUAGUACAGGGGGGAAUAUUGUGUCCUGCCACAGGGCAGCUUUAAAGCCAGAUACUGUAGACAGGCUGGUCUUUCUGGCAAAAAACCUGGACCUCAGUCCUAAGUAAUGUGCACUAGAUUAAGCACGUAUAAUGUUUACAAGUUUUGCACUUUUUAUUCAGGUGGUUUGUAACUUUUCAAAAGUAGCUAAUCUGUAGUCAUUAAAAAUGAUGCACAUUUGCAAGUAGCAAUGAUGUGACCAGGGUAUAAAGCACCAUAACUUAAAAAAGAAAAUGUUUACUUUCCAAGGUGCCUUCAUUUUCUCCAAGGGAGCAGUUUGUUUAUUUUGUAUCUUGUAUACCUCCAAAAUACUCAGGUCUGUGGAUUAGUGCACUGUUGCAUUAUAUUUUUCGACAUUCUUUGCACUAUGGAGUGAAAACUUUUCAUUUAUUUUUGCUCUGUUAUUUUAUAUUUUGUGCAUUUGUUGUACUGUUCAGUAAAAAACGUUUUUAUAUUUUUCUAUUUGUUAAUAAAAUAAUUAAAUAAUCUCUUGUUUCUUUAGUUUUUGGUACAGAUACUUUAAAACUGUCAGUUUAAAAACAAUACAAAAAAAUCACGAUAAUAAUCGUGAUCGGAUGAUAUGAAAAAAUUAAUCGUGAUCAUUUUUUUUGCCAAAUCGCCCAGGCCUACUCAGCACCACGUAUUUCCAGUUCAGAGACCACCAUUAGAAAUAUGGAUGCGCUAUGGGCUCCCCGGAUUCUCCUAUCAUGGCCAACCUGUACAUGGAAGAGGUAGAGAGGAAGGCCCUAACCUCCUUCAAAGAAGCAGCACCCAGCCACUGGUUCAGAUAUGUGGAUGACACCUGGGUGAAUAUCAAAACGCAUGAAGUAGAGGCCUUCACAGACCAUAUCAACACAGGUCCUCUUUCAAGGACAGCAAUGUACAGGUGUUGGCUAGAGAAGACACAUGGUUUGAAAGACUGACUGGAGAAACCUUAUCUGAACAGAGGGGGUGGACUCAGGCACAAUAUCUCCAGCACUUACAAUGCAGUAUUCAGCUCUCUCCCCAGGAAGCUCCACAAACAUUUACACCUGGGACCACAUGACUCCGGUGGCAUGAGCCAUGUGGUCACAUGACAGGGGUCGUUAACGACCCUUUCAGGUUAACGACACUCAGGGGGGAACACCCGGAGAUGUGUUUCUAUGACCCAUUCUUUCCAACUCCUCCCAGUCGUUGUCUGUCCCCUUCUCCAGUAAGAUAAAUAUCUGCUCCUCACACUAGCAAUCAUUAGAACUGAAGAAGCGUCUUGGAUAAGAGGCGAAACGUAUUCUCCACUCUACACAGUCCAGUUGCCUGAUUUUGGAGUCUUCAAGAAAACCAUGACCCGAAUGAAUGAGAAUCUACAUGGACAAUAAAAAGAGAAUGUGUAGCGAUUUGAAUUCAAAGUAAAUGUCAUGAAAUAAUAGAAUUAAAUUAUGACAUUUAUGCACUCGUUGAAGGGGCACCACCCACCUUUUCUGGUGGGAAAAAGACAAAGUUCAAUUGAGUAAUCAAACGUUGACUCUGUCUUAAACCGAUUUAAAUCAAUCUCACAUCUGAGGCUGGAAUUCUCAUUUCAGGGACUUCACCAAUGGAAGGACCACUAAGAGAUGACAACUUCAAUUAAGUGGACAAUUUAUUGACAAAUGCUAGGUGAAAACAUAAAUUCAAUAAAUUGUGAUCAAAUAAUGAGAAAUUAAAAGAACAUCUAGUGAAUAAAUGAAGGAAUGGUUUGAAAUGAAACUAAGACUGGAGGUUAAUGAUAGUGAGUGAAUAAGGAAGAAUUUAACUUUAAUGAUGGUUCUUAGCGGCAAUCUUGGAGCGGAUCACUGAAGGCCCAGGCUACAGAUGGUCUUUGCAGGGCGGCUAGCAGCCGGCCAAACGGUGUCUCUGUCGUCACACCCAAAUGCACGCCAAAUGCGCCCCGUGGGUCCCACAGCGCUCUUCUUCCGGAAUCUUGUGGCAAGGCUGGCAAGUGAAUUGAUUUUAACUUGCGGGAUUGAAAAGCGAGUUAGAUCAAAUCAAAUAUGAUAAAGUUUCACUUCAUCGUUUCUUAUGAGCAGAUGCAUCAAACCAUAACAUCAAAUGCAAGGUAAACUUUAAUCACCCGUUUUCGUGGUAGUCUAUAACCUGAGGAUUAAGAAGCUCUUUAAAAGUUAGAGAGGGAUGAAAACCAAGUUAACUUUCUAAUAGAAACACCAUCACAUAUAAGAAACACAUAUGUGAUAACACUUAAUUGGAAUAUAACCUUGUCAAUCUGUAUUUAGUAAAUGAAUAAAAUAUAUAUUCUGAUGAGGUAGACAGCAUAGCUUUAAAAUAAUCAAAACAUUCUUAUCUCGUGUAUAAAAGAGUUUUCAGUUACUACUUCUAAUAUUGUUAACAUGUUUUUGGAAAAAUAUUCACUAAGCUACAAAGUAUACAACACGCAACAUAAUUAAAGAAAGGAAUGACCAAAAUCAUAUUCGGAAGACACCACUAAGGGGAGCUCUUGGUCCAUAGAAAACCUGGAAUAAAUAUAUGAAGUUAGCAGUUUGGCACCACUGCUGUGUAGUAGAAGCCCAGGCUGCCUUGAUAGCGGCCCUCAGCUUAUCUGCAUUCUCAUGUCUAAUGUGGCUCAUCUUCCUCUUGACAAUACCCCAUAAAUUCUUUAUGGGGUUGAGGUCUGGCGAGUUGGCUGGCCAGUCAAGCACAGUAACCUUAUGGUCAUUGAAACAGCUUUUGGUGCUUUUGGCAGUGUGGGUAGGUGCCAAAUCCUGCUGGAAAAUAAAAUCAGCGUCUCCAUAAAUCUCUUCAGCAGAGAAAAGCAUGAAGUGCUCUAAAAUGUCCUGGUAAACGACUGCGCUGACUUUAGAUUUUAGAAAACACAGUGGACCAAUGCCAGCACCCCAAAUCACCACUAACUGUGGAAAAUUUACACUGGACUUCAAGCAACUUGGAUUCUGUGCCUUGCCACUCUUUCUCCAGACUCUUUUUUUCCAAAUGUAAUGCAAAACUUGCUUUUAUCUGAAAAGAGGACUUUUGACCACUGGGCAGUAAUCCAGUUCUUCUCCUGGGCCCACGUAAGACGCUUCUGACAUUGUCUAUGGCUCAGGUGUGGCUUGACAAGGGGAAUGUGACAGCUGAAGCCUAAUUCCUUGAUUCAUCUGUGUGCGGUGGCUCUUGAUGCCCUGACACCAGCCUUAGUCCACUGUUUGUGACGUUCCCCCAAGUUCUUGUCUCAAUUUUGCUUGACAAGCCUCUCAAGGCUGCGAUUAUCCCUGUUGCUUGUGCACCUUUUUCUACCACACUUUUUCCUUCCACUCAACUUUCUGUUACUCAAUGCAAGAUGGCACCCAGAGUAGGCGCCCUGGUGUUUUGGUGCUCGUUGUUUUGUCUGUUUUUGUGCGUUUACCGUGUGUCAUCGUGCUCCUACACCCACAAGGAGCUUUUUAACAUCAGAUCAACUACACCCACAGACAUUACGCCAGUUUUUUUUAGCAUCUGCUGCUGAACUGGUUCACUUUUUGACCAAAAGAGUGAGCCGCCGGCGAAGGGGAAAGUGAGCUGGGGUGCUCGCGCGUCUCAAACAGCGAGGCACGCGUACGCCCUUACCUGGGAUUCUCCUCUCCAACGUCCGCUCACUCAGCAACAAGAUGGAUGAGCUGGCACUGCUGAUGAAGAAGAAUAGAGACUUCUCCUCUUCUUGUGUUCCGUGCUUCACGGAGACGUGGCUAAACGCACAGACACCGGACUGCGCCGUACAACUGGAGGGUUUUCAGCUCCUCCGUGCAGACAGAGAUCGUGUACUCUCCGGUGGGAAAACAAAAGGUGGAGGAGUCUGCUUCUACAUCAGCCAUGCCUGGUGCUCCGACGUGACAGUGAUCUCCCAACACUGUUCUCCUUCUCUGGAAUAUCUCUUCAUAAACUGCAAACCGUUCUACUCUCCACGUGAGUUUGUCUCAUUCAUACUCUGCUCUGUUUACAUUCCACCAAGUGCAGACGUGCACGAGGCUGAGUGCGCGCUCGCGGAGCAGGUUAUGAGCGUAGAGAGGAACUUUCCGGACUCCUUAGUCAUAAUCCUCGAUGAUUUUAACAAAGGAAAUCUCAGUCAGGAACUACCAAAGUACAAACAGUUUGUAACAUGCCUGACCAGAGAGGGGAACACAUUAGAUCACUGUUACACUACAGUGAGUGGUGCCUAUCGCGCUGUGGCUCACGCAGCUUUGGGACUCAAAGAUCAUGCCAUGGUUCACCCAUAGACUGUAUAUAAGAUGGACAACCUGGUUCCGCCUUCCGCCUGUAUACGGAUUUGAAGCCAAAAAGCUCUCGGUAAUUCCGGGUUUUUCUCCACUUCCUUGAAACCAGAGCUGCGCAGUAGCGAUGCGCGCAUUCGGCUGCGCAGUCGCCGAGAGUCCCUGUGAUGACGCUCGGCUCAAACAGCGUAUCCCCCCGGAAGAGCUACGCAAUCCCUGAACGCCCAUAGGCUGUACCAGGUGUCAAUCAUAGAAAACAUGAACCCCCUAAUAACUUUUAAAAAUGGAGCUGAACAGAAAAAAAAGGACUUGGGCACAAACCAGUCUUACAAUAACUACAUGUCAACAUCACAAGCAGGGGGGAGAAAAAUGUAUGUUCUGUGUAAUAAAUUUCGGAAGUUUGUCCACAGUCCCAUAAGCUUUGCUGGCGGAGGCGGGAUUUAUGACCUGUACUGCAGCCCAUCAUCAGAGGGUGAUGUUCUCGGAGUGGCUUCACCCAGCGAGGAGGCAGACUCUGUCCAUCUUAUAUACAGUCUAUGGGUUCACCUGAUCCCCGUGUACAGACAGAGACUAAAACUCUGUAAACCUGUAGUGAGGACAUCCAAAGUGUGGACCAGUGAAGCUGUGGAGGAGCUACGCCCAUGCUUGGACACCACGGACUGGGAUAUGUUUAAGGCUUCUACAGACAGUUUAGAUGAAUACACAGACACUGUGACGUCGUAUAUCCCCCCCCCCUCCCAAAGGUGAUUCAUGCCCCCCCGAAAACAAACCCCCCGCCCCCCCGGCACUGGUUCGCAAUGUUAGUGUGAGAUCUGAACCUGCUUUGCCUUGCAAAGAUCCUCAAUUCUUGGCGCAAUAAUUUAAUAAACACAGCCUCAAUUCAUCCUCAAUUCUCCUCCGUCUGUGCCACGUUUUUAAACCGUGAUAAACAUCAGUCACCGUCAGGGAGAGAGGCUAAGAGCUUCGGUAACACACCGAGGAUCCUUGUGCGCACACACACACACACACACGCACGCACGCACGCGCGCGCAUGCGCGCGCGCAUGGAGCAGCAGCAGCAGCGAUCAGAUAUAAACAUUGGUAUUUAGUGUAAUGAACUUCAUCACCAAAGUCUCCUUCACUGACACACCUGUCUGAUCAGAACAGCCCCUCUCAUCCACACAGACACACCUGUGUUCACCAAGCUACAAGUUUCAAAGCAGCUCAAUCCACCACACAACUGUUUAACAGAGAUUUGACAUAAAAUAACAGAGAAAAAUUUCUUACCCUCACUCUGCUGUCCAAAACAGUCAGCAUCAGUUAUCCAGCUCCAACAGGUUAAUAAUCCACUGGUAUUAUUCCUGUUUACAUGCUAUUUAAAUCCUGUUUACAACCUUGCAGUCAGCAUCUCACCCAUUCGUGUGAAAAAAAAAAGUCCUGUUUCUGGUCGACCAGAUUAGUCAUUUCCACCUGGUCUCCGGGACACGGACCGCUUCACGGUUAGGCAUGGUUAGUAGUUACAGUUAGUUACAGCCUGUCUGGACCUGUGGUCUGGACCCGGUACCAAGUCCAGAGAUGCUCCUUCUCUUGGCUUCUAUCAGGAUGCAAAUGGAUGAAACUCGCUGACCGCGAGGAAUAGGAUCUAAACAGGAAUAAUAUCGGUGGAUUAUAAAACUGUUACAGCUGGAUGACUGAUUAUACUGACUGUUUUAGCCACAAGAAAGAUGGUAAGAAUUUUUUCCAUCCUUUAUUUUCCGUCAGAUUUCCGUUAAACAGUGGUAUGGUGUAAUGAGCUGCUGCGAAACCUGUAGCUUGGUGAACACGGGUGUGUCUGUGUUGAUGAGAGGAGACAGGUGUGUUGAUGAGGGAGACUCUGGUAAUGAAGUUUAUACAGUUAACACCAAUGUUUACAUCAGAUCGCUGCUCUGUGUGUGCGUGCGCACGUGUGAUGUUGUGAAUGAUCCUCAGUGUGUGAGCCUCUCUCCCUGUAGUGAUUGAUUGUCACCGGUCGGUCAAAGCAGGGCGCUUACUUGGUCGUUUGAGUGGCUGGGGCAAAAUAGUGGGCUACUUUUAUUAACGCUUGCCAUGCUGCGCUCAGCUUUAUGAUGAGGUAGGAUGUAAAUUGGUAGACUGUAAAUAUCCAACAGCUUGGGACUCUGCUACAUCUCCUACGAAUAGCCAGUGAGUCUAUGCCCCUCGUCCUGUGCUCGCGCACCCCUGGGAGGGUGUCCGCUAGGGCAGCACGAUAUAUCAGCAAUGAACACAAAUGAAGAAUUAACUAUUUUAAGAUCCAGGAAUGCUGAUUAUUUUAACCUUGCUCAAACAGACGCAUCUCAUUAAUUUAAAUGUGUUUUUUAAUAUUUUUGUGGUUUUUAUGUUUGGAGUUUUGUCACUAUGUGAUGGACAAAGUUUUUUGAAUCUUGAAUACGUUGGAUACAAACAAACAUGUCGGCGGUCUGGAAAUUCUUCAACAUGGACCAAAGAGAUAAAACACAAGCUAUAUGCAACGCCUUAGUAGCCUCUAGAGUUCAUUUUUGUUUAACUUUUUCAUCACAGUCAGUUUGGGGUAAAAAUGAUCAAACAUUGGCAAAAAAUGAUGAAUACUGUUACUAAAGAAUACUUUUUAAAAAAAAUCUCAGUAAACAGUACAAAAGUGUAAACAAGUUAUUUAGAUAGACAUUCUGCUUCCUCACAUGAUGGGAUUGUGAUCAGUUAUCGGUUUAUUUAAACUCACUGAUCAGUGAUCGGCCUUAAAAAUCCUGAUCAUGUAAAGCCCAGUACUUUGUUAAUAAGAUGUCAGAUUUCAGGAUCUCAGCCCUUUUUGAGGCUGCUGACUGACUAAAUCAUGAAGGUUCUCCAAGCCUUCAUAUACAGUCCUUCAUAACCUCAAAACCUAGGCUGAUAUUUAUUCUGAUGCAGAACCAUGUUUAUAUCUCAUUAACUCUUUAGUUGCUGCUUGCUAGCAUUCCUGAUUUCUACAGCCUCUGUCUCUGAGCUCAUUCUGUCAGACACACAGCUACACAAACAACUGCUCCUCCCCCUGCUUUCCUCUCUCUUCCUGCUCCCCUCUCUCCUCCUGCUUCUCUCUCUGUGCUUUUUUGUUACUUAUUAGUGUGAGUUCUUCAUAAUGCACAUAUAUUGAGGGCUGUUUAAAAGGAGAAUUGUCCCAAUGCUUUGUAGUGCAUAGAGAGAGACCUGUAGGACCUUACCAUCACAACAAAGAAAAUGAUGCCGCUCAUGUUCAAUCUUGAUUAUUAUAUUUGAAUGACUAAAUUAAGCCAUAAUUUUAAUGAAACAGCUCUGCAGCACACAUCCUCAACAAUGAACUUGACAGUAUGUAUGCUAGCAGCUGGGACAGCAGAGGCAGAGGGGUUUACAAAUGGCAGAAAGCUUUGAAGACAAUUCCCUUUAUGUCCUACUGCUGUCCCUUUUCUGCCUUGAUCUCAGCAUUAACAAAAGAGUAACCCCCUUGAGAGUUGUAAUGUGUGUUGUUUGCAUCCCUCACAUCUGGGAGUUGUAUAUAGCCUAAGGAAUCCUCUAAUAACAGGUGUUUACAUCCCAUAUACAUUCAUAGUUCUGCACAUCAUGGAGCCAUAAAGACGAAACAGCAUGUAUGUCUGCACAGAGCCAUCAGUGUAACAGACUCAGUAAGCUGGACAAACUACCUUGAAUCUUGGAGCAGAGAUAACACAGACGCUUGAAUCAUGACGUUACUUUGAUUGGUCUCUCUUUUUAUCUGGACUGAUCUGACAAUUGCUUUGACAGUGCCUCUCUGUUUUUCUUCUGCUGCGUUCCUGUCAUUCAGAGUGAUGGUAACCACUUGGAGUAUUUACUGUUUCUACUUUUCUUCAGGAAAACAAUAAUAUUAUACCAAAUGAAGAAGAGCCAAAUAGCAUUAGUACCUUUAUUUUUGUCUUCCUGCUGAAGUCGUGGCAGGAAGGGGGAUUUGGGUAAGUGGUUUGUUUUGAAUAGCUGUAUAUGGAACUUGCAGGUGACCACCAGUCUUUCAUGCAUCAGAUGAACCACUGUGAGAGAAAGAACAAAUGUUCAAUGAAUGAUAAAUGUUACGUGGUCAAGUAGUCUGCUCGCUCUGGCUUGAAGUUUCUGUGAAGUAAGAUGACAGUUUUGGCUAUCGCAGCGUUUGAAGGAAGCAUGUGCUUAUGAAGGCUCAGCGUUUGCAUGAAGGAUGAGAUCUGCUGUUCAAAGGACAGGAGGGACUGAAAUGCCAACCUGAUAAGAAGGAAAAUGAUGUGCUGCUCCUUUAUGAACCAGUGGUAGUAUUUCAAAAUAUAGUUGCCAUUUAAUAAGCUCUUGUGAUGUGACGGUCACCAAGGAUCUCUGUUUAUUUAUUGUGUGGACAAUGACAGAGGCACAUAAAGGGAGCGUGUGGGCAACCGACCCACUGCUGCCAUACAUACAAGUGCAAAUUAGGCUAAGCAGCUUUUUGUUUGCCCUGGUCUCCAUGACAACCGCUUUGUUCUUAAUCCUUUUGAAACCUGCCCCUGAUGAUUUAAAAAAAGGCAACUCCAAAAUUCUGGUUCAGCAGCCCCAUGAGCAAAUGUGAACUUUACAAAAUUGUACUUCUUCUACUGCACUGGACAGCAUCCAUUAAGAGACAGAAAAGGCCGUGCUGAUGAGGACUGUUGGGUUCUGUGUUUCCAUCAGGCUUUGGGAUUAUGUUGAGGUUGUUGUACAAGAAGCACUGACAUACAGGAGACAGCAGUGAAUAUACAGGUGCCAAGGAGUAAAAGGCGGAGGUGGGUUGGAGAGGAACUGUAGAUAAGAUGUUGAUGUAACUGUUUUUAUCCUAAAUGAGGGGAAAGAUUCUCAUCUUUUUGUUGGAGUCAUUAUGAGGUUUAUCCUGCAGGUUUUUCUCAUACUUGACAGUUUCUCUAUCAGCGGUUGAUCCAAAAGGUUUGGUGUAAAAUGAUCAUCUGUUUUUCUGAUGCUUUUAAAAUGAGAGAAACAGCCUUUAUUUUAACAUUCAGAAAGAAAUAGAAGUCUCUGGGCCAGACCACUGUUUGACAGUACUUAUCAGAACUGCAAUGCCCACUUCCAAAAAAGUUAGGAUGUUGAAUGUAGCAGAGAGAGACUGAUUAUCAGGUGAUUAUAGGUAUAUAGCAGGACUUGACACUAACUUUUUUCACAAGGAGCACAUGUGUGCCUAAGUUGAAAAAGUAAGGAGCACACCAAGAACUUUAGGGGCACAAUGAAAACUGAUCCAAUAAUGUUUGUCUUAUUGGUCAACAUAAGUACUAUCAUUUGAAAUCAAUUUCAGGUCAAUUGAUCACGUGACAUGAAAGCUAUUGAAGAAAAUGUUCAAAAUUUGCCUUUGAAUUUAACACAAAAACUUUAAGGGGACAAAUUAGGGAAAUAAAGAGGUGUGUCUUAUUGUCCGACCUUAGUAAUGUUAUUUAAAAUCAAUUUUAGGUCACUUGGUCAUGUGACAUGGAAGCUUUUUAAGGAAAACAGCUUUUUUUUUUGAGAACAUCAACCGGUAAUGUAUUGAUGUUCCCUUAUUCACCCGAUGUUGACAGCAAGGGUGACAAGUAGAUUUAACUGCGCUGCUGAUGCUAUGUACAGCUAUGGAGAGUGAGAAGACACUGGUAGAUCCGCAUUGAAUGUACGUCGAAUAUCCAACCUAAAACUAACUUCAACGCAGUAUUGACAUGAAAAAACAUUUGCUGCCUCGGCCGAUUUUCUUAAUGCACACAUGCCCCUAAAUACAUUUUACAAUUCGCACACAUCUAUUUUCAGUCUGUUCAUGUACAUUCUUAUUCAUCCAGGUCAUUGUUUUCUUGAAGACUCCAAAAUCAGGCAACUGAACUGUGUAGAGUUGAGAAGACGUUUCGCCUCUUAUCCAAAAGCUUGUUCAGUUCUAAUUAUUGCUAGUGUGAGGAGCAGAUAUUUAUCUUACUGGAGAAGGGGACAAACAACGACUGGAGGAGUUGGAAAGAAUGGGUCAUAGAAACCCAUCUCCGGGUGUUCCACCCUGAGGGUCGUUAACCUCUAUUUUUAGUCGCAAAUGUGAGUGAAACGGUCGCACUGUCGAGCCCAGUAUAGUCAAAUCUGCCGCAUAUCACCGUCAUCUUUUCUUUAUGUUAUUAGUAUAUCUAAUCCAGAGCAGUCACUGAUAUACAUUUUGACAUUGUAGUAUUUACUAUGGACAGUAAUAUCUGUCCUGUUUAGUGGUCUGUGGAAUAACCUAAUAUCUGUGUAUCUCUGUGGAUUCAUUAAAAAUCCAUCCUCAACAUGUUACUAGCUAAGACAACCAUGUUUUUUAGAUUUUACUGUGGAUGGACUAAUGAGUCUCUACAUUAUGUUUUUUUUACUUUAGCCCUAAUAUUUACCUUCUUAUAUUUCUCUUUGAACAGUUUCAGAUUCUGGACAGAAGUCCUGAAGUUUCGUAAGGUGAUAUUAUAUUUUCCCACAUUUAAUGUGCUGAACAUUAACUCAUUCACAACAUUCAAUCACUAGUUUUACGAAAUGGUUUGUAAUUUGUCAAAUUGAAAAUAGAAAAAUAUAAUAUCAGUGUUACACAUCUGCUCUGUCAACCAUUCGUAUGUAGAUUGGAAAUGUUCAAAAGCUUGUGUCCAAUAGAUGGUUGUGCAAAGGCAAAGUAUCAAAUGAUUGAUAGAUAGAUAGAUAGAUAGAUAGAUAGAUAGAUAGAUAGGUAGUUAGAUAGAUAGAUAGAUAGAUAGAUAGAUAGAUAGAUAGAUAGAUAGAUAGAUAGAUAGAUAGAUAGAUAGAUAGGUAGAUAGAUACAUAGGUAGAUAGAUACAUAGGUAGAUACAUAUAUAGGUAGAUAGGUAGAUAGAUAGAUAGGUAGAUAGAUACAUAGAUGGAUAGGUAGAUAGAUACAUAGAUACAUAGGUAGAUAGAUACAUAGAUAGAUAGACUGAUGAUUUUAUUCCCCAAGUACUAACAGAUUAACAAAUAAAUAUAACAAACAAAUCAACAAAUGGAUAUAAAGACACCCUGAUCAAACUUAAGAACUGACUUUUUUUUGUUCCCAGAUUUCAUUAUGCAGUCAUCCUUUUGGUGUAGAUAACGAGAAACAUUUCUGUUUGUUUCAUAUCAAUAGAACACAGAAAAUUGUCCGUAAGAUCAAUUGAUGGGCAGCUCCCUCAUACAUUAUGAAAAACUGCUAAAGGGAAAAAAAGGAUACAAUAGAAGAAGAGUUCGGCUGUGAGGAGGACAGAAUAACAGAAAGACACUUGAACUGUUUCAGGUGCUGACUCCAUGCUGUGACCAACAACUGUCUGAUGUUGUUGACAAACACAUACCUUGAAUGCAUCUUAAUAAGUGCCCAUGUGAACACCUGAUGCACCCCUUCCCUCACCCCAUCCCUUCCAGUCACCACCAGGGUCGCUAAUCCAAUGUGGCAGAGAAUUGCUGCGCACUUGCCUUGCAGCGACUUGUACCCUAUAACCAUACACAAAUCGAUCUGACAUGUGGUAUUAGAUUAAAUUACCACACAGCGCAAUGACAGUGAAAAGGAUUUGUUCCAACCCCCUCCCUCCAUCCCACACGCACCCUCCCAGACCAACUACAGAGCUGAGGGAUGUUCAGCCAAGCAACAGGAGAUGCUGCUCCAUCAAAUUAAUCUGUCAGGCAGGGCAUCAGAGCAGCUUACAGCUAGCCACCCCUCACUGUAGACCGCUGUCAGUGUUUGCAUCAGGGUCUAAAGAUUUAGCCGAUGUAACCCAGUGAAGCACAUCCAUGAAGGUGGUUGCAGAAACAUUAUAAACAUUUCUGCUCUUACAAACACAGAUUCACACAUACUUGUAACAUUUAAAACAGACCUUUUUGUGUCUGCAAAUUUUUCAGGCCAUUGAGGGUUUUGACUGUUCACAAUGAUAACUGAAUAACACGAUUAUCUCUCUGCUGUUAUUGAUACUAAGUUUGUAAUUUAAGAGCCAUAGUUCAUUUUGACAGGUAUGACUUAUAACCAUGAAUAACACAGGCAAGGUAGCAGGAAAUGUAAAGUGUGAUUUAUUUUGAUUUGUACUUUUCAGUUUAAAUGGCCGUAGAAAGACAGGAAGUGUGAGGAGCCAAGCGUUAGGGUAGACAGGAAGGAUUGUGGCUUGGGGUGAAACCCAGAUUACAGCCUUAGACCACUAGUCCUGUAACACUUCACAAUGAAUAGAAUUUAACCCCAAAUAUAGACCAGUACUUUGAAUGUAGAGUUUCAGUUCUCCUUGUUAAAUUGUAUUAGCUUUCAGAAGAUUUUUGUACCCACAGCCAUCAGACUUUAUAAUUGUUCUAUCAAUAGUAGAUGACAUGAGACAGGAAACCAGGCAGGGGCGAGGAAUGACAUGCAGAAAGGACACCACAGGGAGGAACUGAACCAGGGCUUUCUGCAUACACGUCUGCGUCCCUUUAAGAAAGUUUUAAGCUCUUGCUGCAAUUUAAAGGAAGUAUUAACAGUGCAUCAAUUUGAUAAUCAAAUCAAUAUAAUGAAUUUUAAUAAUAUAGUCCAUAAACUUGUAUUAUUCAGGUAAAUACUGCACUACUACUUCUUUGUGGUCUGAUGCCAUGACCAGCAAGAGUUUCAAAGUGUUUCAGUCACAGCUCUGUAGUGAUUGACUGACACUCUAAAAUAGUACUCUGUCGGCCCUUGGGGCCUGGUUACCUCUUGACAAUACACUGAUUAGCUGCAACUGAAUGCAUUGCUUAAACUUGCUGUGGUGAUAUUUCGAUUUUGUUUGACACAAGGUGCAUAUUGUUUUUGACUUGUCAACAGAGCUAUCUUAAAGUGUUAGAGGUCAAAAUAUGCCAGUCAAAACUGCAGUGGCGUUGUUAUAUUUUUUCAUAGUAGCAGCAGAAAGCAGAAAGACACUCAAGCAGUAUUUGUAUGGCGUGCCAAAGGGGGCAAAAAAAGCUCAACGAAAAGAGUUAUUUUCUACUUAAAUCACAUUGUGAUUACUGCAUCGAUACUGACAACCCUGUCAGUCGUCCAUCUGUCCAUUCCUUCCUUCCUUCCUUCCCUCCCUCCUAAUGUCAUCUAAUGUAAUGUUAAGGCAACCUGCCAGCCAGCGUAAGUAAAUCCAGACUACCCUCUCCCCAGCAACACUGUCCAGCUCCUCCUCUGCAAUCCCAAGAUGUUCCCAGGUCAUGUAGGAUAUUUCACUUCUCCAGCAAACUCUGAGCCUGCCCCUACAUUUCCUCCCAGCUGGCUGCUCCCAGAACACCUCCAAAGGAGGCAUCCCUAUUAAUGCUCAAACCACCUCGGCUGAUUCUUUUCAAUGCAAAGGAGCAGCAGCUUUACUCAGAGUUUUCAACCAUGUCUCUGAGGUUGAGCCCAGCCACCCUUUGGUGGAAACCUAUUGUGGUUGCUUAUAUCUGUGAUCUCAUUAUUUCAGUCACAACCCAUAGCUCAAGACCAGAGAGGGCAGGACUAUAGACAGGCCAGUAAACAAACGCUUUGCCUUUCAGCGCAGUGCUCUUUUCACCACAACAGCCUGGUGAAAUGUUUGCAGUACUGCUGACACCACAACAGUCAGCAUGUCAUUUUUAUGAUUCAUUUUGCCCCCAUGAACAAGACCCCAAGAUACUGGGGUAGGCGAGAACCAUGGCUUUGGAUUUGAAGGUGUUGAAUCCAACUUUCUCACUUGGCACUCAGUUGCAUAUGGCCCCAGUGCUUGCUGGAAGUCCCAGCCUGAAGAAGCCGGUGGAUACAGUGUAUCAUGGCUGCAGCACAGUGGACCAACCCUACCCUUCCAAGGCCUCAGGAGGGGUGUGAGAGUUUGCCUAUCCAGUCUCUAUAUGUGAGCUUGGAGAAUUCUAUCCUCUGAGGGGUCUUGUGGGGGGGUACUGAGGUAAUAGGAGGUACCAGGGUUAUAACGUCAGCCAUCUGAUCAAAAAGUGGGGGCUGUGUUCACAUUCUUGGCAAAAAGUCAAAGUUUUUCAAUGAGUAUUAGGCUUCCCUAGAACUGCCCUUUAUCUCCAAUUUUGUCUGUAAUUUUUAAUGAACAAGCAGGGGGAGGAGGGUCUGCAGUUUGAGAGCCUUCGGCAUCUAAGGGCAAAUCUCAUCCACACCUGGUGCCAUUCUGCCUGGGAGUUCUUUCCAUCGCCCAGAAGUAUUCCCAGUCUGGUUUAGCAGUUCUUCACCCCUGCUGAGCCCUGCUUUCUUUUCCAGAGGCCCCUGAUAGUUUGCUAGGAAUUUCCCCAAGCCAAUCAAGGUCCUUUUCUACAGUUGUCCCACACCAGGUUUGCUGCAUCAUUUACAGCUGCAGCCCUCCAAGCCAUCAGUCUGCUGCUUCCAGAGACUCCUGGACUAACCAAAUCCUGAGAAGCCUCUUUCUUCAGCCUGAUUGUUUCCUUUACAGCUGGUGUCUACCACUGGGUUUGAAGGUUGCUGCCAUGACAGACACCAGUGACUUUUGGGCCAAAGCUUCUGGCAGCUUGUUUGUUCAAAGAGGCUUUGAACAUGGUCCAUUCAGAUGCCGUAUCUCCAACAUGAGACAUGGAACCCGAAAGUAGUAGUUGAAGGUGGAAGUUGAAGACCUGACAAACCCCCACCAGGGGUUCCUAGUUAACCCUUACCACACACUUGUGUUUACCAGGCCUGUCAGUCUCUUCUGCCACCUGAUCUAAGUGGUGAGCAGAUUGCAAUCAGUUGACAACUCUGCUCCUUUAUUCACCCAGAACAUGUAGCUGAGGAUCAGAUGAAAUGACCAAAAAGUCUAUCAAUGAUCUCUGGACUAGGGUGGCUUGGUAGUAGGUAAACAGCAUCACUUGGGCUCAGAUCAGGCAGGCUAUUUCUACCAGUCAGCCCUUUCAUCGAAGUCACCCAGGAGAAUGAUGGAGUUCCCAGCCGGUCUCCCUUUGGAGACCCCACCCAGAAGCUUCAGGGAGGCCUUGUACUCUGAACUGUUAAUUGGUGCAUAUGCAGAACUGUCAGAGCCUAAGCCUUUGCAAGGGGAUCCUCUCACUCUCUGGGGAAAACUUCAUCACUGAGGCACUCAUCUGGGGUCAUAGGGACACACAAACCCCUCCACUACGAUAAGGUGAUGAUUCUUGCAAGGCUAACAGCCUUAGCAUCUUAAUAUAGUGAAAAAAACUGCGUCCAGCUCUGGCCAAAAAUACCAUUAGAUCACAUGAUUCUGCCACUUUCCUUUAGCAGGCCAAACAUGUAGCACUGAAGCCUCCACUGACUUUUUCUAAACACUCUACAAACUAGAUGUGUGUUGUUUAGAUAAUACAAGGACUUUACAGAGCUCAGCAGCUGAAAUCUAGUCCAAAUGUAACAGAAAUGUUUUUUAUAAAUGUUCUUGUGUCUGAAACAAUGAGGGUUUUCUUUGAAGGAUCAAAACAGAACUCAUACUUUCACUCCUGGAUGUAAAAUUGAGAACUUAAAAGCAAUGAUACCUGCCAUCUGAAAACAUUAACCUUUCAUUUGUCCUGCGUAUCCCAGUAGAUAAAGGACUGACUGGAUCAGCUGAAACAAGGCUAAAUUGCUCCAUUUACAUCCUGCCUGUUGAAGGUUUGUGAGGUUCUUUGUUUGUGUUUUCUGCUCAGAGACAAGGAUCCAAGACCUGCCUGUUGUCUCAGUCAAUGUUAACAAGGUUAUUCCAGUUGCUGCUGCUUGGCCCCGAGAGAAAGCUCUAUUACACAACAAUUAAACUCUGCGAUUUGGUGAAGCACAAACAGCUUCCUCCACUCAGGAAAGUCAGGGAGGGAAGAUUCUGACCUUUCUGUGCGUAUACAAGUGAGAUGUGGAGUGUCUGCCUUAAAAUAGAUGUACCAGUGGAAACAGUAGACUGUGAAUGUUCAGCAGCUUUACUCAGAGCAUUUAUGUUGAAGUCUGAAUGAUUGUGUAUUUGAGGUUGUCCCUAAUAGACUGGGAAAUUUCUUUUAUAGCCACAUGAAGAUGCUCACUCAUAAAACAGCAGAAUUAAAAAUGUUUUGCAGUGUGGUCAAAAUGGGAGGGCUCUGAAGCUCAGUUUUAAAUUUUUUGUUGGAUUUUUUUAGGUGACUUCUGAUUAUAUCAAGGUUCUUAGGUAUCUACUGUUGUGGGUGUGGCUAAUUUGACUUAUAGGAGGCAUAAUGUCACUGUUUUCCAGGUGACCAGGCCUCGUCUUGAACCUCAUCUGUUUGAUGGUUUGUAGAUUAGCUUGAACUUAAUAAGCAUUUCCAAUAUGGCCGCUAAAAUCAGAUGAUGUGGCCUGUUGCAUUGUCCCAGCUUUUCAGUUUUUUCCUCUUCCUUUCUUUCCUGUCUGUUAUUAUGUAUUUGAUUUACUCCUUAUUUUUCUUUACUCAUUUUAUCAUAAGCUCAUAUUUUUUAGCACUGAAUGAUUCAUGUUGUGUUUGUGUGAUUGGGGAGAAGGAGGUGGGUGGUUUUCGUAGUCUGACACUUUGAAUGUCAACCACAUUGAUGAUUUUGAUAAACUUGUGUUUUUAAAAAGAAAACAAAUGUUUGACAUCACUGAACCAAUAUCUGUGAUUUAUACCGUCAACAUGUGAUCGUUAGAGAUGGUAACCAGGGGUACCAAAAGCAGCCCUAAUGAUUACUCGGCCAUCAUUACUUCAGGUCUUGAUGAAACUGAUGAAGGUGUGGAUAAUCAUUCUGAGAAUAAACUUCUCCUGGGUUGGUUUUUAGUCAUUCUAAAGACUUGAAGUAAGCCAAAACCUCUUCUUUUUUUCAUGGACUGGGUGUUGAGUUAAGAAAAUAAAAAGCACAGAAGCCAAAAGCUUAGUAAUGCGUGAAAGUGGUUUUUGAAGUUUUCCCUGCACUGACAUAUAAUCUUUUAUAAUUGAGAGACAAUUAGGCACCCCUGAGGGGCUGCAAGUGUGCAUGGAUCAGUGGUGUGAGUUUGCAACUGUUUGCACUGCAGCACAAUGGCCUUGUAUGCUCUCCUUUGUAAAUCUGUCAUAGACACACUGGUCCUAUGGCAGCCAGCAGGGCAGCUGUACACACACACACAGCAUAUCUAAAUAGUGACAUUCAGCAGCCACACUCGCCUGUUCCUGCUCCAGGGAAAAAAUAAUCCUUUCUUUGAAUAUUUGGAAGAGAAGAUCCACUCAGCAAUGUCACCAUGAUCUCAACCUUCCUCCACCAUGUACCACAUUCAAGUGAAGUGUGAAUAAGAAAAUUAAUCAGCUUUUCUGCUGCGAAUGAGCAGAUAUAGAAAUAUAAAACCUGGAAAGAUUAAUUCCCUUUUCCUUUCACAUAAUCUCCAGAUUAAAGUUGCAGAGGGUUGACAGUGAAAGUUAUUUGUUACUCAUUCAUCAGUGUGUUUAAAGGGAUAUCCCGGCAUAAAAUGAAGUUAGGGUAAAACACAUCGUAACACAGAGUUAGAAACCCCUCGAGAGAUGAAUUUUGACUGCUCACAUUGUUUGAUUUGACAGUAUGUGUUUGUGUCCCACACAGAACAGACUCCGUUUGUGUCCCACAAAACAGACCUUUAUAGUUGUGUUUAGUUGUGUUUGUCUUCGUAAUUAUGCAUAUUUUUCUGUUAGUCUGGGAUCAGAGCUUCAGAACCUAUACUGAUAUGUAAUGGUCAGUGUGUGAUUUAGGGCUGAAGAAACCUUAACCAUCCACACUUUGCCCCACAGCAACCCAUGGCUUCGACAAUGCUGUUAGAGUCUUAAUGUAAGAGCUGUAAUGUGGUCAAAUCAGAUUACGCCUGAAGAGACGGCGCAGGCACACACACAUACAUGCAGUCAAACAAACAUGAACAUAACAGUAAGGUUGAGGCUCUCUGAAACAGGUUAUUGAACAGUGCUUUAAGAUUUUAGCAUUUAUGGCCUUGAGAAUUGAGUCAUCAGGUCUUCAUUUAGUUGGUGUGGUGACCUGUUUCCUUAAAGACCUGAUUCAGUUCUUCGUUUGUAGCCUGAGAAGGUGACAUGAACAGAAAUAUACUGCAGUCCUGAUGUUUCCAUUCAGUCUGAAGGGUUUAUAGAAAGUAUGCUUAUGUUUGGUUGAAUCCAGGUUCUGAGUCUUAACUAUCUAACACACAGAUUACUAAAAGGAUUGGCUUGGGCAGAUCUUCUGCUUAUUCAUGGUUGGUCCUAACUCAAUCACACCCUUUCCCCAGAACUGUAGCAAAUGACGGUCAGUCCUCUCUGUCUUCCCACCUCAUGUCCAUCCUCCUCUGCCAACUUCACAGCCAAACACCUGGACCUUCUCCUGUCCUCCUCCUUCUUCUCCUCCUCCUCUUCCUCCUCAUCGUCAUCAUCAUCAUCAUCAUCAUCAUCAUCAUCAUCAUUACAUCUUUCAAAAAAUCCAGCAACAUCGAUCAGCAGUAAACUAUUAACCAGUCAGUCAACAGUUUUGAACAACUUUGAUCACAGAUGUGAUUUUUUUAUUGUGUAUUUGUGUAUAGAAAAUGUUACAGCUGAACAGAGUUCCUGUCAGACAUAAACCAGCUCCACUCUCAUCACAACAGGCAUUUCCUGACACACAUGACUGUAGAUGCAGUGACUGUUAUUAAGGCAGGUGGGGGUGGGGGUUUAAUUGCUGCUCUCUCUCUCUCUCUCUCUCUCUCUCUGUCUGUCUGUCUGUCUGUCUCUCUCUCUCUCUCUCUCUCUCUCUCUCUCUCUCUCUCUCUCAUGUACUGAUCCGAUGUUUAAAAUUCUUAUUCUCUGUUUUUAUUCCACCAGUAAAGUUCUUCUUGAGAUUGCACAUAUUAUCCACCACAGUGACCAGGCUGAGUGCAAUCAUUGAAAUGAAUCUCAUCUAAAUGAGCAAUGGUCUUAGGUUAAUUUUUUUUACAUUCAUACUGAGCUAAUUUAACCAUAAUGUUACUCCCCCAUAUGUGUUGGUCAUAACCCUGAUAGUAACAGCCAUAACAUCAGCACAGGUAAUAAGAAUGAUAUUCCAUAAUGAAAAAUGAAGGCAUAAGUGUAAUCUUUUAUUAAUACAGCAUGUGAAUAUGUACUUGAACUGGAAAAAAUAAUAUAAAUAUGAAACACAAAGGACCAUAAAUACAUGCAAUUAUCUAACACUCUGAAAACCUUUACCUUUUUUAUUACAGUGCAUAAUCAAUACAAAUGUUCUCUCAGGACACAUAAUGAACACAGCAGGGACACAGGGGGUUACCUAUACAAGUCCACCAUGAGUAAGCACUUUAAAACCUUCAGAGGACAACCCUCUUAAAACAGGCAAAAACUCUGAACAGAACCAGACUCAUGCUGAUCAUCUGCUGAGCCUGGAUGGGCAGAGGAAGUGAGAUAAAGAAAAGACAGAAAGAGAGAGAUGGAUGGAGACGGUCAGAAUAGAUAACAGAUAAUGCAGACUAAAAACGAAGAAUACUUAAGGGAUCCUGAAUCAUCUGUCUUCUUUAAAUUUUGCUUAAUCAAUCAUACAGAUGAUUCUAGUGUAGUGAUGAGUCAUUGUAGUGUAUUGUAGUAUAUUCUUUAUAUUUUGUGUUAUUAGUUAACAAACAUGAGAGAAGUGAAACAUUAGCAACACCUUUCCAUAGAAGACACUCAAUUACACCACCACCAUUACAGAACAGUUAUUACAUGUGUAAGUCAAUACAAACUGAAAAAGUAAAAGCAGAAUAAAAGUGGAAAACAGGGCAGAGAGACUGAAAAAUAAAAAUAAUGAAUAAAGUUAAAUAUCCAGAUUUUAAUAACCAACAGCAUAACAUUUAUCUUAACUGGAUGGUCUCAUUCUCAAAUAAAUUUAAACCUAAAAGAAGACAUCAAACACAGAAGUCAAUAUUUACUAAAGGAAAGGUAUUCUUAAAUAAUAAAAAUCACUUAAAACUAAUUUACAAGACACAACAGAUACAGUGCAUUUUCUUUUCUUUUUCUCUCUUUUUUGGCUGGUUCUUUUGUUUUUGGUCACAACUAAACAGCUCAAAAAUCUCCUCUCUCUUCUGUCCUCUCUCAUUUUUCUCACUCCUCUCUUCCUCUCUCUUUUCCUCUCCACCACAGUGUUAUAUUUAACAUUACUUGUUUUUGUUGAUGUUUUUGUUAAUUAUUUACUAUUUCAGGAGUCACCAAGAUAAAUUGGGCAAAUCUCUGCUGCUUCUUUUGAAUCUUACUGCUCUGUGCUGAAACCUGACACCACAGUCUGACUAUUUCCUGACUCAUUUGCACACUAAACAGUGAUUGGAUGUUUACUGAGGACUGAUGGGGAGGGGUGUGUGUAUGAGUGAGCCUGAAUAAUUCCCAUCCAGCAGAGCGGAAGGACAGAGAAAAGAGAGGAUGCGGAUUCUGUAUCUUGUCGUUUUUUCGGCUGAUUUUUCCGCUACUGCAGUUACUUUUAUCAAGGUUUAACACAUUAAUACUGUGGGUAAAUUAGAAUGUGCUCUCUUCUAAAAUUUUGAUUUCAGAGGGCAAGAAAUGUAUUUAGACACGUUAAGGAUACCAUUGCGCAGUACAGACGGUUAUAUGAUCUCUGUGCUUUGGCAGAUCAUUGUCACUUUAUAAUCUGUUACAAUCUAAGAUCGUCAGAUCGCAUGCCCCUUCUUUAAAUACCAGCCAGUGUUUAUCCUGAUGCAUCACUGAGUUGGCAGACGGAGUUUGUUUUUUAAGUCAAAUGUGAGAAUGUGAGAAGUGUGGGAUUAUCACACAGGAUUAGAUAUAUACCCAGACACCUUUAAGAAGAUCUGAAAACAUGAGCCAGUCUGAAAAACAGACCCAAAGAAUUAUAACAAAGUCAUGCAAAAAUAUCUGCAAUCGUCUGAACUGUUAGUAUCUGCCCAGAUUUUCCACCGAUGCAUCUCCAUUUAAGACACAUUAUAAAUUUGCAAUGCUAAUAAAAAAUUUUCUCACUAAGGCUGUCAAAUGAUAAAUCUUUAAAAUUACAGAUUUGAUUGAAUUGGGGAUACAGCUGCUGACCAAGACAAAAAUGGUGGCCUAUAUUUUGAAGGGUAUGUUUUAGGGGAUCUAAUCUGGACAGUCUCUGAAAAACACAUUGAUCUUUGCUGUGGGAUUGCAGAGUCCUAGAGAGCCACAAAAACAAACUCAUGCAGGUCUCACGUAAACACCAAAUGCAAGCAGCUGGUGAUGCUAGCAGCUUUUGCAUUAGCAUCAACAUUGGCCACAGCAUGGCAGGUUAACGUCAGAGAGUCACAGACAGCAGGGUGAGGAUUUCCACACAGCACAAUUUAACAAAGACCGUUCAGUUCAUGGGCAGAGAGAAGUAAGUAUCACCUGUACCACUGAGUCCUCCCGAUCAGUCACAGUUUUUACUGAGAGUCUAAUUAUAACAGCAAGGAGAGGAGCCUCCAUCCAGUGGCACUGAAAUAAUUCUGUUUUUAUGUGUUAUAAAUCUGUUAACUUUGACAGCCCUACAGGUCACUGAUCUUAUCUAUCGAACUUUGUGAAACUUCAAUCACAGCUGGUAAAUUCAAAAGGAUUUAACUUAAUCGUUAUUUUUCUUACAGACAGAGGUCAUCAAAGGACCGUGUGGAAGUGUGGGGAUGACCUUCAGGCACGUACCAGCAAGUGAGGGGGAUGCUGUCCACGUCAGCAUUGAGACAGUUACGCCCAACUCUCCUGCAGCCCUGGCCGAUCUGCAGAGGGGUGAUCGCCUCAUAGCUAUUGGAGGUAUGUGAUGUGUUAUCAUUUCCCCAGAAGAUACGAAGAUCAAUUCUCAGUCUGUUUUUAACAGUGCUUUUCUUUUUUUUUCUUUUUUUUUCUUUAGGUGUCAAAGUGACAUCCUCAGUCCAAGUGCCAAAACUGUUGAAGCAAGCUGGGGACAGGGUGAUCGUAUUUUAUGAGAGACCUGUUCGUCACCAGCCUACAUCUUUUGGAAGCCUGGGAACUCUGCAAGAAGGAUUUGGGCAGUUAGAGGAAACUGGUUUUAUUUCCCAGCCAGGGGGUUACGAGGAGGACCCAGCCCCCAUCACCACCCUUUCUGACAUAUCUGACAGCAAAGACAUGGAUUCUGAAUUUGAAGAGUUAGUUGUGGACCCUAAACCCAGUCAGAGUGGCAGCCCUGUAAUCAGUGUCUCAAACACUGGUGACACAAAGGAGGAUUCAUUUCUCACAGUUAACCAAAGCCCCAAAAGGACUGUGGCCAACUUGGCCUCGAAGCCUCUUGGUACCAUAUCACCAAUCCUCAACCGCAAGUUAAAUCUAGUGGGUAUCCAGUCACCACUCAAACCUCAUCCCAAAGAGUCACCAAAGCCCUCACCGCACAAGACUAGUAAUGAUCCAGGGGAGGCUCUACAACGCCCGAGUGUUCCUCCCCCAACUCCUCCCUCUCGUCCCCCAGUGCCACCAAGACCUCAGAUGAGGCUGACAUCAGCCUCGACAGAGACCACUCUUUUGGAAGGUGUUGAUUCUGCCACUCCGACUAAUGUUGCAGUUACUUCCACCCUGCCCCCCAUUCCCACUACAUCUGAAAAAUCCCAUGAAAAAACUUUAGUACCCGGAGCCAUUGAGGAAAAGGCUGGCACUGACAAAAUGUGUGUGAAACAGCCUGAGGUGAAGCAGUCUGCCAGGCCAGCAGAGUCCAGUGAUGAGAUGCCUGUCCCUCUGACAGUGUCCAAUAAGGCAGAUCAAGCAAAGGACAAAGUUUCAGAGAGCUCCUGCAGCACACGUGAUAGUUUAGAGGAUCAUUCCUUCUGGGAAUCCCCAGAAACCAUGUACCGUAACCAGACUGCACGCUGGCCAAAGGCCUCCGAGGUGUUUGAGGUGGAGAGCAACCAUAAGUACCUUAAUGUGGCCCUGUGGUGCAAAGAUCCCUUUAAGCUAGGCAGCUUGUUGUGCCUGGGUCAUGUCAGCCUUCAACUGGAGCAUCUAGCCUUGGAAUGUAUGGCUACAUCUUCAGCAGAGUACCAGAGCACCUUUAGGUUGGGUCCUCCAGAGCCCAGAGCUAAUGUCAGCCGCACUGCACUACGCAGUCUCAGCACUCACAAGGGCUUCAAUGAGAAGCUGUGUUAUGGAGAUGUUACUCUGAACUUUAAUUACCUAGCUGAAGGUGAGUUUGAGUAUCCGGUGGGUACAGCAGAAAGGGAGCGAGAGGGGAGUCUCCAUGAUGAGGAUCUAAAGGAAAGGGAGAAAGAGCAUAUCUCCUCAGCGCCACGGGAUGACCUGGCUUAUGGCGCCAUGCAGUUGGUGGAAGUUCGUCACAACUUUCAGGACACCCAGUUCCAAAAUCCCACCUGGUGUGAAUACUGCAAGAAGAAGGUCUGGACCAAGGCAGCCUCUCAGUGUAUGAUCUGCGCCUACGUAUGCCAUAAGAAGUGUCAAGACAAGUGCCUUGCUGAGAAUCCCCUCUGCGUGGCAGCAACUGAACGCCGUGGAGCUGACCCUGAAGCCAAAUCAACCAUAAACCGGGCAACCACUGGACUAACUCGGCACAUCAUUAAUACCAGCUCCCGUCUACUCAACCUCCGGCAAGUGCCCAAGACUCGGCUAGUGGAGCAGGUGGUUGAUGUGAUGCCUGGAACAGUGGAGCCCUCACCCAAGCAUACCCCCAACACUUCAGACAAUGAGAGCAGCGAUACUGAGACCUACACCAGUGGUGCAAGCCCCUCAAAGCAGCCCACCAGCACAGGUGGCAGCAGUAAACUUGUGCGCAAGGAAGGUGGGUUGGACGACAGUGUGUUCAUUGCAGUGAAGGAGAUAGGCCGUGACCUGUACCGGGGGCUGCCCACAGAUGAACGCUCCCAGAAGCUGGAGUUAAUGCUUGACAAGCUGCAGCAGGAAAUAGACCAGGAACUGGAGCACAACAAUGCCCUUCUGCUUGAGGAGAGGGAGGCUACAGAUGCCCGGCGAAAGGCCCUCAUUAGUACUGCCCUGAGUAAGUCCGGGGAGAGACUCCAGGCCCUCACCCUGUUGAUGAUCCACUACCGUGCAGGCAUCGAGGACCUGGAGUCAGUGGAGAGCACCUCCCCGUCAGAGCAGCAAGGCUUCAAAAGCAAAGCAGAAGGUCCAGAGGAGGAGGCCCUGAUGGGGGCUGAGCUGUAUGACAGUGACAUAUGCAGCCCUGUGGAGGUGCAGCUGCUGGAUGACAUUACUGAGGAGCAGAUUUGUGUGGAGGCACUGCACUAAAUUAGAACUGGAAGAGGAAAUGGAGGACAUGUUCCUCCUUCUCCUGGGCUGGAGCUCCCAGGAAAACAAAGUCCUAUUUGUUUCCUCAGAGUGGGUCAUUUUUGGAGUGUGUUUUUGAUAUUGAUCAGUUUGGGUCUGGUGUUUGAUGAUUCAUUUGAUUUUGAUUUUCUUUUUUUGUUUGUUUGUUUGUAGGUGAAAAAAAGGGGCUAAGAUACUUUUAUUUGCACAAUGUAAUGCUGUUUCCAUGGUUCAAAAGGGAGGCCUGAGAGCUAGACUUGAUCUGCCCUCAGUAGUGCUGCAUGUUUUUCCUCCACUUCUUUUUUUCUGUGGCUUAAAAAAAUUAUUGUAAGCUUCUAAUUCAGUUUGCUUUCUUGUCUGUAAUUGCUUUGCCAUAAAGACUUUUAAUAAUGAGCACAUGGCUAUACUCCACCAGUCUGGUUUAAAUUUUGUGACUAAAAUGUGUUGUAUGAUAUUUGUCUGCUGUUGAAGCUGAACAUCUUCAGUCUCUCCCUGCUCAGUAUGACCAGGGAGUAGGCGGUUUCGAUAUCCACCUUAACAGAACAGACAUUUGUCUGAGGAUCCAACAGUCUGUUAAACAUAUUUUUUGUUUUUGUACUCUAGUAAAUUUGGGUUUUAGAUGUAGUUUUCCUCACUCUUUUCAGCAAAGUUGCUCUGGAUUUCAGCAGCUGCAUAAAUAUCAAUGGAUCCUUAUGAUUUGCCUCUUUCUUUGGUAUAUUUGUUUGUGUUGGUUAGGCCGAACAGGAUUGAUGAUGUAACCCACCUUUCCAAUAAGUUAGUGUGCUCCAAGUCUCCUCUUAUGCGUUUUAAGAGACACUGACUCCCUGAAUGAAUGUUGCACAGCUUGCAGUGAAGUGGUGCAAGCUCUGGUGGUGUUAUGAUUCUGAAACAUGUAUUUCAUUUGUUUAGUUUCAGUUUCUGUGUGUUAGGAUGAUUUCAAAGCUCAGUGAUUUAGUAGGAUUAAUUGACUUGUUGAGACGUUUUCAGACCCCAAUGAAUGUAUGUCUAGCCCUUGCUGUGUUUUCUGCAAAUGCAGCCGUUCAGCACUACCUUCCCCCAGAUUCUUUGCAUAACAUCGAGCAUCAGUGAUCCUGUCACAGGAAGUCUUUCAAAAUCAGUUACAGCUCAGACAGCUUUACUGUACAUAUGUUUCAGGACUUUAGAGAGCCUCUUGAAAAUAAUUGUUUGCAAAGAGAGAAUAUCAAAAGGAAAAAUCUACCCCAAAGCACUGAAAAUUUGUAUUUCUAGUCUCUCACUGAUUGGUGGACCCCAUUGGAGAUUCAGCCUCUCGAAAUGUUGUUUUCAUGUUGCGAAGCUUUUGUGAAUUUGAAAUAAUCACUUGUCAUAAAACCAUCAUGUAUGAUGUCUUUGAGCUUUGAUCAGUUAAAUAUGUAGUUUAAAGGAUGUGCGAACCAUAUUCUUAUUUUUGGAGUUUUAAAUUACAAACAUUUGGCAUUCAUUGAACCUCAAACACCCAUCUCAUUUACAAACCCUGAACCAGAAUGCUGUCAUUUUUCAUGUCAUCACAGCAGAACCCCACCUGUAGACUGAAUCGGUUUAUGACUGAUGUGGUACAACUUCUGACCCACCUGGUCUCCUUUUGAAAGCACAGUUGGGGUGAAGGGGGAAAUCCACCAAGUUAUGCCAAACAACCUAUGCAAAAAUUAGUCCAGCAUUUCACAGACUCAUGUUGUUUCCCCAGCCUAGCGGAUGAAAAUUCUCUGACCUGCAUUGCGGCUACAUUUGUAAGAUACUGCCACUUUCCUGCAGUACAUAAACCAAAGUGUGAGUACUUGCAUCUUACACCAAAAGACCACAUGAAACACGUCAUAUGCUUAAAAAACAUCCCAAGUGGGCAGAUUUUUCCUUCUACUGCAGCUUUGCUCUAAAUGAAGUGAUAAAGCCAAAAGGACGAGUGUUCAGAUGGACUCAGAGGAAGCAAAGGCUCAUUUCCUGCUCUGUUUUUUGCAGUAGGUGUGUUGUUCAUGUAGACACUGGCUUAUUGGCUGCUAUACCUGUAAUAUUUUUCUCCUUUAUGUAUAUCCAGAUUUUUUUGUGCAAUAUUUUUGUAGAAAAUGAAGCUGAUAAUCAAGUGUGAAUCCCAACGUCUUUGACCCCUCUACUAUGGUCUUGUUUCAAAUGUGCAGUCCGUGUACUCUUAUGCCAGGCGAUGUACCUGCUGGGGUUUGGGGACCAAUGUGAAUCUGAGUGGAGUUUACCCUCUUUUGGCCUGAGCUGCUGCAAUUAUUACAAUGUGAACUUCCACAAAACUUAUCAUUACACACUUCUGCCCCAUCGCUUACUUUUGAGACUGGACUCAAGCCUAAAGCCCACAAGAUCCCUGUUAAGCGCAUUCCGUCAGCGUCAUGCCUCACGCAGCAAAUAGGUUGCCAUUCUAAUCAAUGCUGUACACCCCACAGGAAGCAUCUCAGUUCUGUCGCAGCUCUGUCUCAGAAGCAUGUCAAUUGCUGCUCUGCCAAAGAUAUGCACCUAUUUUUGCUGCUCUACACUUCCAACACUUCAAUCUACACAGAGAAGAUCAUUCUUGAUAAGAUGUCAAGCAUGGAAACCGUGCAUGUCAUCUAGUAAAUUUCAAAAUAAAACACCAUAUGCAAACUCCAGACUGUGUAUCAGUUCAUGUAGAUGAGAAAUACUUCCUGGUUAUGGAUUUAUCAGUAACACAGAACAAUCCUAUGGUUAAUCCCUGAUCCAUGUGGACCCCAACAGGACUUUUAACUGCUAACUCUGUCUGAACGUAACAGCACAGCAUAAAGGAACAUAGUUAACUUUUUUAAUCAUGCUUUUUCACAUACAGUUUACAAUUAGAAGGAAAUAGACUACAGAAAGGCAAAGUAACUUGUGAGCAUGUUGUUUACUCUAUACUGAGCCCAGAUAACUGGGCUCCAAACAUGCAUCCUGUGGGCGAUGAAGAGCGCUGUUUGACGGAGCAGAGACACAACGCUGACAGAAUGCACUCAGCACGAAUCCUGUGGGCUUUAGGCUUAAGGGUCUGAACACCCAUUAUAGCUUUCAGCUGGUCAAGAUGGUGUUUCUUUCUUUUUGGGUAUGUAAGGGAUGUUGUACACAGUUUUUCAGAAGGCCCCUGUGAUCAAGCUUUACUGUACAUAACCCAAAUAAACAAGUUCAAAUGAACUCAAAUCUUUCUGCUCUUUAGUUCAACCAGCUGCACAAUAACAGUAAAGUCAACAUUUAUGAUCCAUCACAGCUUUUCAAAUCACACACAGCAACCUCAGACACCAAACACAAGACUUAAACCUUCCAGACCAGACCUGAAGACCUGCAAGAUCAAUAAAGUAAAACAGUUUUUUCUUAUGUAUUGAACCUAUAUUUUCAGUCACAGUCAACUGUUGGUUGAAAUGCAAAUUAAACAUUAAUGCUCCCCUGAGGAGUUGUAGGAACAGAUGGUAUGGUAAUUAAGACCUGUAACAUCCAUGUAAGUGAUAUCUAAUGUGCACAAAGACAGUUGCUCCAAAAAAAACAAAAAAAAAAAAAACAUCAUGCUUUAUGAGUUUCUGGAGUUUCUUUAACAGUGAAAAACAGCUGAUUCACAGAUUUGUGGUCAGACAGGCAGGCAGGGUCUUUAGUUCUCUGCUGUGACACGGUGGCUCUUGUACCCCAGUCUACCCUGGUGGCUCUUUGCUAGAAAGACUGAACCAGGAAACAGGAAACAGCACCUGGUCUCAGUCCAAAAACUCAGGGCUAGCUGAAUCUGACCAAGUAGUUUUGUUGUCUAAAACAAACUAGAUAUUUGUUGAACUUUGCAAUCACCCCAACUUCAUACUUGUUUGUAAAAUCUGAAAAAAAAAAUAAAAAAAUAAAAAAAACUUUUUAGUGAGUCUAUGGAGUGGGAUGAUGUUUGCGCGUUAUGCUAGUCAGGUGAGAUUGUGAUGUUCGGCCCUUAAUAGCUGCAAUCAUUUGAUUCUCUUUUUAUUAUUUGGUCCCAUUUCCUACACCAGGAGCCUCACUCCACUGUCACUUACAUGUUUAACCCUCUCAGACCCCAAACUGCUCCAACCAAACAAAGUCCUGAAGAUUCAGUCUGUUUAUAGUGAAGAAAGUGUUUUAUAUUACAACACAUGCCACUAUGCAGCAGAGAAAAUAAAGGGAAGCCACAUUUUCAACUCGGUUUUCAAAUUACUUUAUAGAGGUAUCUCUUUGCAAAAACAUGCAAUUGGCCUGCAAUACCACCUUAAAACAAGGACAUCUUAAAGCUUUGUUGCACCUAGGGUUUAUGAACCACAGUUUUCUCUGUUUUAAAGAAGAGCAAAGAGAGAAGGUAAUGUGUGGGCAUCUGUGAAGUAAUUGAAGCCCCACGUUGAGAUGGACAGCCUGAUUACAGAGUGCCUGCUCCCACAUUUCCCGAACACGGAAACUCAGUCUGCUGUCUCCAUCCUCCAAAUCUAGGCAAUCAAUGUCUCUGUCUGUGGAACCAAACUGAGGAAUGUCAACCUAUUUUCCAUGUUCUCAUAGUACUAACGUAUGGAAUUUUCAAUCCACCUCAAAACAUUACAGACAGAGGCAGCAGUUUACAUUACAGUAUGGUAACAGAGUGAAAUGAAAAAGAUAAUAUAGAGGUUAUAAUAAUAUAAUAAUAUAUAUAACAUAGCUAUUACUGUGGCCAUAUCUGUCAAAUAUCAAAACUUUAAUUUAGGUUACUAUUACAGAUUUUUAGAAACAAGACAACAGUGAGAAAUUGAAUGGUAAUGAUGAGGAAACCAAUGUGUAGCUAAAAGGAUAAUCUGUAGUAAAGAUGUGAUAUUUUAGUAACAUGUAAAUAAUAAUAAUGGUCAUAUGUAUAGUAAUAAUCAUAAUUAUUAAUGUAUAGUUAAAGGCAUGGUUGACGACCCAAACCUGUAUCACCCUACACACGACACAGCCCCUCUGUCAGAGCAAGAAGCUGACCAGCAGAUGAUCCUAUGCUAGCUUCCAAUAGGAUUCACCAUGUCGGAUUGCUAGUGACUAGCGGCAGUAAACGCCUGCUCUGCUAGCGAGCACUGUCUGCAGCUGCCUGGACAGUUACCGUGUUGACAUUGCAGAGACGAAUAAGAAUUAUGUAAUAUGUGCCAUAAUUAAAGGCGAAAAUGGCCUGUUCAACAAGAACGCUGCUGUCUCUGCAUCUGUUUUCAGGCCCAAAUCCUGGUGGAGCUUUCUGCACCGCUCGAAGGAUGACCUGAUGUGUAUUGCAGUUAGAUUCCUCGCUUGGUUACAUUUCCUCUUCGAAUCUGCCCUUUCCCUUCUGUCAGCUUGCGUUUUCUUAGCACUUUUGGUGGUGGGGCAAGCAAAAGUGUUUUUUUUCUGUCCUUCUGCAUCACAGCUCCUGUAGCUAAGCUGCUUGGCUACUUUUAGCCUCUCAGAGCUCCAAGGAGGGCCGGGAGAGUGGGAGGGGAUGAGUCGGAACUACGGGAGAGGGGUGUGUUGAAUACAGCGAGGUGAUUGGAUGGAGAGGCAGAGCAGGAGAUUGAUCAAUAGGAGCUGUCUGGGACACAUGGCUCCCUUUGGUCAAUGUUUUUGCAGCCCUGCACCUGCUAGGGUAAACAGAUUUUUUUUCAUUCUUUUAUCUCUUCACUUUGUGGAGAUCGCACUAUACGACCAUGAUUGUCAUAUAAACGAGGUUCAUAAUAAUUACCAAUCUCUCCAAUCAUGCCUGAACCAUGCCUUAAAUGGUAAUAUACUGCUGUUGGUUUGGUAAUAAUGUGGUAAUAAAAAGAUAUUGUUGUUCAUGGUUACUUACUGUCACAGGUUUUUUUCAGCAUGAAAGCUUCCUAAUUAUAACUAAACUCAUGAAAAUUAUAAUUGGUAAUAUAUAAUAUAAUAAAAAUUCCUCCAACCA